AGCCGGCGAUGGGCAGCCGCGACGCGGAGCCGCCCGGAGAGCUGCAGCCCGACCCCGCCUGAGCCCGCCUGGAUCAGUAGCCGCCGCCGCCGCCGCAGGAUGGGCUAAGGCUCGGGCCCUGCCGAGGCCAAGGAGGAAGCCAGCAGCCAGGCAGGCAGGCGGAGAGGAGAGGAGCCCGCCGCCCGGGCGCGUGAGGCAGGCUGCCGGCCGCGCUCGCCUCCGCCUCGGCUCGCGCCUUUGUUCUUGCCCGCCCGCCCUCGCCGAGGGGGCGGCGGCGGCGACGGCUCCUCAUGGGCAGCGCGGCCGGGGCGCCCGGGGCUGAAGCGCCGCUGCUGCCUCCGCGGACACCCUGCCUCCUCCGGCGGGGGAUGAGCGCCCCCGCCGCCGCCUCCUCCUGCUCCGCCGCCCGGGCGCGCCGCUGCCGCCCUGACCGGCCCUCGGGCCGCCUCCGCCGCCGCGAUGGUGGACCCGGUGGGCUUCGCCGAGGCGUGGCGCGCGCAGUUCGCCGACUCGGAGCCUCCCCAGAUGGCGCUGCGCUCGGUGGGCGACAUCGAGGCGGAGCUGGAGCGCUGCAAGGCGUCCAUCCGCCGCCUGGAGCUGGAGGUGAACAAGGAGCGCUUCCGCAUGAUCUACCUGCAGACGCUGCUGGCCAAGGAGAAGAAGAGCUACGACCGGCAGCGCUGGGGCUUCGCCAGACCCGCCCGCGCCGGCCUCGACGACGACGACGAAGACGAGGGGACGGCCGCGGCCGACGACGGAGACGUCGGGGCGCAGACGACCGGCCAGGCCAGGCCGCCGCCGCCGCCAAGCGGCAAACCCCACCACCACCACCGGCCGCGCCCGCCUGCUCUCCGCAAGCUCUCGGCGGCGCACAGCGACGGCUCCGAGGCGGACAGCCCGACGCAGCAGCCCGACGGCAACGGCGAGGCGGCGGCGGAAGGGGGCUCCCCGGCCAGGGCCCGGGCGGCUCCCAGCGGCGGGAACAGCAGCAGUAGCCGCCGCCAGCGCCUUCUGAGCGUCUCCUCGGAGAAGGAGGCGGGCGCCUUCGAGCCGGUGGGCAGCCGGGAGCGCGGAGGGGGCGGCGGCGGCGGCGGCGCGGCCAGCAACGUGGCGGCGCUGCGCUGUAACUUCGAGCGGGGGCUGAAGAAGUCGUUGACGACGGCAGCGGCGGAUGGGAAGGAGCCGUUGUCCGCGCCGCCCUGCUCGUCGGACAAGCCCUUCUACGUGAACCUGGAGUACCACCACGAGAAGGGCCUGGUGAAGGUGAACGACAAGGAGGUCUCGGACCGGAUCAGCUCGCUGGGCAGCCAAGCCAUGCAGCUGGAGGCACGGAAGAAGCUCUUGCCGGGGCUGCGCGGCCGCUCGACCGAGGCCUGCUUCGGCGACGGCGACUACGACGACGCGGAGCUCAACGCCCGCUUCCUCAAGGACAACCUGCUGGACGGCAACGGCGCUGCCCGCUCGUCCUCCGCCUGGCAGGCCGCCCCCUCGGACUUCCAGCCCUACCAGAGCGUCUACGUCGGGGGCAUGAUGAUGAUGAUGAUGGCGGCGGCGGGGGGCGAAGGCGCCGGGGAGCCCGGGGGCAAAGGCGCCCCGCCGACGCCGCUGCUGCGCGGCCACUCGGGCGCCGCCGUCGAGCCGGAGAAGCCGCUGACCUGGCCGCGCCGCUCCUACUCGCCGCGCAGCUUCGACGACAUCGGCGGCGGCUACACGCCCGACUGCAGCUCCAACGAGAACCUCACGUCGAGCGAGGAGGACUUCUCGUCGGGCCAGUCCAGCCACGUCUCGCCCAGCCCCACCGCCUGCCGCCUCUACGGCCGCGACAAGAGCCGCUCGCCCUCCCAGAACUCCCAGCAGUCUUUCGACAGCAGCAGCAGCCCCCCGACGCCCCAGUCCCAGAAGCGGCACCGGCAGCAGCAGCAGGUCGUGGUCUCCGAGGCCACCAUCGUGGGCGUCCGCAAGAGCGGGCAGAUCUGGCCCAGCGACGGCGACCUGCCGGCUGGCAGAGCCUCUCUGGACAGCUGCUACCACCUCGGAGAGGCAGGUAGGUGGGAAUCUCCUUUUGUGUCCUUGUUCUUCUUCAAGAGGGAAAGGGUGUCUCCCUUUUCUAUAGCAUGCAGCAGUGUUGAAAUUCCUGAUAAUGGUGUAGUGGGGAGUCCCUUUUGUUUUCUGAUGGUUCCUUUAGAGGGGGGGUGGUGGUAUGAUUUAGCCAUAUAGCCGCCUCUUGACUCUGUGCCUGGCUGGGUUGGGGGAGUUUCUGACCUCCCCCUUUGCACAGCUUUGUGAUGCCUGGCCUGGCCCACUCAGGUGAGGUCCUCAGGUUGGGCCUUCUCCUCCGCUGCCUUCCCUUGGUUGGGUCAGGUGAUGCCAUCCUGAGGCUCCUUCUCCUUCUCCUUCUAUGGAAGCUGGGAAAACGCCAUCUGGGGGCUUCACAUGGUCCUUUAUCUCUUGGUGGGAGGGAGGUGCCAGGAUGCCCAAAGGAUCCUUGGCUCUAGAAUGCAGAUGUUGGGGUGGCGGCAGUGGAGGAGGAGGUUGUCCAACUCAAGUGGCCCUUGGACCAGUGGAUCCUGCCUCUUUAGCCUGGUUGGGGGGUUCUGUUGUAUUGCUCAGAACGACAGGAGAGCAGGGUACACCUGAGCCCUCUCCUUUUGCCUCCUGAUUUUGAAAGGCUUCAUGGACUAGCCCUGGGCUUUAAUGGGCUGCUCAGGUGUCCUUGUGCUGCCUUUGAGAUGUUACGGAGUGUGGCUUGGCUUGUGCGAUCCAUGGGUCACCUGCAUGCCAAGCAGGUACUCUGCUGCUGAGCUGCUCCCUUCCCCCACUGUUAACUGGCAUGCUGUGUUUUGAGUCAAGGACCAGAUUCUACCUGUGAUUCAUUUUCGCCUGCAGUCAUCACAUGGUAGACGUGCAGUCAUCGCGUGAUGGGCCUGGGUGUGUGGAUGCACCUGGAAGUCAUCUGGCUCCGUCUUCCCCCAACCUAGUGCCCUGCAGCUGUUUUGGACUACGGCUCCCAGCCGCCAUGGCCAUUGAGGGGAAUUGUAGCUGCAGGGCACCCAGUUGGGGAAGGCUGAUCCUAGGCCCUUGCGCUUUCAUUUAGGAACCUGCCUUCAGUGGGAUGCUAGCUCAUCACCUGCAAGGCUGGACUUGCUACUUUCUUGGGCCUGAGACUGCUAUGCUUCUCCUUGUUUAAGUGUCUUACUUUUAAGGAGUGUGUCUUCCUGGCGUAAACACUGGCCAGGUGUGUAUUGUGUGUCCAGGCAGAUGCUGGACUUGAUGAGAGCAAGGCUGCUUAGGAGCUGCGUGUACCUUUCUAACAGACACUGGCUUCCUUGUCCAGUUCUGAGAUGAUGGACAGUGGUUGUCGCUACUGGAAGUUGCCCCUGCAGCUUGCCAGGCAUUGUCACUGGACCUCUGCUUAAAGAGCAGAGCGGGUUUAGCAAAGCAGUAGCUGAUUCUAUAGAACAGGUCUAGCAAAGGCCUUGGAUAAUAACUUAUUAUUGAGUUAUAUCUCCUCAUGCUUCCAGGAAGUGCCCUUCAGGUAGCCUACGGCCCCACAAAUUCAGCCCAAUACCAAUUAAAACUCUACAUUCGAAAUCUUAACAAGUACAUGGGUAAUGGGGACAGCAAAGGACAUGAAAGUGGGGAAAAAAAUUGCAUGCUGACAAUCAUUCUAAAACGAUAGGCAUUUCUUUUUAAUAAUGAUGGAUGCUGGAGGUGCUGAACUGGAAGAAGUUGUGGCCUCUGGAGUGAGGGUCCAGACUGCUAUAUAUAUAGAUCCUUCACCUUUGUCAUUCCCAGAGUCAAUAUUGUAAUAAGGAACAGCGCCUGACAUUUGCAAACAGCUAAAUUCCACUUGCUUGGCUGGGCUUCAAGAGGCUCUCAGAGUAGAGAGGUUUUGAAGCUCUCAAGGAGAGUUGGGAUCCUUUGUCCUCCUAGUUUGGCAUUUGUUAAUAUUUAAAUGCAGGUAGAGUUUUUUAGUCUCCUUUUCCUGCCUCUCAUUUAUUUCCUGAGAAUUUAUCUCCCCACCACCCCACAUUAUAUGGGGAGGGGGAUUGUUUGGGCUCUGAGCUGGCUUUGGCACAUGGAAGGCGAAGGCUCCUUAUCCUCAAAGUGACCUCUCCCCUCCCUCUCUCCCUCCCAGAUUAGAGAGCCCUCAAUUUCUUUUCUUCUCAAGACUUGUGGAUCUUGUGCGAGAAGCAAUGGGGGCGGGACGGGAGAGGGAGGAGGCUGAACCACUGGUCUAAUCUGAACUGCAGCCAUCUGUCCUGUGAUGAUGCUCUUUAGAUGUCUGCAAAGCCUCUCCUCCGGCUUGCAGUUUCCUGGGCAGGAACAAUAGGAGGGGAGGGGAGGGUGCCCAGGCCAAUGCCUCCGGGCCCUCUCUUCUCUUUCAGCUGCCUGGGCUGUCCUUGCAGAGAGGCAGGUGCCUUUUAAAUGGCACACACACACAAAGCUUUUACUCUUCUAGCAGAUGAAACCCUGAAACUGUGAGGCACCAGACCUGGUUCCCCGGCAAGCCCAGAAUUUGUGUGUGUGCCUGCAAAAAAGGGUCAUGUCUCUCCAUCCCACAGAAACAGCAGCGCAGUACCUUGAAGAGUAAGCCUGAUGCAGGAAGAAAGGACCCCUUUCCAUCAUGGCAUUAACCACAUCCACUGUUUUAUUUUGUCUAUGCUUCCACGUUGUUGUUGUUGUUGUUGUUAUAUCCUACCUUUUUAGCAGACCGGGGCUGCUAAAUUCAGCUUACACAAAUUACAACAAAACAGAUGAAUUACAAAAAAAGCUAAAAAGGUAUAAAAGAUAACGAUUAAGGAUAAUUUAGAAUUAAGGCAACGUUAAAAACCGAUCUAUUAAAAUUCAGGUAAUCAAAAACAUGCGCUGCUCCUGGUGGUUAAUAAUACAGGAAAAAGACACCUUUGAAACAAUUAAGGUGCAAAGCGGCGUAAAUGUAAAAGGAAGAGAAGCCAGAACUAUGAAGAACAAAGUGGGUGGACUUUCAAAAUAACCUGAGCAGGAAAAGAGGCAAACCUGCCUCUGGGGUUUAUUUUGACCUUUCUUUGCUUGAAGGUAGAAGGCAGCUGGUUGUGAGGGGGCAAAAUGAAGCUCUGUAAGGGAAGAUCUCAAAGCUGCAUCUGCUACUGAGAAGGCCCCAGUUUCCUUGGAUCCCUAAGGUAACACCAGGACCAGCUGACAUGGAAGGCAGUAUUCUGGACCCCGGUACGUUUAGGACUUUUAUAGGGUUACAACCAGCGCUCUAAAUUGUGCCCAGAAUUGAAGCUGCAGUAAAGCAGGAGUGAGUUGCAUACUCCCACAUCUGACUGUGAUCAAGAGCCUGGCUGAACCAAACUCCUUCAGAGGCAGCCCUCCAUCGAGUGCAUUGGAGUAGUCCAGGCGACAUGUGAAUAAGGCCCACAUUCCCGCAGCCUGAUUGGACAUCUCUGGGAAUGGGUGUAGCAGGUGCAUUAGCCUCAUUUGUGCAAAGGUGUCUUGGCACUGAUGCAAUCUGGGUAUUUAGGCUCAGAAGAUGAACCCCCAGAAAAUGAACUUGGGUCUUCAAGCACAGCGCAGCCUCCAUCCAAUGCAGAUUGAACCCUGUUCCCUAUUGGCCUUUGACAUGUCUGGAUUAAGUUUCAAUUUGUGCGUUCUCCUGGCGCCAUUUUGGAUGGAGGGUAAAGUCUCAACGUCUUCAGGGAAACCUGGAGUUGAGAUGCAACCAUGUGCUCAAGUGUGCUUGCCGAAAAUGUCCAGACACCAAUGGGGGGGGUAUUCAAGGAGGUCUUUCCUAAAAAACCAAAAGCUUUCCCACCAACUCUUUCAGGUUCAGUGGACCAAUGCUCUGUCGUAAAAUGGCAUUUGCCACCCCACCUUCCCCACUCAGUCGGGCCCUCUCAAGGCAACUUUUGUAAGCCAGGAAGGGUUAAGUGCAUAUGUGGCUAGGUUCCAAGAUUCCCGUUCACACCUUCAGAUUGCACAAACAUCCUUCAGAGCUGGAUGAGCAGGUGCUGAAGUGACCUGCUGCAAGGGUGCAAACCGUUUUAUCUGCAGAAUGCCUUGUAAACUGGUCACCGUGAGGGUUCUUCAGUAUCGUCUUGCAAGAGAUGUCAGAGGCCCUGGAAAAAGCUCUUCUGGACAACUCUGUCCCUCUGCAGUGGUGGCAGAGAAGCAUGAUCCUUCGUACCCCCUGGAAUAAUCCCCAAAAGGGUAUCUUUUCUGUGUUCCCUCAAUGCUUUUCUGCCCUCAUGGCUCCCUAUUCAUAUUAUCAAGAUCUCCAGGGAGCCUGUUUGGUUUUGAGUGGGUCGCCUGAGGGCCAUUUUGUCAGCUGUCCAUCCAGAAAGUCGGACAGUCCCCAAGACCCAAUGGGAAGUGGUAGGCAUCCGCCAGUCUCUUUAUGGGAGCCUUCAUAAAAAAGGUAAAGGACCCCUGGACGGUUAAGUGCAGGCAAAGGUGACUAUGGAGUCCACUGAGGGAGCUGUCGUUUGCCGCAGACAGCUUUCCAGGUCAUAUGGCCAGCAGGACUAACCUGCUACUGACACAUGGAGGACCGUGACAAUAGCCAGAACACAUGGAAACACCGUUUACCUUCCCGCUGCAGCGGUACCUAUUUAUCUACUUGCACUGGUGUGCUUUUGAACUGCUAGCUUGGCAGGAGCUGAGACAGAGCAACGGGAGCUCACCCCCUUGCGGGGAUUCGAACCACCAACCUUCCGAUCAACAAGCCCAAGAGGCUCAGUGGUUUAGACCAUAGCGCCACCUGCUCCCUAGGAACCUUCUUAAACGGUCUUCAAUUUGACCCUGUAGGGGCAAUAAUCCUAUUCCCCCUAACAGUGAGAAUCUACUCCUGUGGCAGAGUUGUAGGGGACCCCCCCUAAUUGCUAGUUGGGGGUGAGCUACAUGGUACAUUACUGCUAUUUGUCUAUUACAUUAAUAAUGCCACCUUUUCCUCAAAGGAGCCCAAGGUGGCAUACAUGGUUCUCUCCCACUCUCAAUCUCCACAACAGCCCUGUGAGGUAGGUUAGACUGAGAGGCAGUAACUGGCUCACACAGUGAGCUUCAUGCCUGAGCAGGGAUUCGAACCCAGUUCUCCCAGGUACUAGCCUGCCACCUUAGGAUGCACAGGGUGGGGUGUCAUUUGUUUGAAAGCCCCUGUCCAUGUGCUUGGUUCUUCCUCCUUGGGCUUGGUUCUUCCCUGCUUUGAAGGGUCUCCACUGCCAUCCUACUGGUUGUGAUUUCCUCUUCUGAGCUCUUGGGCUUGGCUGUUUGUGGGCAGGGGAUGCCCCACCCCUUGAAUGGUUGAAAAGGGGGAGCCAGCCCCCCUCCCGCAAGCUUUGAUGAUAAACCUUUGGGGAGAACUGGAAGGGGGCAGUGUUAUUUUUCUCAUUGUAUUUUUAAAGUUGGUGUGUGCUUGCAGGGGCAGCGGCUUCAAGGUAUUCAGAAUGCAAAUCCCUCCAGAUCAAAGCUCGUCUCUGCAUUUGGCUGGGGCCUCAGAAUCUGCAAUGUUCUCCCACUUUAUUUUGUGUUAUAGCGUUUCAGAUGCCAAGCUGGGGGCAGUGUUAGGUGUUCUGACUGCGGAUUUUGUUAUAGUGGGGGUUGGUAGCAAAGCUCCCCUCCCCCAGCUUUCCUCUUUCCCCUCCAUUAGGUCUGCGAAGAAUAUGGAGUAGCAUAACUUCACAGAAAAUAUUUCACAUCCUUCUCUUUAAGUGACAUUUGGCUCUCCCCAUAUUUAUUUACCUACUUAAUUUAUAGAGCUGCCCUAUAGCAGAAGAACUCUAGGAAGCCAGUGUGAUGUUGUGGUUAGUGUCGGACUAGGACCUGGGAGAUCAGGGUUCAAAUCCCCACUCACUGGGUGACUUUGGGCCAUAGCUGUCAAUUUCCCCCUUUUCUUGCGAGGAAUCGUAUUCGGAAUAAGGGAAUUUCCCUUUUAAAAAAGGGGAAAGUUGACAGCUAUGCUUUGGGCAAGUCACAGCCUCUUAAUCUACCUCGCAGGGUCAUUGUAGGGAUGAACGGAGGAAGGAGCUGUGUAUUCCUUGGAAGAAAAAAAGGUGGGAUAUACCGUAUUUUUUGCUCUAUAAAACACACUUUUUCUCUCCUAAAAAGUAAGGGAAAAUGUGUGUGCGUCUUAUGGAGCAAAUGCAGGCCGCGCAGCUAUCCCAGAAGCCAGAACAGCAAGAGGGAUCGCUGGCUUCUGAGAUUCAGAAUUUUUUUUUUCUUGUUUUCCUCCUCCAAAAACUAGGUGCGUCUUAUGGUCUGGUGCGUCUUAUGGAGCGAAAAAUACAGUGAAUGCAAUAAACAAGCUCUUCUACUUCCCUACUUAGGAAAGCUGGAGGGGCCAGCCAGGUGGAGAUGCCAGUCGCCAAAUCUCCACGUGGUCGCAGUUGGACUUGCACCAGUCGCAAAGCGUGCCUGGGCAAUUUUUAAGUGCCUGCUUUAAAGUGCUACGGCAGGUGGUCAUGGUCGGGAUUGCUUUGCAGCCACUCGCAUAUCAGGCAGUAAAGGGCCGCCACAGUUUAAGAAGGGUAUUGAAAGCUGGAACAUGUGCAGAGGAGGGUGAACGAGGUGCUGGAGGGUCUGGAAACCAAGCCAUAUGAGGAACGGUUGAGGGAGUUUGGUGCGUCUAGCCUGGAGACUGAGAGGUGAUACGAUAGCUGCCUUCAAAUACCUGUAUGUCAGAUGAAGCAAGCUUGUUUCCUGCUGCUCCAGAGGGCAGGACCGGAACCAGUGGAUUCAGAUAACGAGAAAUGAGAUUCUGGCUAAACGCUAUAAAGAACUUUCUGACCAUAAGAGCUUUUUGACAGUGGAACCGAGGCUGAGUGGCCAUCUGCCGGGGGUUCUUUAGCUGUGGUUCCUGCAUUGCAGGGGGUUGGACUAGGUGACCCCCAAGUUUACAGUUUUGUGCUUCUCCACAUGCCGUGAUGUUUCCUCCUCCCUGCGCUUCUCCACAGAUGGGGGGAGAAAGUGGACUGAAGGAGCACUUAUAGGGGGGCAGUUUCUGGUGGGGCUUAUUUGAUUAACUAAUUGUAUCAGUUGUAAUUGGUUUAUUAACUGGUUAAAUCUGCACCCAUCGGCAAAUGGAUGAAGCCGUUGUUUGAAAGAGGAACGCUCUUUGGAGAGGCAAAGAGAGAAAGGGAGAGGGCAGGGAAACCCAGCUAGAUGGGUGGGGUAUAAAUAAUUAUUAUUAUUAUUAUUAUUAUUAUUAUUAUUUAUUUAGGCCAUGGCCCAGUAGCGUGCACAGUUUGCCUUGUGUGCCGAAGGUCCCACUGGGGCGUCUUGCCUCUUCCACCCCCACCCUCCAACCCCCUGCUUUACGUUCUGAAGAAGCCAAACCAGUUUCCCCUUGCUGACAAACAGGCUGGAAUUCAAACCAAUUUUUCGGGCUGUCCGGUGGGUGGAUUUCCAGUCCAUCCGGCUUUGCUUCUUUUUCACGUGUCCCCCACACCUCCUCAGUGCGCCAUUAGAAUAAUAGACUUGAAGAGUUGGGAGGGACUCUGAGGGUCAUCCAGUCCAGCCCCCUGUGAUGCAGGAAUAAAGCACCUGGCCACCUGACCACUGUUCAGAAACCUCCAGCGAAGGACAGCCUGCCACCUUCCGAGGUCGUCCGUUCCACUGUUGAACAGCUCUAGUCCUCAGAAAGUUCUUUCUGACGUUUAGUCAGAAUCUCCUUUCUUGUCAUUUGAAUCCAUUGGUUCCAGAGCAGCAGAAAACGAGCUUCCUCCAUCCUCCAUGUGGCAACCCUUCAGGUAUUUGAAGAUGGCUUGCUCGCUUGGUCUUGCAGCCGUCUGGUGGCCACGGACUUCACUGGGUGAGACCCAAACUGUGGCUUGCUCUGUGCCAGGAUGGGCAGCCAUCACUGGGGCAAGAGGCGGCUGUCAGUGGCCUGGCUGGCUGUUUGUCCAGUCUAUUCAGAAAAGCCAGUCCUGCGCAGAGAGAGGUCAAGAGUGGGGGAGGCCUCUUUUGGGGGGGGAUGGGAGCUGUGUUUUGCAGAUAACCUGAUGAAAGAAUGAGUGUGUGCGAAUGUGGAAUGCUGCAUAGUCUUCACAAUUUGUUUAUUUAAUGCAUUUUUACUCUGCCCUUUAGCCAAAACAAAGCUCCCAGGGGGGUCUCAGGAGGAGUCAGGGCAAUCCCUUCCCUCGGGCUGAAAUGUGGAGGCCGUUCUCAUCAUCCGCUGGCAUUUGUGGAGCCCCUGGAGGGCCUCCCUCCUUUCUCUCUGCUGCCAGGGCUGGGCUCUUUCUUUCAGGGAGGGCCAAGAUGUUGGGUGGGCAAUAGGCAGGGCUUGUUGGGGGUACCUAGAUUGCCAGGUUCUGCACCAAGCCAAGUCAGAAUCUGUGACCUGGACAAAUGGUUGGUUUUGAAUUUUGAAUUUCAGGGGGUUGGGCUAGAUGACCCUUGGGGUCCCUUCCAGCUCUACAGUUCUAUGGUUCUGUGACACUUUCAAUGAUUUCUCAGUUUGCCUGUAGUCCUGGUUUUGCUAGCCAAAGCACUGACAUGCCUCUCCCGACUGGUGGGAGUCUUGUUGAGCUCCUUGGCUAUUGAAGCUAGUGAUUUGCACACAUGUGUGCUCUCUCUUUCAAAAAAAGAAAGAAGGAAAGUUUACACCUGAGCUUUGAUGGGGGACGCUUUUUAAGGAUAGAAGCAAAGCAAACAGAGAGCUUGUGGUAUGUAGUCCACUUUUCUGUCGCUUCUCCAUGCGAUGCAAAAGCUGGACACCUGUAAUGCCACAGAUGCCGUCUUGAAUAUUGAGUCUUGGAGUACUGUGAAGAAAUGUGGGUGCAUGAUUCUGAGCACCUGGUGAGGGCCUUUAGGUCACCCCAGGGUAAAGGUAAAGGGACCCCUGACCACUAGGUCCAGUCGUGACCGACUCUGGGGUUGCGGCGCUCAUCUCGCUUUAUUGGCCGAGGGAGCUGGCGUACAGCUUCUGGGUCAUGUGGCCAGCAUGACUAAGCCGCUUCUGGCGAACCAGAGCAGCUCACGGAAAUGGCGUUUACCUUCCCGCUGGAGUGGUACCUAUUUAUCUACUUGCACUUUGAUGUGCUUUCGAACUGCUAGGUUGGCAGGAGCAGGGACCGAGCAACGGGAGCUCACCGCAUUGCGGGGAUUCGAACCGCCGACCUUCUGAUCGGCAAGUCCUAGGCUCUGUGGUUUAACCCACAGCACCACCCCAGGGUAGCUGCAUCCAAAUCCUGCAUUUCUGGGAUUGGUGUCUGCAUUUGGACCCCUGGACAGGGGUGGCCAGCAUUCUCUGGCAUGGCUCAGCUCCCUCUUUCCUUUCACCUGGGCUGGCUCCGCAGUCAAGUUUCUUUUGCUCCUCCCAGUUUGGCAGGAAACAGGCAGCUGCUGGACUGGAAACUGGACCUCAUGAGCCCCAGCCAAAAGGGGCUUUCCAUGCUAGGGCUUGCUUUGCUCCUGAUGGAACUGUUCAUCCUGCCUCUUUGACUGCCUUGCCUUUCCCCCUCCUGACCCUUCUCUGCUUUCAGUUUGCUUCCUUUCCGCUGGCUGCCCCUUCAGCUUCCUCGGAACCCAGUAAAACCAGGUGAGCGAGUGGCUGAUGGUCUGGGGUGAGAGCGGAGACUGCUGAUGGGGACUGGCGGAUGGUGUCGCCUUUUGGAAAGUGUGGCUGCCUCUUCCUCCUGCUGGCUUCCUUGUCAUCUGGUGGCCAGCUCUGGGUUCUGGGAUCUGGUUUCACUAAGCAGCACAGAAGAGGAAACUUUUGGGAUUUGCUUUCCUCCUUCCUCUUUUAGUCCUAAAAGACAGUGGGGGGAAGUUAGGAGAAAGGCCAUGAUCAAUCUCAGCAUAUACAGUGGUACCUCGGGUUAAGAACUUAAUUCGUUCCAGAGGUCCGUUCUUAACCUGAAACUGUUCUUAACCUGAAGCACCACUUUAGCUAAUGGGACCUCCUGCUACCGCCGCGCCGCCACCACGCGAUUUCUGUUCUCAUCCUGAAGCAAAGUUCUUAACCCAAGGUACUAUUUCUGAGUUAGCGGAGUCUGUAACCUGAAGCAUCUGUAACCCAAGGUACCACUGUAUAUCCUCAAAGCUCUGCAGGAUCAGACCAAAACCACUUGAGGCUGUAUCUUGUUGGGAGAGAAGGGAUUUAGCUGAACCUCCUGCUUGACAUGACACUUUCUACAUAUGAGCAACGUUAGAAACUCAGAUAUAUAAGCUGGGUGCCAAAUGGCUCCUUAAACCAAGGUUACAGUCGCCAAAAUAAAAUGUCUAGUUGUCAUUUUUGGGCAAGACUAAAGUCUUUAUUUUUCAAAGGACUGAUUGUGAUUGAUUCUCAGUUAGACUUCUGGCUAGUUCAGAUGACAGGUUAAGAGCUUUGAGAACAUAAGAAGAGAAGUCGCCUGGUUCCAAGUGGUCGAAAACCAGGUGCAAAAUGCGCCUGGCUAAUUUCAAACACUGCAUACGAAGUGUUUUAUUUUAUGCAGAGAAGCAAAUAGCCUGCUGUGAGAUACCACCCGAGGCCCCUGAAGUGCUCCAGCCCAGGCGCAGGUGAGCCUCCUUGGCCGCCAUUUUGUGUGUGAAAUUGUGGGAGAAACUGGAUCAGUUCAUGAAGCUGCUGGCCUCUUUGCUUGGUCAGGAUCCUGUUUGAAAUGGUGUUUGCCUCCCAGUGACAUGUUGGCUGCCAUCAGUCCGGCUAUUUGAGCAGGCAGCUCUGGUUUGCCUUUGUUGGACCAAGGAGCUCAGAUCUCUCUCUCUCUCUACACCCCAAUCUCUUGCCAUAAAGGGGAGGGCUUUGUAACCCAGCUGCUGCCUAUGGGCUGCUCCUCUGCCUAGUAAGGAAAACCACUUUGCUCCCCCCUGGGGCCACUGCAAUUCCAGUCUGGCAGAUAACUCUUCUUUUAUGACUCUUGCUGUGAUGGGCUGUAAUAGUGGCUGGUGACGGAAUGGGGCCUGGCUGGUCCAGCAGGAGAUGUCUCUGGCUUUUCAUUUGCUCUUAACUACAUCAGGUGGGGGAUGUCUUCUGGGGCAGUUGCCCUCUGAGCAGAUGCAGUAGUGGGGGAGAAGUAGCUUUCCCUUGCCUCCAUUGGGUAGAUGAGUCUAGACUGAACUUGAGCCCAGUCUUCCUCAUCCUGGUGCCUUCUAGGUGGUUUGGACCACAACUCCCAUCAGCCCCAGCAUCACAUAGCUGUCUUGGGCAUCCUGUUCUCAGAGUGGUCAACCAGAUGCCCCCAACGGGAAACCCCCCCAGGCAGGAUCCCAGCACAAGAGCCCUCUCUCUCCCUUCAGUUUCCAGCAACUAGAAUCCAGAAGCACUGCUGCCUUCCAGCUGUGGAGGCAGAACAUAGUCCAGUGGUCAGUGGCCUCCCUUGAUGGAGGCGGAAGCCCUUCAUGCAGAGGCUGCAUCGCUUGGGGGAAUCCCUCCAGUUUUGGAUUCUUUGCAUCAAGCAAGAGUUGGAUUGGGUGGCUUUCAGGGACCCUUCCAACUCUUGGGUAACUUGAGCAAAAUUGUGUAGACUAUUCUACGUCUCAGGUUUCUGUGAUGGGCCUGGGAAGCAGGAUUAGCUGUCCAAAGAUUGCACUCUUCCAUUGGCUACUAAGGACAGGCGGUGCUUUUCUUUGGGCAAGGAAGGUGUGUGUGGGGGGGUGUUAAACGCUGUCCCCCUUUUCCAUCAUCAUCGCAUAUAUUUAUUAAAUGCACACAGACAGCUGAGGGAAAAGGGUAUUUGCUUUUAAAAAUGGAUGCUAAUUGGAGAUAAAUUUGUAAUGCAAGCAGCAUGUAAUAGGUAAAAAAUGGAAAUAUCUGAGAAAGAGAGUAGGAAGCCAGUUUUUGGAAAAAUCGUAUUAAAAUAGUUUUAAUUUGGCACUGAUGUGUUAUAAAUUUGGAAAAUGAAUAAAAAGCAAUUGGCAAUAUAUAGCCACUCAUUGGAAGUGAUGAGGCACACUGGGUGAGCAUAUUGCACGAAAUUCCCAGGUAAGGUCUUUCUCAAUGUUCGGUCCCCAGUUGGUGUUGGACUACAACUCCCAUCAUUCCUAGCCAGCAUGGCCAGUGGUCAGGGAUGAUGGGAGUUGUAGUUCAAGAGCAUCUGGGGACACAGGGUUGGUUGAGAAAAUCUGCCCUAGAGAGUCUCCUGUCUGAAAUCCUGGAGAGCUGCCGCUGCCAGUCAGUGUAGUAGACAAUGCUGAGCUAAUGGACCAGUGAUCUGAUCCAGUGUAAAAUGGCUUCCUAUGUUUCUACUAGCUGCAUACAGAAAAAAAUAAAAAAAUUCCAAUUAAAAUAGACCUGCAACUGUGCUAAAAAAAAUUAACAGAGUACAAUUUAAGCAACAGCAUCAAAAGGUGUGAAACGGAUUGUAAGGAGAAAAUGUCUGUGUGUGUGUGUUUAGGGGGUGGGUGAGAAAAUAAUUUUCAAGAGCUAUUCCUGUUAUCUCUCCAACACUGACUGAUAGGAGGGGCUUAUCUCUCCUUUCCAUGUGCCCCAGAGGAAGCUGGGAUGGAAGAAGAGAAUCUCCUCUCACCGCCCGGACAACAGGGAAUAAAUCAAAACAGGAUUGGGCACCAGAGAACAGUUGGCAGUUGAAAACAAUGCCCCCUUCCUGCACACUGGCAUCUCAAAUCCCCCCUCCCCGUAAUGUUUAAUAUGCACGAUGGGGGCUGGACUGAUCUGGGGCAUCCUUUGAGCAAGCUGCUCAUUUCAGCAAGCAUCCCUUUUUCUUCAGCCAAAAGACCCCCCCUCUUCCAUUUAAACAGGAGGUUGCCUGAGAGGUUGCAGCUCAGAGCUGCAUUUUGGAGGUGGAAGGGGGCAGCUUUUCUAGGGAAGUGCUUCUGAAUGUGUUUUAUGGGGUGGGGGAGAGAAACAAAUGAAUUUUGAAGCAAUCCUGGUUUGGAGAAUAUUGGGAGAGGCACUUGCUUGGCUUUCCCCUCCUCCUUUUCAGGAACGCCUGGGAGGGUUUUUUUUUUAAUUCAAAAUUAUAACAAGACAUAUUAUCCAAAAACAUAUCACCCUUGUUUCCCCCCCCCCCCAUUUUUCCUCCCUCCCCCCACAAAAAUGGCCUGGGGGCCAAUUGCAGUCCUCUGGACCUCUCUGUCUGUCCCUUGGGACUCUUCCCAGGCCACGCCCCCUCUCCCUAAGCCACACCCCUUGCUGGCCUUGCUCCACACCCUCCUUGAGUGCCAUGGCCUUAGUCUUUGUAGAAACGAUUCUACCGUACAAAGGUGUUGUUGUUUAGUCGUGUCCGACUCUUUGUGACCCCAUGGACCAGAACACGCCAGGCACUCCUGUCUUCCACCACCUCCCGCAGUUUGGUCAAACUCAUGCUGGUAGCUUCGAGAACACUGUCCAACCAUCUCGUCCUCUGUCGUCCCCUUCUCCUUGUGCCCUCCAUCUUUCCCAACAUCAGGGUCUUUUCCAGGGAGUCUUCUCUUCUCAUGAGGUGGCCAAAGUAUUGGAGCCUCAGCUUCAGGAUCUGUCCUUCCAGUGAGCACUCAGGGCUGAUUUCCUUCAGAAUGGAUAAGUUUGAUCUUCUUGCAGUCCAUGGGACUCUCAAGAGUCUCCUCCAGCACCAUAAUUCAAAAGCAUCAAUUCUUCGGCGAUCAGCCUUCUUUAUGGUCCAGCUCUCACUUCCAUACAUCACUACUGGGAAAACCAUAGCUUUAGCUAUACGGGCCUUUGUUGGCAAGGUGAUGUCUCUGCUUUUUUGCCUUUGGCCCCUCCCGCCAGUGGCAUGUGGUUCCCUGACGGUUGUCCAGAAGAGAUUGACUACAGGGGGUGGGGAGAGACUCGACCGUACAUUUGCCCGACCUGCACUGAUUGAACUGAACCGGUUGCCAGCUUACCACUGAGCUCAGUUGAAGGUGUUAUCCUUAACGCAGAAAACUCUAAACAACCCAGGACCAGGUUACCUGAAGGAACACUUUCCCUCCUGCCCUGUUAGAUCACUGUGACCUUUGGAGGGAGCUCUGCUGGCACACCUGCAAUCUGCAGAACUAGAGGGGGCAUUUGUGGUGGCAGUGGCCACCUAUUUGAACAGAAUGCCGCCCUCCUCACCCCCCCCCGGCCAUUUGGCAUGCACCAAUGGUUUCUGCUGCCUGUUAAAAAAUAAAUAAAUCUCUGGGCAUUCGCAGACCAGGGGUUUUUAAAACUGCAGUUUUGAUGUUCUUGUGUUUUAUUGUUUUGCAGAAGCUUUGCGGUUUUUAGAUCCCAAGCACGUUGUAAUUUUUAAACUUCAGAAUAAAAUGAAUAAGCUUGGAAGCACAACCCGGGGCUAAUCUAACAGGAACACAAUCCAGUGUGGUUAUUCUGCUCUGGAAUUCUAUACUAGGGAGUCCCGUGCAGUUGAAAAGCUAGCACGUUUUAACCAGCCAGGGUUUUGAUCUAGCAGCAGGUUAUUAUUCCCUUUUUACAUAUUUGGUGCCCCUGCAGAGGCAGAUUUUUGUGGCCAACUGUUUACUGUGUUAACGGGGGCCAUUUAUUAUCUGUCGCCCAGGCAUGCAUCAGUUCACUUGGGCCAGGGGGGAGUGUCUCUGCUAAAUCAAUUUGCAGCUGGUCCCUAAGGGGACCAAUCCAGCACAUCCCAUAUGGUGCCCAGGAAGACACACCAGCUCUCUGCUACACCAGGGAGCAGGAGAGAGGCAUUAAUGAAGGUAGUGUUAGCCCCCCACCCUGCGACACCCCCCCCUUUCGGUUGCUACCUCCCUCCUCUUAGGAUUCCACUAGCUGUUCUCUGUGGUCUUCUGGAAUUACUACGAAGGAUCACGCUCCUCUAGUCUAACGCUCGGUGGUUUCUUCAGUUUCUGAAGCUGUGUUUAAAGUCUCCAGAUCUCACGAGAAAGGAGCUUCCUGGGUCAAAAGGAGCAUGUGGGAAUAACCACCUCUGAGCAUUGCCAAAUGCCUCACAGGUUGGGGCUGCUCAGAGCCUCUGGGGACAAGUGCCCCAUCUGUCCAAGAGACACGUUGGAAGGUGCCAACAACAUACUUCUGUUCAAGCUUCUCUUUCAAACAGAGAGGUCUGUUGCUGGAUGGGGUUGCUUCCCAAGUCAAGGCCGAUGGAACGGUUAAGUAAGUGACAUGGGGCUCCCCCAAGGUUACUGCAGACCCCAGUUGAAGUUGGACGGGGGGGAUGGGACUCCACUGGACAGACCUGAGGGAUGCUUGUGAGUGGAUCUCGAUUCCUGCCUUUUAACAAAUGGACUGGCAGGUGGUGACAGUCGCUUAUAUUAACUCUGGGGACCACUGUGCAGAGAGAGAGAAUUUCGCUGCAGGACGCCAGGGAGUGCCUUGAAGAGUGAGCCCCCUCCCCCAAUGAAACUCUGUGCCACAAAGCACAGUGACAAGAGGUUAUGCUAAUUUUUGGUGUUGCGCAGUAGAAAUUAAUUGGUGCCCCUUUUCCAGCCUCUGGAACAGAUGGGAAGGGGAAGGCAUCUUAACCCCAAGCUGGUGGCAGCUGCCUCCUUUGCUCAUCCAAGCACUGGUUAACCACAGUCAGUGCUGAAAGACUUAAAAUAUCCCUUGACCACAUGGGUGGAAUCCUGGUUACGAGAGAAGCCAAGAUGCCCCUGGAUACAUGCCCGUCUUCCAUUGGCCAAAUUCUUGGGGAAUAUGUGCAAGGUCCUUUUCCGCCUGAGCCACAGGAUGGGCUUUCAAGGUCAGGUAGAAAUCCCUUUCCAUGCAAUUGAAUCACAAGCUCCUGUGAGCUUUUGGCCCCUGAAAAGAGCUCUGUGAGUAGAAGCCAGCUCUGCAGCCCUCCAAAGCAGUCCAGGCAAGAGGAUGGAGUUUGGGUUGGGGCGAAGUGGGGGAUGAAGUUGAUGCACAGGGAGGCUGUCCUGCAGAAGCCCCACAGGCACCCCAGUUUCCAGCGGGAAUGGAGAAGGAAGAAGAGUGUUUGGGGCUUCUCUGCUGCAGAUCUGGAGGCUCCCCACAGGUGGAAAACUAGCUUGUCAAGGAAAAGAGGUCAGCAGCCAAGCUUUCUUCCUGCCCUGGAAUGAUCUCCCCCCCAUGUGGUACAGCCAGGGCCUUGCAGAGCCAGGCAGUGGCCCAGGCCAGGUAGAUAAGUUGCCCCCCUUUUUUUACCCUGGGGAUAAUUGAAGUCUUAUAAAUAAGUAAGUAUAUAAAUAGUGCUGACCAAGGCCCCCUUUGGAAUCGGAGGCCCGGGCCAAGUGGCCCAUAUGGCUCCCCCUCUGUCUGGGCCUGGGUACAGCCUGGAAGAGCUUUAUUGCCCCAAAGGUUCCUAAGAACUGUUCCACAUCCUGCUAUCUUCCUCUUGUUUUCAUAUUAUCUCAUGUGAUCCAGAACCACGAGAGUCCAGAAGCUUGAUGAGCUCAAUGGCAUUCAGUUGGCCAUUGCAAGAACAGGGAGCUUGGCAAGAUGGAGCCCCGUUUGGUCUGAUCCAGUGACCAAAAGGCUCUUCUUGGGUGUUUUAAUGAUCCCUCCUUGGCUGAGGUUGAAGGCCGCUGAACAACAAAUCAUCCAGCUCUGUUUCCUUUAGCCUGGCCUCCCCCAACCUGGCACUCUCUGGGUGCUUUGGACUACAACUCCCAUCUGCAAAGCUGCACUGCUGGGGCAUCCAAUUGCUGAAUGAAUACCUUAGGUGCUUUGGCAGCUCUCUGCUAUCUUGCAAACUCAAUAUCAUAUUGCGGCCCAUUCCUGUGGAUAGGUUGUUCGCAGGUGCUUCCCUGGGGGACUGGGCACUAGUCGUCGUCCCCUCCAUCUUUGCCUCUCCCUGAAGAGGUCUGGCCAUGGAGGCUCAGACUUUGAGAGCUGCAGGUUCUGGAGGGAACCCCAACAUUCUGUUUUUCUUUCUUUUUAAAGGACGGAUUCUUGGUUAGAGUUUUGCUUGCAAUGAGAGUGGCAAACCGAAUUGGCUGCAAAGACGUAGGUGUUCGUGCCAUACUAGGACCAACCUGGGAUGGGGAUGCAUUUUUGCCUUUUGUACGUUGGCAUCACCUUCCUAUCUCCCCCCAUCUCAUAAAACCCACCAUGCCGCCCAGAGAGUUUUGCUGGUUCUGUGCUGCUGCUUUCCAAUACAGCAGGCCGGAUGGUGUAUUUCAGGCCAGUGUUAAAGGGAAGGAAAACUUUCAGAUCUGAAGAGUUAGCAAAGACUGUGCUGAGCAUUUGGCAGAGCCUGCCUGGCAACUUUCUGCAAAAGUCUCAGCAAAAACAAGGUCUAAAUUUAGCCCUGCUGCACAAGUGGCCUUUUAUAUUUUUCCGGCCUCGCUUGUUCACCAGCUUCUCGGCUUGUUCUGCUUUCACUUGGCUUAAAGAUGGGCAGAGGCUUAAGUGGUUAGAUGAAAUGUUCCUCAUCUAACCAUUCUGGCUUGGCUGUCAGAGGGAAUCCAAAAGAAUUGACUGAUGAGUUUAGGAUGCUGCAGUGGUUCUGAAUCCCAAGAUCAGUGGUGCCUUGCGCAAGAGUCUUGCAACCACUUCUGGGGAGCCUUUGCCCCCCUGAAAUGUACGUGUGGAUGCCAAGGAGCAGCUGGCGCCAUUUGUGGCUCUGUGUUUGGAGGCCUUUCCACCGCUGGGCAACAUCCACCCUGCAUCUGGGCAUUACAGAGUGUUCUGGCACCGUCCCAGCUUCUUCCAACGUGUCUUUUAAAUAACCCAGUCCAGGAAGUGGCUUUGCUCAGACUGCAGUUUGUGUGAGGCUGAGCACAGCCUGUUCCAUCUCAUUCCUCCUGGCUGGAGCUUUGGACUGCAAUUCACAGUGGCAAACAAGGUGUUCUCUGCACAGCCCCAUUGACUGUGGCUUUAACUAGAGUUAACAUCUGGUCUGGAUCAAAAGGGGUACUACUUUCUAAAUGCAAAGUAACAAUGCUAUGUAGUUCAUAAGAGAGUCCAAAGCACUUCAGAUGCAUUUUUGGGAGAGUAAUUUUUACACCGGUCCUUUGAGGUAGGCCAGUAUUAUCCUCUUCACAGUGCUGGGUUUGAGGCUGGGAGAGAGUUGAGAGUGCUGCUUCUUUUGUGCAAACUUUGUAAUGAUCUUCCCUGAUUUCAUAGUCUGCCUGGGGAUGGGCAAUCUUUAGUAAUAGUAAUUUGUUAUUUGUACCACGCCUAUCUGGCUGGGUUUCCCCAGCCACUCUGGGCGGCUUCCAACAAAGAUUAAAAAUACAUUAGUGUAGGGAUGUGUAUAGAUGCCAGGAGAGGUUAUAUUUAUUAGAUUAGAUAUUAUCCUUCCUUCCUCAUAUUUGUGAAUUCAACAGAGUGCAUCCCUUUGCAGCUUAAAAGGGAGGCUUAGAUAGGCUAGUCCUAGCCUUUUAGUUUAAGUAAUCCAGGAUGCUUUAAGGCAGACUGGAUUCUCCUAGUAUUUCCCCCUUUUCUCCCCUUAAAACAAUAAUCGCACAAACAGCCUUGUAAAAAAUAGCAUUUAUUCACUCAGAAUACUUGUUGAGGAGUAACAGAUACAGCAGCUUUGUUCAGGCAGGCUUAACACGGUAAUUCAGUUAGAAAGACAUGCUGAAGUCUAGCUUAAGAGACAUGCAGAUGUUCUCACAUUUCUGGCUUGGUGAUGAAGAGUAAGAGUGAAGAGAAGCCAAAGAGCAAAGAGAAAGUGUCCAGCCAAGAGAGAAGUCAGGGUACAGGGGGAGUGGCUCUCAGAGUUCUCUCUAGCAAACCUACAGGAAAACUUGUGAGCUUCAGCGCCUAUAAUGUGCCUAUCUAGCAAACAUGCAUUGUUGGUUUGUCUGCAUCAUAAAUAUCCCACAUUUAGGGGCCCAGGGCCAUGUGCCAGAGAAAGAUAAAAUGGAAGGUAAAGGACCCCUGGAUAGUUAAAUCCAGUCAAAGGCAGCUAUGGAGUACGGCACUCAUCUCGCUUUUCAGGCUGAGGGAGCCGGCGUUUGUCCACAGACAGCUUUCCGGGUCAUGUGGCCAGCAGGACUAAACCGCUUCUAGUGCAAUGGAACACCGUGACGGAAACCAGAGCGCACGGAAACGCUGUUUACCUACCCACCGCAGCGGCACCUAUUUAUCUACUUGUACUGGUGUGCUUUCGAACUGCUAGGUUGGCAGGAGCUGGGACAGAGCAACGGGAACUCACCCCAUUGGGGGGAUUCAAACAGCCGACCUUCCCAUCAGCAAGUCCAAGAGGUUUAGACCACAGCGCCACUCACAUACCAGAACAGCUGGCAGGAGCAUAGUAGUAGGCAUAGUCAGAGCCAGCCACAUUCUCUGUCUCACACUCACACUCACAAGUUAUUCUUAAGGGAAGGACCAUCGCUCAACGGUAGAGCGAUUGCCCUGCAUACAGAAGGCCCCAAAUUAAAUCCCUGGCAGCAUCUCUAGAUUAAGACAGAGAGAGACCGCUUCCUUGAAACCCUGGAGAGCCACUGCCAGCCAGUGUGGACAAUACUGAGCUAUAUAGGCCCCAGGGCUCUGACUUGUUAGAAAGCAGCUUCCUACGUUCCUAUUCCCAGACAUGCAUUAACAGCAACACUCAUGGAUAGACAGAUGUGCAGGGGUGGCCUCAUUCCUUGAGCUUUCCAAUAAAAUUAUGUCCCUCUGCCACUAGCCUGCCAAGCAGCUGUCAUCCCAGCCUCCCUAUUUCCUCAUUAAAGUGCAGGUGAUCACUUGGGGAGGAGGGACAGCGGUCUUCAUUGGAUCUGGACCGUGGGGGGGGGGAGAGAACCUCCUCCCUGGUGCCCUUGAUCUGUCCUUGAUUGCUGCCCUCUUGGGACUCUUCCCUACUGCCCAGCUGGUGUCCAAUUAGCAGGGCAGUGGGGAGAGGCAAAAGGGGGGCCACCAGGGGAAUGGCCAAGGGCUGCAUGUGGGUCACAGGUUGGCUCCUGGUCUAGCCAUGAUGCUAGGCUAGAAAGAGCAGCCCCUUCUGGUUAAAGGAUGGGGGUUCUUUCGUAUGUGAACAUGAUCAACGCCCCUUAUUUCAGAGCAUUAAAGGUUCACUGCAUUCAGAAACCUUCUCUGCCACUUUUAUUUUCAGCUUCUUGAGCAUAGCUGUCAACUUUUUCCUUUUUUUAAGGGACAUUCCCUUAUUCCGAAUAGGAUUCCUCGCAAGAAAAGGGAAAAGUUGACAGCUAUGUUCUUGAGUGCCUGAGGAUGUUGCUUUGCCCAGUCUGUGAAUGAGCGCCCUUCAGUCAUUUUGGACUAUAACUCCCAUCAGCUUAAGCAGUGCUGGCUAGUGCAGAUGGGACCUGUAGUCCAAAACCCCCGGAGGGCACCAGGCUGGGGAAGGUUUUCCUGUUAGCCUGAUGCUGGCAGACGGUGGUGUUUUUCCGUGGCCUUCGGGGGAGUUGGGCCCAUUGAAUGGAUCAGCUGCUGAUUGGCGACUUCUACAAUGGGGCUGUGCAGAACAGGAAAGGCUGGAUUGUUAACAAAAUGACCUUGGUUGGGUGCAAGAACCUUUUUUGUAACUUAAUUUUACUUUUCAAUUCCCCAAGCAGGAUAAAACAACAAUGCGCUGUGCAUGCAAAAAGAAAAGAAAACCUUAAGGGAGUUAAAGGACUUUCUGUGCGGUAAGGAGGGUGGAAUUGUAAAUGUGUCCCACUCUCGCAACAUGGAAAGGGCUCUUGGCUCUUAGCUUUGCAUUCGUAACACCCCAGAUUCAGCUCCCAGCACCCCCAGGUUGAGUUGUAUGAACCCCUGGAGAGUUGCUGCUGCCAGUCAGUAUAGCCAGUCAGAUGAACCAAUUGGUUUGAUUCUGUAUAAGAUACCUCCCUGUAUUCCUUUUUUAUACACCAGAAUCCCAUUCUAAAGGUUUUUUUAAACCCUCCUAAAAGACCAGGGGGGAUGCGGGUGGCGCUGUGGGUUAAACCACAGAGCCUAGGACUUGCCGAUCAGAAGGUCGGCAGUUCGAAUCCCCGCGACGGGGUGAGCUCCCGUUGCUCGGUCCCUGCUCCUGCCAACCUAGCAGUUCGAAAGCACGUCAAAGUGCAAGUAGAUAAAUAGGUACCGCUCCGGCGGGAAGGUAAACGGCGUUUCCGUGUGCUGCUCUGGUUCGCCAGAAGCGGUUUAGUCAUGCUGGCCACAUGACCCGGAAGCUGUACGCUGGCUCCCUCAGCCAAUAAAGCAAGAUGAGUGCCGCAACCCCAGAGUCGGCCACGACUGGAUCUAAUGAUCAGGGGUCCCUUUACCUUUAAAAGACCAGGGAGAUAGACCUGACAUUUAUGGCACUGUGAAGAAUUCCACAAGCACAGAUCCAGAAUGAAAAAUACUUGGGCUAGCUCAGUCGGUAAAGCAUGAGGCUCUUAGAGUUGUGAGUUCAAGCCCCAUGUUGGGCAAAAGAUUCCUGCUUUACCACGGGGUGGAUGACUAGAUUUACCCUGGUGGUCCCUUCCAACACUACUGUUGUAUGUUUUACUACUGUAGAAGUCACUGAUGCAUCAGAAGAGACCUAUAGCAACUGGCUCAGGCCAAAGGGAGCCCAUAUAGUCCAGUGGGCAACCAGGGAAGCCCAGAAGCAGGACCUGAGUUGAACCAGCAGUGGUUUCCUCACUUGCGAUUCCCAUAACCGUCAUGGUAGCCAUUGACAGCAUUCUAAUUUUCCAUGCAUUUAGUCUUAUCCCUCUGCAAGGGUUUUACAGAGGCUCUUAGAAUAGUCUUGCUGGUUGACAAAUGCAGGUGGUUGCUGGUGUCCUUUGGGACAGUUUCUCGCUGAAACAUCUGGCCACGGCUUCUCUCUGAAACGACCUGAAUUCUCAAUAGCAUCGCUCCUAAAUGCCCUCGCUAGAAUGGCAGAAGGCACAUGGCUCCUCACUUGGACUGAGAAGCCAAAGGCAAUGAAAUGGCUGACUAGGUGGCGAGGAGUAUAAAUGGCAGAAAACUCAGGGUUAAUGCAAGUGAAAGUAGGGGGUGGGGAGUCCGUAUAGGGCCCUCCAGGUGAUGGCAGACAAAGCCUUUUCCUCUGCCAACAUUGUGUCUGCCCUUUUCCCAGUGGUGAGAGGUCUGUUGCAUCCCAGGAGCUUCUGCUGAGCCCUCUGUAGCCUGCUGUGGCAAAUUGUCAGUGCAUUUUGCAGAUAAUUUCUGCUCCAAGGGGAGGUGGAUACAGCCACUGCAAAGGUUUUUAAUGGAGACCUUUAAGCUUGUCAAGCCUGGGGAUGGGGGGAGACUGCUUGGAGGUUGAGACUUUUCUCUUGAUCCCUUGGCUCUUUCCUUUCCUGUCUUAGAAGGGAGCCAGGGCAACUGAGUCUCUUGAUUGGAGGCAGCGGUGCACCUCUGCAUAGACUCUAGAGAAACCCACCAUAGACCCUAAUUUUUAAUUUCAUUUCACUUCACUUUUAAUUUGUAUAUGGCCUUUCUGUAUUACUAUACGCAAGGCGGUUUGCAGCAAGAAAAUAUACAACAGAGAACACACACCUUAUUAUAAUAAUCUAAUCCAGUACAAAAAGUCAUAAUAAAACAUUCCUUUAAAUGAAAUGACUUCUAUCAAAGUAAUAUUCAAUAAUAUAUUAUAGUAAGAUAGUACACAACAAAAUCAGCUCUCAAAUUUAUUAAUAAUUAAACAGAAACUCAUGCUUAACAGUUAUAAUAAUUAAUAAACGAUGAUCAAUAAAAAUAACUGCAAGUCACAAAUGCAUAAAAUACCACAAUACAUACAAAACCUUGUAAAAUGAUCAAGUUGAGAAACAAAGACAUACAACCUAUAAAACUUUUUUUUUAAACCAUCGUUGUUCAGUGACAAUUUUACCAUUCUUGGCCAAGGUCUUGGAACAUAUGGGCGUUUCUCAGCUCAAAGUGAUUUUGGAGGAAUCUAGUUUACUCCCUGGUUUGGGGAAUGAAUGAGUCACAAGCAGGGAAAGUGCAACCCUGGAUGUCUCAGUGGCUCUUGAGAUAGUGGAUUAUGGGAUCCUGCUGGCUCACCUUAUCCUCCAUCCUUUUUUAAACAUUUCCACGAAGCCACCUGUCAGGGAACUGACAUCGGAGCUAGAGGCGGAGGGAAGGCUCUCAAAUGAUGCUGGAGAAGGGCCCAGCAGGGAGAGAGGCAGCUCCGCAGAUGGGGAAGCAAAUCAGCGCAACACCAGGGAUAAAGGGGGGCAGAUGGGGAAUCGGCGAGAGGGCUCCAGGACUCUUCACCGGACACCAGCGGGGAGAGCACGGGUCCUCCGCUACCCACGCCCUCCCUGCGCAGAAGACUUCCGCGCAGAGAGAGUAGGAGGAGACUGGGUGUCAAACAACUUUUAUGUUGGAAAAGAUUUAAGAAACGCCCACUGACGGAUUCUGCUAGCGACUGAGGCAACCACAAAGUGAAGGGCUGCCCAGACUGAAAGGUUUAACAAGGCAACAAAGCCAGGAGAGGCGGCAACUUACGCACGAGCAACCCAUACUCAUUACACCACCAAUGGGUAAGGUUUGUUCUGAAACGGUCGCGGCUCAGCUCUGCCUCCUUGUUUUCAUCAGCCACUGCCAGGGAGGCAGCAGAUACCUUGAACCAAGUUCGAUUUGAAUGGGGGGCAAACCAACUGGAAAUUAAUCUAGAUGAGGUGGAGGUACUGCAGAGAGCCUUUCCUGCUACUCUCGAUGAAGAUAUACAGCCUGUUCUGAACAUGGCUGCCAGAGUGUUUGCAAUAGUGAGGUGGUGCGUCCAUAGCACACCUAUUUUUUUCCAUCAGUUGCAUUCGCUAACAAAUCACUUCUGGCCUCAGUUUCAAGUGCUGAUCCUAAGCCAUGCAGAUCCUAAGUCGUCAUCUCAGGUAUCAUCAACAUGCCCUCAUGAGCCUAUCCAACUCCUGCUUCUCUUGGUUCUACCAGUACCAGGCAGCAGCAGACCCUUUUCCAUGGUGGCCCCUUGAUUGUGGCACUCGUUCUCUGGGGAGAUUAGCCAAGCCCCCUCCCUUCCUGUUUUCCAAGCGUGUUCUGAAAACCUUCCUGUUUUGGAAGGCUUUUUUGAUAAUGGAUUGUGGUGUUUUUCUCAGAUGCCCGUUUUCAAGCUGCUGUUGCUCUCACGGCGUUAAGAGCUCUCUUGUUUUGAAACUGUACUCGCACCGUGUAGGCUUUGUAGGAAACUGCUUUGUGCAAGCUUUUUAAAGCCUUGGAAAUCUGGGCGUAAAUAAAUACCAGGGUUCUGCAGUUUCCUGCUCCACACAGCACUGCCUCCGUCCUGGCUGCGGAGCUGAGAGGUGAGAGCCAGCCUCCCCUCGCCCAUGGCUGGCUGCCAGGCACUUGACCAGAGGUUUGGGGGCAAAGUGGAGCAGAGAUCAGCCUGCCCUGGCCUUCGCUGCCUGGGGCUGCAGCCACAGUAGGGCUGGCGUCUCUAGGGUUAUUGCUCUCCUCCUGCUUCCACUCCCUAGAGCUGUUUCCCCUGCAGGAGUGACCACUCAUCCCUUCCCCCUCUGCAGAGCGCCAUUCCAACCCCUAGGCUUCCUUUCUGCUGGAGUGGUGGCUUUCUGCUUCUGCCACCUGAGCUCCUGGGCAGAAUGGACCUUUCAGCUGCAGAGGAGGACCUGUGCCACCUCUUGAAUGCUGAUGGAAGCAGGAAGGGCUACUAAAAGGGGAAGACUUCGACCACACCAUGUCUGCCAGCGACCGGAUCUGUGCUGGGCCAGCAGGCGGGGGGGGGGGGGGUUUGCAUUACAGGCUGCCAGCUGGAAGCAGCUUUGUACAUUAUUUAUUCAGGCUGCCUCCUCUGCCCAGCUGCCCUAUUAAAUUCAGAGCUUGUCACCUGCAGGAGGAAGGUUUUUCCCCUCUGCACAAGUCCUUUACUACCUCCAGUUCAUGGCCGUGUCAUCUCCCAGAGGCCGUGCCUAGGCCAAACAAACCUGUAGGAGGAACGCAAGUUAAGGUGCAAGAUUUUAGUUAGUGCUGCUUGACUUUUGAAAAAGGAAUUGACAGAAACUCAAUUAAACCUGCUAAACACAGCGUUGAAAGUUUAGAUCUGAGGUAUGUGCAAGAGUUUGCGACCCUGUAUCAAGCAGAUGUCUUAAUAAUGUGAUUUAUUACUUAUUUGGGAGCAAAAUCUAAACUGUCCAGCCAAACAUUUGGGGGGGGGGGGGAAUCGACGAAAUGUUAAAACAAGCCAUGAAAACAACAAUAUUCCACUGAUACUCAAAGUAGACCCAUUGAAAUCAAUGGACCUAAAUUAUUCACACCCAUUAAUUUCAGCAGGUCUAUACUUACUAUCACUGUAUACAACCCAUCAUAAAUCAGAAUUUUAUGACAGAUGAAUUUUGAAUACAGUGUCAGGAUGGUUGGUUUUCUGCGAGGGUGAUGUCUGCAUUAUUCCCUCCUCUGCCAAUGGAUUAAUAUCAUGGGUAUGUUCCUAUCAGCAACAUCAAACAGGAUGUACCAAUGGCCACUGACUGGGGUGCCUUUAAAAGGAGGUUUAAGAGAUUCAUGGAGGAGGAGGAGGAGGAGGAGCAGGAGCAGGGUGAUGGAGGUCUCUCAGUAGGUCUAGCUCAGCCAUCCCCAAACUGGUGCCAUCCAGCUGCUUUGGACUACAGUACAGCUCCCAUCAGCCCCUGCCAGCACAGCCAUAUGAUGUCCUUCUAGUGGUGCAGCAGUAAAACUGCUAGCACACUUGCAAAGCUAAGAAGGGUUCAGUAUGAUGGAGGAGCAUGUGUUGAGAUUCCUACAUUGCAAGAAGUUGGACUAGAUGACCGUCAGGGUUCCCUUCCAACUCUACAAUUCUAUGUGUCUUUGUGGGGGCUGAUGGGAGUCGUAGUCCAAAACAUCUGGACAGCCCCAGACUAAUGACUGCGGGCUUGCAGCAAGUUUGGUCCCUUGCUGAUGUUUGCCCACAGUGCCAUGGGAUGAGCUAGUCAAGUGAAGGUGACUGCCUGCAUGUUGAGCUAAGCCUUGACCAGUUUCUUGCACUCAGGGGUCCUAAAAGUGCCUGUUGUGGGUUGCAUGCCAAAUGCCAGGCUGUGCCAGGUUCAUUGCAUGGUGUAGUUCAUCUCAGGCUGACAAAAAACACAUUUGGAGCUGUUGUGGGUCAAAGGCAGAAGGGAAUGGACCCUGAGGGAUUUGUGGUGAUGGGGAGGAGGGGAAUGGAAAACUGAAAAUGCUUAGAGUGAGAGGUGCAAAGGAACCACCCAAAAUCUGGACCAGGUGGAAGACUGGAGCAGCUCAGCCAGCUGGGUCAGGUUGUGCCCUUCUGCAAGAGGUACCUGAGAUGCUAAUUUGGUGGGUUUCAUUUUGCUGCUGUUUGUGCUGACAGGUUGGUGGAGAGGAGCUCUGCUCUUUCCUCAGGGAGAGAGUCAUCCGGAGAUGAGAACCGUGUCUCUCUCUCGUUGUUGGACGAAGGCAGCCAAAUCAGUUCCUGGAGCGUGGGUGCAGCCAGCUGUCCAUGAGGCAUCCUGUGGAUGCCUUAUGCAAUCUCCUGUGGGUGUGUUUUGGGGGGCGCUGGGCUAAUGCCAGAGGGAGAGAGGGGAGAUCAUUCCAAGGUGGCCCAUCCCAAAGGCUUACUUAAGCAUGCUUUGGCAGGGAAAGAUGAUGAGCUGCUCUGAUGCUUUGAUUCCUGUAUUUGAGUCCUGCAGGGGGUUGGACUAGAUCAGCCUUUCUCAACCUUGGGUCCCCAGAUGUUGUAGUCCAACAACAUCUGGGGACCCAAGGUUGAUUAACACUGGAAUAGAUGAUCCAUUGGGUUUCUCCCAACUCUACAUUUCUGUGAUGCUCCUCAUGUCAUGCUCUUUCUGUAUAGUCUGAGGACAGCCCAUGCAAAUCAUCACAUGCCAGUCUUGUCCCUAGGUGGGGACUGUGUGGGUGAACUCUCCCUUUGUCUUGCUGGCUCCUGUGCUAGCAUGGGUUAACCAUAGAAUCGUAGCGUUGGAAGGGAACAUGAGGGUCAUCUGGUCCAACCCCCAGGAAACCUUUGCCCAAAGUGGGGCUUGAACCCAUGACUCUGAGAAUAAGAGUCUCGUGCUCCACCAACUGAGCUAUCUGAGAUCUUCACAUCCUUCCAGAUUUCAGGACUGUGAGCCACUUUGGACAUACACUAGCCUCUACUUAUCCUUUUGUAAGUACCUGGCGCUCAAAUAGGGACAAACAAUAUGACUCAGUUGGGUUCCUUUCCUUGCGAUGGGGCUUCAAGCGUGGCGUUGCCAGCCCUUACAUACAGGAUAAGCAUUGCUGUUAAUGUGUCCCCACCUGAUCCUGCCACUAACCCCGAUCCACCUGCCCGCUGCCUCAUGCUGCCUCCGUCAUAGAUAAAUAACAGCUUGACGGAGGCUAACAGCCCUGAGUGAGACCAUCAGAGGCCCUGUUGUGCUGAGGAAAACAACAGCCUUUUUGUGAGGGCUAAACACCCACCAUCAGUUGGGGAGUCAGUUUGCACGGUCAGAAGCAUUUCACCGGGGCCUGUGAAUAAUUUGUUUUCACCAUCUGAUUUCGCAUGCAGUCAUCAAACAUGUGCCGUCGCCAAACUUUUAAGAGGAGCAUCUGAGGCCCCUUCUUUGUGGUCUACGUUAAGAACACAAGAAGAGCUUGCUGGGCCAGGCCAAUGGCCCACCCAGUCCAACAUCCAACAUGCUGUUCUCACAGUGGCCAACCAGAUGCAACUUCUGGGAAACCUGCAAGCAGGAUUCAAGCACGAAAACACUCUCCUGCCCUGGAGUUUUCAGUGACUGGACUUCAGAAGCAUUGCUGCCUCUGACUGUGGAGACAGAGUACAGUCACCAUGGCUAGUAUCUCUUGAUAGCCCUCUCCCCUAUGAAUUUGUCGAAUCCUCUUUUAAAACCACCCAAGUUGGUGGCCAUUGCUUCCUCCCAUGGGAGCGAUUUCCACAGUUUUGCUACGCACCGUGAGGAAGAAGAAGAAGAAGAAGAGUUUGGAUUUGAUAUCCUGCCUUUCACUCCCCUUCAGGAGUCUCAAAGCGGCUAACAUUCUCCUUUCCCUUCCUCCCCCACAACAAACAUCUGUGAGGUGAGUGGGGCUGAGAGACUUCAGAGAAGUGUGACUAGCCCAAGGUCACCCAGCAGCUGCAUGUGGAGGAGCGGAGACGCGAACCCGGUUCCCCAGAUUACGAGACUACGGCUCUUAACCACUACACCACACUGGCGCUACCAGUGGUGUUCGAAAUUAGCCAGGCGCCAGGCGCAUUUUUGCGAAUGGUGCAAGUCCAAUUGCGACCACAUGGAGAUCUCUGGGUGCCAGGCUGGCAACUGGAGAAAGCAAAAUGUCACUUAGAGAAGGACCUGAGAUAUUUUCCCUGAGUGAAUUUUAUUCUGGAUUGCUUUAUUUGACGUUUUAAUGUGUCGUAAACCGCUUGGAGAUUUGUUCUUUAAAAUAUAAAUUGGUAUAGAAAUGGAAUGAAAGAAUGAAUAACAGUAAAAAUAAGAAUAAAUCCCAUUGGGGUUCCUAGACAUUCUAUUGUGGCAGUCGCAGCCUAGGUUUAAGGUGUCAUUUGGCAAUCACAUUAUAUAUCUGAGUUUCUAACGCUGACUACCAGUGAGAGCUGUUAGAUAAGUGAGUACCAGGAGGCCCUAUUCAUGUGUUACAGUUGUGUUUGUGUAGCGCAUGGCCAUGUGGGCAGUGGUGCAGGGCCAGCCUUCAGCCCCACCUCUGAGGUACCGUAUUUUUCGCUCCAUUGGACGCACCAGACCAUAGGACGCACCGGAUCAUAGGAGGGGGAGAACAGGGGAAAAGAUUUUUUUUCUUGUUCUCCCCCUCCAAAACAAGGUGCGUUCAAGGUACAUUCACCAGAGCUUGUGGGGCUGGCGGUGGGGGGAAGCGCUGCUUUCCCCCACCGCCAGCCUCAAAGAUCCCUGAAGCCUUUGGAGCGCAGCGCCCCGCUGCCCUGCAGAGGUUUGCGCGCAGCCCUCCCCAAGCUAGAGCAGCGAGACGGAGCCCUCCGUCUCGCUGUUCUGGCUUGGGAACAGCCUUGCUAGCUUCUGCAGGACAGCGGGGUGAAGGCAGCCCGCUGCCCUGCAGAGGCUUGCGCGCAGCCCUCCCUUGGAGCAGGUUUGCGCGCAGCCGUCGCCAAGGGGAGGGCUGCGCGCAAACCUCUGCAGGGCAGCGGGCUGCCUUCACCCCGCUGUCCUGCAGAAGCUAGCAAGGCUGUUCCCAAACCAGAACAGCGAGACGGAGGGCUCCGUCUCGCUGCUCUAGCUUGGGGAGGGCUGCGCGCAAACCUCUGCAGGGCAGCGGGGUGCCAUCACCCAGCUGUCAAGCAGAAGCUAGCAGCGCUGUUCCCAAGCCAGAACAGCGAGAUGGAGGGCUCCGUCUCGCUGCUCUAGCUUGGGGAGGGCUGCGCGCAAACCUCUGCAGGGCAGCGGGGUGCCUUCACCCCGCUGUCCUGCAGAAGCUAGCAAGGCUGUUCCCAAGCCAGAACAGCGAGACGGAGCGCUCCGUGGUGCUCCGUCUUCCUGUUCUGGCUUUGGGCUUAGCGGCGCAGCCUGCAUUCGCUCUAUAGGAUGCACACACAUUUCCCCUUAGUUUUUGGAAGGGGAAAUGUGCGUCCUAUAGAACGAAAAAUACGGUAAUCUUCUUGCAAUUCUUCUAGACUUUCACUCCUCAGGUAGUUGGAACCCUGCCUUGUUUCUCAUGUAACUUGCGAUAACCAGGUUGGAGCGUGCCAAAGUCCAGAUGAGGGCAAUGCCAAAACAUCAUAAAAUAGUGUUCCCCACGACUCUCCCUCAGGCUGGAUGAUAAAAACUAUGAAGGGAGUUGGGGGUGGGGAAGACUGUUGGUGAAAGCCAGGCUGUUUAUCCAGGUCUAUGUCAGAUAAGUGUUUAAGAUGGCUGAACUAACAGUUUUUUUCUUCUGUCUCUGCUCCCAUCCCCUUUGGGUUUUUUUGUUUUGUUUUUAAUAAUUAGCCUGAUGGAGAAUUCUGAGGAAUUUGAAAGUUGGCACACUGACCCACUUGAAAACAUUUCUAAACUACUUACUAUUUAAAGCCCUCUAAGCGGUAUGCAAAAAACAUGACAUGUAAACAAUAGAACAGUGUAAUAAAAACAGCAAAGUAAAAUCCACUAAAGUAGUAUUAUAAAAAACAACAACACAAGGGUUUUGUUAUGGCAGGGCCGGGUCUUGUGGGUCAGGGAAAGCCUGGGCAAAGAGAUCAUGCUUUUGUGAGACUGGUGGGUGAUGCGACAUGUCUGGUGUUGUUGAGAUGACAGUAGUAGGGACUUUGGGGGGAAGUGAUGGUGUGGUGUUAGAAUUUGUAUCUUUCAUAAAGUCAAAGGUGAGUGAAGCCUAAACUGCCCCCUUUCUUUUCAGGAUAGCUGCUUUUAAUAAGCUCAGACAAAUGCUAUGUAGGGUCCUACAGUGCAGAAUUGUUGAAGAUGGAGUUAAGGAAAAGUGCAGCUGCAAACCAUUUCAGUGAGAAAGAAAAAUGGUGGCAGUAGAGGCAACAGCAAAAGGUCAGAAUUGAGAUGUUUAGAGCAGCAAAAAGUCCUUUGCAAGACUAUUCAAAGCAACCGGAAGGCUGUGGUGAGCCCCCCUGCUCAGGAAGGAGGAGGAAAUGUUAAUGGAUGAACAAGCAGAGGGGAGCUGAGUACAGUCUUCCUCCAGUAAGUUGCCCAACCGCUUUAGGGCCAGAAUUGCUAUUCUAGACUGAUACUGAGUCUGUCAGGCAACGCCUUUGAAUGAACACUGGUCUUCAGGGCUAAGUGAACGGCAUCCUAUGGUAUUAAAGAAACUGCUGGUGUACUCUUGAGGAUCUCUGGGUCCUUUCUGAAAAGCAUGGACUGAAGACCAGCAAGUGUUGUCUUCAGAAAGGAUGAGAUGAGAAACUGGUCAAUCUGACUUCAAUAAUGGAGGGAGGGGGAGGCAGAACAGCUUAUAAAGGUGUCCUCUUGAUUAGCAAUACAGAGAUUAGGGAGAGAUAAAUGUGUCAGACUAAUAAUCUCUUUCUCUCACAAACUUUUCUUUUAAAAGAAAUCAAUUUACAGUGGUACCUCAGGUUAAGUACUUAAUUCGUUCCGGAGGUCCGUACUUAACCUGAAACUGUUCUUAACCUGAAGCACCACUUUAGCUAAUGGGGCCUCCUGCUGCUGCCGCGCUGCCGGAGCACAAUUUCUGUUCUCAUCCUGAAGCAAAGUACUUAACCCGAGGUACUAUUUCUGGGUUAGCAGAGUCUGUAACCUGAAGUGUAUGUAAUUUGAAGCGUAUGUAACCUGAGGUACCACUGUACUAGUUUAGUGGAUUGUGGGAAUGUUGUGAACAUAAGUUAUCUUGACUUCAGCCAAGAAUUUGACAAAGUCUACCAUGAUAUCUUGGUCAGCAAAUUGGCUGAAUGAUACUAGAUUGCCAAGUGGAUUCGCAGCUGGAUGCAGGGGUGGUGUGUUCUGUUUUGCCGCUUGAGGUGAAACAGGCUGUGUUGCUUUGUCUUGCAGUUCCCACCACCACCUACCUUGCUGCGCCUGCUUCUGCCACUGCCAUGUGCCCUCCUGCCAUCUGCUGGUGGUGGUGAAGCACCACCACCACCACCAGCACCCAUUUUGAAAAGAUCAAAUUGAUUUGGGGUGAAAUCUCACCCCAAACGAAUGCGAUCUUGCCCGGUAUUGGCACUGAUGGUGGCAGUGCUUCUCCACCGUUGGUGGAGGUAAUGGAGAACCCAUGGGUGUGUUGUAUGGGGGGCUUCUGCCACCUGAAGCAGUGGCCUCAUGCUGCCUAAUGAUUGGGCUGGCUCUGGAUGGAUGGAAAAUAGUCCUCUGGGAGUGCUCAUUAGUGGUUCCUCACCCAACCAGAGGGAGGUUAGGAUGGGGGGGGGGCAGGUGCUGGGCUCUGUCUUGAGUCAGGAACUGCUUGUGCACUUCCUGUGAGGACACUUGGUUAGCUACUGUGAGAACAGGAUACUGAGCUGGACAGAACCCCCAUAACAGACUCUCCUUAUGUUCAGUACUCUGUCAUUGUGUUAGAUGAAUGGGUAGAGGGAAUCUUUAUGAGAUUUGUGGAUGACCCAAAAUUGAGAGGAGAAACUAACCUCUAAGAAGGUGGGAACACAAUGGAAAUCGACCUUGUUGGAAUAGAAAAGCUGGGCUGAAAUCAACAAAACGCAUCAACAGAGAUGAAUUCAAACUUCUGUGCUGGGGUGAGGAGCUCAAAUCUGCACAAGGAUGGGGGAUACCUGGCUUGAGAAUCUUGGGAUUGCUGUCAGUCAUAAGUUGUGUAUGAGCUGGCAGUGUGAUGCCACUGCAAAAAAAACAGAGGCUAACGAGGUUUUAGGUAAAGGUAAAGGGACCUCUGACCGUUAGGUCCAGUCGCGGACAACUCUGGGGUUGCGGCGCUCAUCUCACUUUACUGGCCAAGGGAGCCGGUGUACAUGUGGCCAGCAUGACUAAGCCGCUUCUGACGAACCAGAGCAGCGCACGGAAACACUGUUUACCUUCCCACUGGAGUGGUACCUAUUUAUCUACUUGCACUUCGAUGUGCUCUCGAAAUGCUAGGUUGGCAGGAGCAGGGACUGAGCAACGGGAGCUCACCCUGUUGCAGGGAUUUGAACCGCCGACCUUCUGAUCAGCAAGCCCUAGGCUCUGUGGUUUAGACAGUGCUGUUUUAGGCUUCAUUAAAAGACCACAUUUCCAUGUCAGAGGAAGUAAUAGUUGUGUUUCAGUUUGUGCAAAUUAAAAUGUAAUGCCCCAAUCUAGCCUCUGCAGAUGCAUCCACAGCUGGAUGGGGGGUGGGGGCCUUAAUGGGGCUGCUUCUCUCUCAUUCCCAACUGGCCUUGGGCCAGGAUAUCUGAAGGGCCACCUCCUCUUGCAUUCCAUUUAUUCAUCUUCUCCUUCCUUCAAAGUGUUUACAUCUAUCUCAUCAGCCGGAAGAGGGUAAGAGGCUGUUCUUACUUAAGCAGAGGGAAGAGCCUUGUUCUGGCUGAAGCAGGGGAAUUUCCCUUUUGUAGGUGCUGAGGCCCGAAAGCCAUCCUAGGACUUGGUGCUGUGAAGCUGCUGCUUUCCAGCAUGGCAGGACAGGGAGAUGGAGGUGUCUCAGUCCAGAGACAGACCCAUUGAGGGAGAAGCACACAGACAUGUGUCCUCGGUAGCAUAGGCUGAGCAACUGCUUGAAACGGCACUUGGUCCCAUUGAAAUGAAUGGGAACUGCAUUAGGACACUUUGCAAUGGGGCAGGAGAGUUUUUCAGUGUGACCAGCAGUGCAGUUCGGAUUCCCUGUCUCAGGCACCACAUGCAAUUGCAAUCGGAAUUAUUCAACCCCCAUUGCAAAACAGGUUUAUUAUCAAAUUUUUCAGUCUUUCAGCUGUUUGCAAUGAACAAAUCACACAAAAGCAAUGGAAAUAGCUCCACACAACAGAUGCUUCAAGCAGUUUUCCCAGAUUCAGCUGAAAAUGCAACUCCGAGUGAGACUGGAGUAUAAGUUGCAUUUUCAGCUGAAUUUCACCUGAUUUGCAAUGGGGGUUGAAUAAUUUUGAUUGCAGCUAUAGUAUGGAACUGACACAAACCAUAUUGCUGUUAGCAUAAAUAUAAAAUGUGGAUUCAUAUAUUGGACUAUACGGAGAUGGCGAAAUUGAUGGCAAAAAUAAGAGACCAAAAGGACGAAAUUGUUUGUGGAAGUGUCAAGAACCCUUUUAUGUGAGAAAAUAUUACAGUCAAAUGAAAUCACAGGCAGGUCUGGAAAUAUAAGCAAAGGAACGAGAAUGAUAAAGGAAUGUAAUGUGAAAUAUAUGUUGUAGAAAUAAGUAUUAUUUUUAAGGUAGUAGAUAAAAGGAUUUGAACAGAAACAUCAUGGAAGUAAGGAAGGGAACUUGGGAAGUCAAAAGGCUAAGGGAAUAUUGCAUGGAAACUGAAUUGAAUUUGUUAAAUUGUAUGCAAAUCAAUAAGAACUUAUGACAAAAAGUAGUCAAUCCGCAGGAUCCCACCAGCCUACUUUUAGAAGGGCGGAAGGUGGAGGGGGAAGAGCGACUUGGGAGUUUUCCUCUCCCCCCCUCGCAGUUUGAAUUCUCACUCAGCAAAAUCUCUCCCUGGAGCCAGGAUCAUACACCCAAUGCAGAAGGGGAAAUGUGUCUGCUUCCAGUGACUUGGUGACAAAUCCUUUGAAGAAACAUAAUUCCUUUAUCGGAAACCUUCCCAUUGCGGAAUUGAUUUGCAAAUCCACUCCUUGGGAUAAGGAAGCAGAGGGGAGGUGGACCCAGUAAACCCAGCCAGUGGCUGGUCCCCAGCCUCCUCCUGGGAGCAGAUGAUACAAGGUCACACCUCACACUCCUAUGUGCAAGCGCCAACAUUUAACAGGAACAAAAAGAUUAAACUUGGGAGGCCUUAAGGCUCAGCCAAACUGCAGUUCCUUACAACCUUGAGAGCCAAUUCCCGUACCACAAUGUGACUUAUCUUGCAGCCCUCCUCCCUACAGAUGCAGAGAGAGGGAGAGACAUGCCCCACUCAGAGCAAUGAUACACUGUUGUCUCCUGUAACCAAGACCAGGAACUCCGAAUUCCAGCCUCAAGGCUGAUUCACAUAGUUGUGUUGGUUGUUUAUUUCCUCUCACAAGAACUGUUGUCUUUGGCAGCCAGGCCGUGGUUGGAAUAACUUCAGCAAACAUGUCUUUUGUGAGGGUCUGCAUUUGGCUAAGUUCCAGGCAUGAGAGAAGCCCCAAGAAACAAAACUAGAGGGGCAUAGGAUCUUGGGGGCUUCUCAUUGUUCUAACAUGCUAUUUUUUUAAAGGUACCAUUAGCUUCUUUUUGUCUUGAGGGGGGGGAAGGAACAUUCUUUUUUUUUUUAAUUUUCUGAUUGAGCACUGCAUAUGAACAUAAUGAGAGCAUACUGGAGCAGGCCAUUGGCCCUUCUAGUCCAGUGUCCUAUUCUCACAGUGGCCAACUACCUGUGGGGGAAACCUGCAAGCAGGAUUCAAGCAGAAGAGCACUCUCCUGUGGUUUCUAGCAAGUUGUUCACAGGCAUACAGCCUCCAACUAUGGAGGUAGAGCAUAGCCAUUAUGGCUAGUAAGCCACUGAUAGCCUAAUCCUCCCCCAUGAAUUUGUCUAACCCUCUUUUAAAAAGGUAAAGGGACCCCUGACCAUUAGGUCCAGUUGUGACCGACUCUGGGGUUGCAGCGCUCAUCUCGCUUUAUUGGCCGAGGGAGCCAGCGUACAGCUUCCGGGUCAUGUGGCCAGCAUGACUAAGCCGCUUCUGGCGAACCAGAGCAGCGCACGGAAACGCCAUUUACCUUCCCGCUGGAGCGCUACCUAUUUAUCUACUUGCAUUUUGACGUGCUUUUGAACUGCUAGGUUGGCAGGAGCAGGGACCGAGCAACGGGAGCUCACCCCGUCACGGGAAUUCGAACCGCCGACCUUCUGAUCGACAAGUCCUAGGCUCAGUGGUUUAACCCACAGCGCCACCCUCUUCCCUUUUAAAGCCCUCCAAAUUGGUGGCCAUCACUGCCUUUUAUGGGAGCGAGUGCCAUAGUCUAACUAUGUGCUGUGUGGGGAAAGUCCAUUCUUUUACCCGUCCUGAAUCUUCCAGCAUUCGUGUAGAGCUUUAGAUCAGUUGGUAGAGCAUGAGAUUCUAAAUCUCAGGGUUGUGGGCUUGAGCCCCAUGUUGGGCAAAAAGAUUCCUGCAUUGUAGGGAAUCGGACGAGAUGGCUCUCGUUGUCCCUUCCAACUUGAUGAUUCUAUGAGUUCUAGUGUUAUGAGAGAGGGAAAACAACAUUUCUCUGUCCGCUUUCUCCAUGACAUGCAUCAUUUUAUAAAUUUCUCCCAUGUCACCUCUUACUCACCUCGUCUCCAAACUAAGAAGUCCCAAACUCUGUGACUCUUCCUCAUAAGGGAGUUGCGCAAUCCCUUUGAUCAUUCAGAUUGCCUUUUCCCAAAAGAAUUGUAAAUGAAGUCUACAUAAAAUGACAAAACCUUUAUGAGAGGAAGCAAGAGAACCAGCUGAGGCUUUCUCCUCCUUCUCUGCUAGACCUCUGUCUGGCACCAUUAACCUCUGCAUCUCCUUCCAUCUGGCUUCUGCCUCUUAGCUGUUUUCAGUGGUGGUCAAUGUCCCCGGUCUAAUGGCCAUAUCUCCUCAUGACAUGCUGUAAUAAAACUUCAGGUGUGUUCACACAGCUGAAGGCAGCACCAGCAAUGGGUGACACAUGAAAAAGUUUGGGGCUGGCAGGUUAGGAGAGGAGCUGCCAGCCUCCCAGGUUGUCUUCUCUGUUGUCCAUCUGCACAGAAGGUUAAAAAAAAGGACAUUUCCGCAGAGCUUCAGUCCCUUCUGGAUGUUUGGAGAAGACCAAAAGGUCACCCACACCGAGGCAGCACCAUGAGAGAUACAGGCAUUCUAUUCUGGUGGGCUACUUUGGACUAGACCUGCAAGUAGCUUCCCAGGGUCUUGGGCAGAAACCUUAUCUCUUCCCUACUCCACAGCUCUGCAUAGUUCAUGAUCUCUUGUCUUCUGAGUCAGGGAUCCUCUGAAAUAAAGCUGAAAUAAAGCAGUCUGAGUGCAAAGCAGCUUUGAAGGAUGAGGCUGCUUCUACACUGGCCACACUUCCGUUCUCUCAUUUUUCCAGGGCAUCUGCACAACACUGAGCAAAAUAUUCCUUUCCUGUUUUCCUUCGGCAGCUUCAUUCCACCUUUAUGAUGUGCUUAUUUAGGCAGCUUAUGUGGCAAGUAACUAGUACACCGAAUGAAUGACACUACUCAUAAUAACUAUUUGCUUUUCUUUGCAGACUUGUCUUUUAGUGGGAUGCCGCCCGGCUACGCCUAUGACGUGGACAGGGCCGAAGAGCAGCGUCGUCACCAUGACAUGAUGCCCUACAUCGACGACUCGCCCUCCUCCUCUCCCCAUCUCAGCUCCAAGAGCCGAGGCAGCCGUGACACCAUUUCCUCGGGGUCUCUGGAAUCCACAAAAUCAGUAAGCCUCCUUUUGACUCUUGGAGCGGACUGUAGGAGCAAACCCAUUCAGGUUCUCUCAUUUGCACAAUUUAUGUUGUAGUGGUUUUUCUCCCCUAUUUCGUACAAACUAUUGUUUUGUCAGUUGGAAGUGUGUGUCUGCACACCACCUGGCCAAAGUAAAGGUAAAGGGACCCCUGACCAUUAGGUCCAGUCGUGGCCAACUCUGGGGUUGCGGCGCUCAUCUCGCUUUAUUGGCCGAGGGAGCCGGCGUACAGCUUCCGGGUCAUGUGGCCAGCAUAACUAAGCCGCUUCUGGAGAACCAGAGCAGUGCACGGAAACGCCGUUUACCUUCCCUAUUUGUCUACUUGCACUGGUGUGCUUUCGAACUGCUAGGUUGGCAAGAGCUGGGACCAAACAACAGGAGCUCACCCCGUCACGGGGAUUUGAACCGCCGACCUUCAGAUGGGCAAGUCCUAGGCUCUGUUGUUUAAGUCCUAGGCUCUGUGGUUUACUGGACCCCAACUUCAGUUGCCCUCUCUGGCCCAUGAGAGAUCUCCGCAGACGUUGUGUUCAGGUUUAUUGUCAUAGAGAUACGGAAGGGAUUGUGGCUUGCUUACGUUCUCAAAUGAAAGCUGCAGUUGUCAGGAAGGGUGAGUCCUUUGCCCCACCUAUUUGCCACAUGUGGACUAUCACAUCCAGGCAGGUCUGGCUGCCUUCUUUCUUCCUGCCCCCUGAGAUCUGACCCGUGAUGCUCAGCCCUUGGCCUCUUCUGGGUCGGCCUGCAAGUCUACAUGUACAUGCUCUGACCUCCCCAGAAGCCAACUCUGCCCUUUGCCUGCCAAGCUGCCAGUUAAGAUCAUCUUUCCAGCGGAGGGGUUAAACUAAGCUGAAAUUAACUCCUUGGUAGUUCAGGGAUCCUGCUGUGUGUACAUCAAUCGUCAGUACAUGAAUCAUCCAGUAUAUGACAGAAGCUUUCUCAUUUUAUAUAUAAUGGAUGGUGAACCUGGGCCGUGCAGGCGUUGCUGGACUACAACUCCCAGCAGCCUCAGCCAGCCUGGCCAGUGAACAGGGCCAGAUCUGAAGGGCCACAGAAUCACCAUUCCUAAUGUAUAAAAUGACACUAUUGUCCCUGGGGUGUGCACUGCCUUUCAAGAGUUUGCUCUCGAAAUACUGUAUUUUUCGCUCUAUAAGACGCACCAGACCACAAGACGCACCUAGUUUUUGCAGGAGGAAAACAAGAAAAAAAAUAUUCUGCAUCUCAGAAGCUGGAACAGCAAGAGGGAUCGCUGCGCAGUGAAAGCAUAGUUCCCUUUACUUUUUAGGAGGGAAAAAGUGAGUCUUAUAGAGCAAAAAAUACGGUAAAUAAAGGGUUUGUAUUUGCCAUAAGAUUGUGGGGAAGGAGCAAGGCAGUACUGUACAAGGACGUGAACAGUCUCUCUCCCCCUGCUUUUUUCCCACUGCAGAGAGCUUUUGGCAUCUUUUGCACGUGCUUUUAAUUCCCAGAGCCACCCGCUGUCACUCAUCCUUUUUUUGUGGUUCCUUUUACGAUUCCUCAGCCGUAGCAGCUGGAGCAAGAAGCAAGGCCUUUUAAUUUCCCCAGAGUCUGCUUCCGCAGGAGGGGGCAAGGGGAGAAUGCAGCGUGCCUGGUUGCUAGCAUCAAUGUCUGCUUUCCCCAGCCUGGUGCCCUCCAGAUAUUUUGGGCUAGCACCAGCAUCCAAUGGGCCUUGCUGGCUAGGGCUGAUGGGAGAUGUAGCCCAAAGUGUUUGGAGGGCAUCAGCUUGGGGAAGGCUGCUCUAAAGUCACAUGCCUCUGCACUGAGGCAGUGGUUGUAGCUUCUGAUUGUGCCACCGGGGCUGAUUUCUAGAAUCAAAGUUGUGCCGGGAGCUGGCCCUUCCUCCUGGCCAGCGGCUGUGUGAGAAGCUCUUUGCUCUUCCGAGGAGCUUUUACGUGCAGCUCUGACAUAAUAUCCUGGCUGGUAGAGAUCAGAAAGGUGGCCUUGCCUAGUCAGCAGCUGGUUGGAACAUCCUAUCAGGGGUAGGAUCAAAGGGUGGCCAAACUGGUUUGAGAAAUACUUUCUCUUCUGGCCUUGGGCAGUUUGGCACUGAGGAGCAGAGAGUGCCUGUGGCACUUCCCCAAAAAGCUUUAACUCUUUGCUGAUAGGGGAGGGAAAUACUGCAUCCGUCUGGUGAUGUUGUUUUGACCCCAACUUUUUUCUUUUAAGAAGUCUUUUCCCUGAAGUGUGACCCAGUCAAUUUAUGGUAUGAUAACUGCAAAGCUGUAGGAAUGGAGUUUUUGCUUUUUGUUUGUUCAGUCUGUCUUUGUAGUUUUAUCUUUUUUCUUCUUCUCUCAUUGUAUACACUGCUUUGGUAGCUCCUGGCUAGGAAGUGGUGUAUAAAUCUGCGUUAUUAUGUAUCAUCAUCAUCAUCAUCUUCAAUGGAGAGAAGUAUUGGAGGCACUUGUGGCCCAGCCUGGCUACUCCUCAGGAAUCCCAGUUUAUUAAGAAAAGCUCAAUUUAUCUAUGAUAUCUCAUUCAAAAUGCUCAAGGCAGCACCAUAAAGUACCAUAGGGCAGGAGUGGUCAACAUGGUGCCGUCCAGAUUGUAGAGUUGGAAGGGACCCUGAGGAUCAAUUAAUGCAACCCCCUGCAAUUCAGGAAUAUGCAGCCAUCCCAUAUGGGGAUCGAGCUUGCAACCUUGGCAUUAUCAGCACCAUGCUCUAACCAAUGAGCUGUCUAGGCAUUUGAUGUUAUUGAACUCAUAGGACUGUUGGCCAACCUGACCACUGUGGCUGAUAUUGGGAGUCCAAUAUCUGGAGGACACCACCACCAUGUUGCUGGCUAUCCAUAACAUGACAAUAAAUAUACAAGUAAUGACAGGGCAGCUAUGAAGGCAGUUUUUUGUGCCCUCUGGGGCAGCUCUCUGGCCUGGUUUAGGCCUGCCUAUGGUGAGAGCCCCUGGAUUGUUCUGCAGCCUCUCUGAUGUAGUGGGCUUGGCGUCAGCUGUGGCUUGGGGAAUGAAUGCCUCUUCCCUUACAAGCAGUCCUCCCAGCAAUGGCCAGAAGGAAAGGGAAAUAAUUUUUUGGGGUGGGCAAUGGGUAGGCUGGGAUUGUGGUCCACGGCAAGCCUCCAGAGGCCCGCUCUGGCUACAUCCAUCUCCUCCUUCCAGGCUCCUUUCUGCUCCAGAUCAGGGUCUUGGCUCCUGUGGUGCAUGGCCUGGGAGGGGGCAGGGAGUGCCCAGCCAGUGCUUCGUCAAGCAAUGCCCAAGGUCCUUGGCGUUGUCCUUGGCAUCCCCCACCUUGCCUUUGCUUGACUCCCAAGAUCACCUGCUUGAGGCUGGUGUUGGCUUUCCCCCUCGCUCUCCCUCUCCUCCUCCUCCUCCUCUUCCUCCUGCUUGUUCUCUGCUGUUUUAAUGGCUUUGCCUGAAUGUACAAGCCCUUCCUGAGCAGAGGUUGGCAUGAACACCAUUGGGUGGUUAUAAAUAAAUGUUGGCUUCUCUCCCUGCUCCUCCACCUCUCUCCACAUGAAGCACAGCCGGCUGGUUCUGCAGAAAACAUUCCCUGUUCAGCACCACUCAAGCAGUGAAACCUUCUCCAGCAGCUUAUUAAACAGAAGCCCCGGAAGAUAAUGUACGUUAUAAGGAUCCUAAUUAAUAUCUCUCUGUCUCUCUCCGCUCUUCAUCCCCCGUUGGCCUCUCUGUGUCUCCCCCACCCCCUCUUCCUUUUUUUACUGGAAGUCUCUGCUCUGAAAAUGUUCAUUGUGCUGCUUCCCACAAAGUCAUGGGAAGAUACUUGUUCUUUACAGCUCCCUCUUUAACACACCCACUGGAAAACAACAUUUCCCUUGCUGGAGGCAGGUGCCAGUGGGGCCCGCUAUGCAGCAUUGCUCAUUCAUUGUGUUUCCAGACCUUAAUUCCGUACUCUCGCAUUGUUAUUAAUUGAAGCGAAACAGGGGAAGGGCCUCAAGCCAUUUCAAAACAGGUUCCAGGAUGGAGCUGACCCUCUCUGAUCUUUGCUUUUCACGGAAUCCACAGCCUGCCACAACUGAAUACACUCUGCAGCAGUAUCCUGGUUCCUUCCCUGUGGCAUAGUGGGGCAGGAACUGGGCGGGGGGCGGGGAGCACAACGCCUGGACUUUCCAGAUCAGGAGCAAUUACAUCACCUUCUGGGUAACUGAUGGACCCUCCUUGUUCUUUCAAAGUGAAGGAAGUGAUGAUGAGACUUUCAGAGAAUGAGGACAGUAAUCAGCUAGAUAGAGGCUGGAUGUUUCUCUCCCUUGUGUCAGCAGCCUAAAUGAUAACAGUUGUGGUGCUCAUUUACGGCUUGCAGGCUUCCUGCAGGUAUAAAGCUGGCCACUGUGAGAACAAGGAUGUUGGACUAGAUGAGCCAUUGGCCUGAUCUACUAGGCUUGUCUUACGUUCUUACGUUCUAGUUCCUUGCAUUUUUAGAAGCCGCGUUUCAGCUGGCUGAAGAACACUUGUUAAAAUCUCUCUGUUUUGCCAGCUGAACCUAGAGUGUAGGGGAGGCCCACAGAGAUCACUCCCCAGAAACUAUGCAGAGGAUUGUAGUCAUGGCUGAUGCAUAGCUAGGCCUCCCCAGUCAAAUUCCAGCUUGUUAACUAUAAUCACCGCACUUUGCCAGUUCAUUCAUCAAUGACUUUCAGUUGAUCCAAUUAAAUUUUUGCAUGCAUGCAUCUAUUACUCUAUGAAUCUUCUUUCAGGGGUGCUUGGGAGGGGGCUGUCAUGAGGGGCUCCUGCACUUGAAACUUCACUACAACACUGCUGGCUUCCUUGCAAAAGUACUGUAUUUUUCGCUCUAUAAGACACACCAGACCACAAGACGCACCUAGUUUUUGGAGGAGGAAAACAAGGAAAAAAAUAUUCUGAAUCUCAGAAGCCAGAACAACAAGAGGGAUCGCUGCGCAGUGAAAGCAGCGAUCCCUCUUGCUGUUCUGGCUUUUGGGAUAGCUGUGCAGCCUGCAUCCGCUCCAUAAGACGCACACACAUUUCCCCUUACUUUUUAGGAGGGAAAAAGUGAAUCUUAUAGAGCAAAAAAUACGGUAUUUUGGUAGACAAGCAGAAAAACUUGGGCCACCGGCAUUUACAAACCCUUGACACCCAGGCUUCUUUAACCACUCAGAUGAUUUACAAAUUUAAUAAUUUUGUCGGAGGAACAGCUCCCACCUAUCUCUAAAAUGUCUUCCCUGCUCUGUUUCCAACCACAGUUCAAAGUGUGAGACGUUUACCAUGAGAACCCCAGUCGGUCAACAGUGCUGGGAGAUGCAGUUCAGCUAGCAUUUUCAAAACUGCUGUCUUGCUUUGUAAUUUGUUGUUAUUAUCUUGUGAGAUCUGUUGUAUAGACAGCCCUGAUAUUUAUACUGAAGGGCAGCACAGCAAUUUUUUUUGAAGUGAAAAAUAAGCAAGCACACUGGCUUGAAGUUCUUGGCUGGACAACUCCUGCCUCUGCUAAGGAGGGAUUGGUAUGACGGGGCUCACCAUGGAGAUUAGUAAUCAUAAGAGGGAAGGUGGGGGCAAAGGUAAGAGCAGUGAGAAAAGGGGUGGAGCUGCACAAAAGAGAGCAUGUGAGCAACUGGCGACCACUGCAGUGCCAGUUUAGCAGCUUCCGUAAAACUGCUGAUAGAUUUUCAUCUGUGACUUCACUCCAAGCACGUGAAAGAACCAAGCAACUGCCUGCAAUGUGUGGACUGCGCUGUUGAUGUUGAGCUGAUGACCACCUUUGUGCAAAACUGAGAACAAAUUGCUCCUUGAACCCCAAGGGCUGAGUGUGCUGGUACAAAGAGCAUCCGGGCCUCCGAGAUGUUUGGGGCUGCUUUAGAGAUCCUAGGAUGUGCCUGUCAGCUGGAGGACUUGAGUGCUCUUUGCACAGCAGCAGUGCCCAGUGGGGAUAUGGUGCUGUUCCUUGCAAAUGGGCAGCAAGCACCAAAGAGCUGUAGAAUGGCUAAGCUGCUAGCAAAUAAACCUUUUACGCUGCCGGUUUGUAUCUCAUACUUCUUCCCCAUUCCCACCCCCAAUUUCUGAUUUUUUCACAAUAUCUGAGUGAUAGUGGGUUUGUCUGUCUCAGAACUGUACUCCAGGUAUGCAGCACUGGAGUCUGCGAACUCAAAAUCAAGGUGUGAAAGCCUGCUUCCUUUCACUACCUCCCCUUCACACUUUAUGUAUCUCCUGUUUUGGGGUAUGCUUGGUGCUCCCUGCCUAGCAAACAACCUUUUUUUGCCUGCAUGCCACUGUUUUAGUGCAGGCAAGUUUCCCUGCAGCACCCCUGUCAUAAUGAGAUUUAUGAGUCUUUGAGGCAUCACAGCUAGGGUUGGAUGGAUCUGCCUAUUUUCAUUCCGAGUUAAUUUCGCUGAGGCUCGUUCAUAAGUCCCUGCUAUUUUCUGCAUUUAAAAGGAAGUGUGAAAAUGUGUAGCUAAAUGCAUAUUUUGUCACAAUGUAUUUCACCUCUGUGCAUGCAUUUCUAAACACUGCGUGCAUUUUAAUAUGUCAUUUGAACCGGGAAAUGUGAAAUGCAAAGGGAUAAGUACGUGUUCUGGUAUGCGCCUUGGUAUUGGAGGUGGGAAUUGAGUCAUUUCACUUAAAAUGCAGACUUAACAAAAAUUCUCCCUUAAUCCCCAAUUCCACAUCCAGCUUAGAGAGCUGCCUUCUGCACUGCCUUACCAUUGUUUUUCUUGCGUCUUUCCUUUCUCUAGAGUGAGCCAGACUUGGAGAAGGGCUUGGAGAUGAGGAAAUGGGUCCUGUCUGGAAUCCUGGCUAGUGAGGAAACCUACUUAGGCCACCUUGAAGCUCUGUUGCUGGUAAGAACACCCAGGAACAUGUGGAUGGGGAGGUGUGGGUUUUAUUUCCAGAACUGGCCGAAGACACUGUGAACUUGCGGUGGAAUAGCCAAAAGGGAUUUCCCUUGUCCUAACUGACUGGGAAGCUCUCCAGUUCAGCCCCCCUUCAUUAAAAGUAAUGGGAGCUGCGCAAGAGCAUUGUCAGGCUUUUGUAAGCUAUUUCUAUUCAUUUCAAUGGGACUUCAGCAGGAGAAUCCCCCAGUAGACUGUGCUUGGUGGUUGUGAGCAGAGGGUUCCUGAAUGGCCAGCAUGUCUUACGCUUCAUGGGAGAACGGAAUAGGUAAAGGUAAAGGGACCCCUGACCAUUAGGUCCAGUCGUGACCGACUCUGGGGUUGCAGCGCUCAUCUCGCUUUAUUGGCCAAGGGAGCCGGCGUACAGCUUCCGGGUCAUGUGGCCAGCAUGACUAAGCCACUUCUGGCAAACCAGAGCAGCGCACGGAAACGCUGUUUACCUUCCCACCGGAGUGGUACCUAUUUAUCUACUUGCACUGGUGUGCUUUCGAACUGCUAGGUUGGCAGGAGAACGGAAUAGGAUUGGACUUUUUCAUAAAGAUCUGGAACAGCCUUCCUCAACCUGGAGAUGUUUUGGAUUUUAACACCCCUCACUUCCAACCAGCAUGGCUGUGUUGUAGUCCAAAAUAUUUGGAGACCAGGUUGAGCAAGGCUGAUUUGGAGCAUGUCCAAAUGGGGACAUUCCGGCGCAAUCAGACAGGAAGCCCAGCCAUUCCGGCUGGUGGAUGCCUUUGUUUUUUCACCUGCAUGAAGGGUGGUCUCUGUUUUCCAGCCCAUGAAGCCUCUGAAAGCUGCUGCCACCACCUCACAGCCUGUGCUGACCAGUCAGCAGAUCGAAACCAUCUUCUUCAAAGUGCCUGAGCUCUACGAGAUCCACAAGGACUUCUAUGACGGGCUCUUCCCACGGGUGCAGCAGUGGAGCCACCAACAGAGGGUGGGGGACCUCUUCCAGAAGCUGGUGAGCCAAAGCCUGGGCUUCUUUCAUAGCUGCUUUGCUGAUGCUCUUGUGACCUGUGGAGCCCCUGCUCUCUCCCAGGUGUUGCCCCUCUGCUUUCCCCUCCAGCUGUGUUGUGGUUUGCGCACAUUGGGGGAAGGUGGUGUCUAAGGUGGCAGAUAGGAGCAACCAUGAGUGAGAAGCAGCUGUGUGGGAUGGAAGGCCUGCAGGCUGGCAAGUUAGGGGUUGCACAGCCCUCUGGCUGGACUUGGUUUUGCUUUGUCAGGACUCCAGCAACUCCUGGCAGAUGCCUUUGUGACCUUCAUCAUGGCCUGGAGCAUGUUUGUGUGCGUGUGUUUGCACACCUUGAGCUUUCUGGUUCAUUUUUCAACCUAACAAUUAAGUGUUUAGGCCAGAGAUAAAAGCAGCUUUCCUUAGCCUGGUGUCCUUCAAGUAAACUGAACUCCAAAGGGACAGGACUGCAGCUCAGUGACAAGAGCAUCUGCUUAGCACAUAGAAGGUAUCAGGUUCAAUGUUGAAUAGCAUCUCCUGAUGAAGCUGGGGAAAGGCUCACUGCCUGAAAGCAUAGAGAGCUAGUCAGUGUGGACCACACCAUACCAGGUGGAUCAGUGGUCUCAUUCUGUAUGGCAACGUCCUGUUCUCAUCAGCCCCAGCCAACACAGUUGUAUGACACUGAGGCUCAUGGGAAUUAGGAGCCCAUGUACUUCCCACUGUCAGUUUCCUGUGGAAUAUGAUGUUGGGUCCCUUCUUGGGCUUUACAAUAGCCCCUGAGAAACCCACAGGAAUGCAUUUUUCUUGCUGUAUCUACAUGGGACAAAGGUGAAAUGGUUCCCCCAUUGUCCUGUUGUAGCUCUGCCAUUUUGUUGACUGGAACUGGGAGCAAAUGCUGAGCGUUCAGAUACCAGCAUUGUGUCCGUCUUGCCGUCCCCACGUCCUUGUGCCUUGGGCGUAGUGAGCUGCCCUGCACCAUCUCCCAGCAGCUGGGCUUUCUUUUCCAUGUUGCCUGCAUAUAAUUUGGGCUGUGGUCAAUUGACGAAGGGAGAGGCACACAGCAGGGACCCUCCCCACUUCCCUCCCUCCCCAGGACCAGCUUUUGUUUUUGAUCCUGUUGGACCCAAAGCCUUUGCAGCAGUCCUGCCUUGGGGAGUUGCCAAGCCCACUUUGAAGUGAGAGGAGAGGGAGAAACGAGGUUCAUAUGUUUGCAAAGGGAAGCAAGGGCACUGUCUGUCUCUCCUUUCCCUGGGAGCUGCCAGGUUCUUCCCCCACCCCUCCCCCUGCUUCCCUCCCCCUCCCCCAGCUCUCUUUCUCUCUCCAUCUGCACUCCUCCUUCCGGCUUUGAUCUAGCCUUGCUGUUCUGCCUUCUCAGCCGCAGACUGUGGGGUAGACAUAUUUUCCCCUUGGAUAUCCUGAGCGUUCCUGACCUUGGCCAAAUACCUCUUGGGGGGCAGCACUGUGGAAGAGCUCUUUCCCCAGCCAGUAAGCCCCAGGGCUGCCUCCUUUGUUGCUGUCACACCUCUUCUCUGGCUGUGGAAGAGAGCACUUGGGCCCCCUCUUCCAGUUUGUUCUCUUUUAAAGAAAGGAAAUGUCGCAUUCUUGAGGUACAUCUGGUUCUUCAGACCAGAGGAGAAAUUCUGUCUUGCGUAGAAAUGGUGAGCGCAACUCAGUAGGGUCAUCCAAGUACUACCAUGUGUCGGCACACCAGUUGUCUGCAUGGGGAAUGGGAGACUGGGCCUGGCUUGCACUGCCAUCCACUCCAAGAAACAGGGACCAGGCAGGAGGAGCAAGGCUUUGUUGGCCACAACUAGUGUGCAAAACAUAAGGAUAUCAGAAGAACCCUGCAGUUAGAUAAGGCCAAAGACUCAUCAAUGUUCUGUUCUCACAGAGGCCAACCAGAUGCCAUAAAAGCAGGAGCUGAGUGCAGCAGCGACACUUGUGCUGCUCAGCAACUGGUUUUCAGAGGUGUACUGCCCCUGACACUGGAGGGUCGUCUACAGCCAUCCUGAUAAGUAGCAAUUGUUAGUCUAAUCCUUCGUGAAUUCAUCUAAUCUCCCUUCAGAGCUGUCUACAUUCAUGAACAUUACUACCCAUAGGGCAGUGGAAGAGAAGAUGAGCCAUCAUUGUCUUCUCGCUGUGUGUGUCUUUAACAUGAAUUACAAUCCCCAAAUACAAUCAGGGAGCUGAACACCAAAAACCAAAGUGAACGUUCAUUUUCUUCCUGGCCCAGAACAGAAGCUGAGGACUUGAAUUUGUGGAGUGAGAGCUGCUCCAGGCUGGGUUUAUUUUUCGCAACAUGCCAUUGACACAAUAGCAGUGCAUUGGUGAAGGAUGUAUACUGGGCUGUCCCCACAUCAUUCUGUUUUAGUAGUUCUGCAAUGUUCCCCAUGUGUUACUGAACUAUUGUCGUCUGGAGGGGCGUACGAUAGCGCAAUAAAAGUGGAAUGAAAAAUAAACCAGAACAUUUGUGGCAUAAAAAGCUGCAGGAUUUUGGAUUGAAGUUGCUGAGCAUGCACUGUUUGGAAAUGAAGCAAUAUGUCUGCCUAGAACCAUUGCAGAGGUGCAAGCAGUAUUGAAAGCGGGAUUGCUUAUAACUACCCCAAUACCUUCAUGGGCACAAACAAUCAGUGCUUGCUAGCUCAGUUGUUAGAGCACGAGACACUCGAUCUCAGGGUAGUUGGUUGGAGCCCCACAUUGGGCAAAAAGAGUCCUGUUUCACAAGUGGUUGGAUUAGAUGAUCCUUGUGGUCCCUUCCAACUCUAUGAUUCUAUGAAUGCCCAGUGAAAAGGAUGCUUGGAGGUACCCUGGAUGAAAAGCUGGACGAUGAGCUCCUUCUCCCCCAGUGGAGCACAAAUGACAUUAGUCACUUUGCUUUCCUGUGCCUUCUCCGUGGAUGUUUGCUCUUUGCACUGUGAAUUCUCCACACUGGGCAGCAAGCGCAGAGUUUACAUUUACUUGAGAGUUCAGACAUGCUUCGGAUUCGCCCAGCCUUUUCCUGAGAAGGCAUGAACUAUGGCUGCUAUUUACAAGUCAGCAAACGAGAUCAGUGCUAAGUCCCAGUGAUUAAGAGGGGCUUAUUCCAAGGCUUCUGGGUCUGCUGCUAUUGCAGCACCACCAAACUGAUGGAGAAAUUCUUCCCAGUCUCUCUCUCUCUCUCUCUCUCUCUCUCUCUCUCUCUCUCCCUCUCUCCCUCCCCCCCCCACCGCCAUCUCUUUCUCCCAUCUUUGUUUUGCCCUCCUCCUGCCUCAAUUGUCAACCAUAAAGUUUUCCCUGGGUGACUUGGGCGCCUGAGCUUCCUUGCAGGGCUGUUGAGAUGGUAAAAUGAAGAGGGUUGUGAAUGGAGCGACCACAUACAACAUCCUCAGCUCCCUGGGCAGGAUAAGAAGUAGAAUAUAUUUUUUGAACUGAAAAUGAUUUUAACUUGUCACAUCUAUUUCUCCACUGAGCUUGAGAUGAGAAGGAAACAAAAAUAAGCCAUUAAAACAAAAAGCAGCUCCCCACGAAUUUUGCAGAGAAAUGUCCAAGGCAUUUUCUCUCACCAGCUGGGCUUCUCCAAAUGCAGGAGAAACGGCAACUUAAACAGAUCCAGGUUCUGUGUUCAGUGUUUUGCUCUUGCGUUCAUCCCUCUUGCACUUUUCUCUAUGCUAAAAAAGGGGCCUCUGCACACAGCUGGUUUUGGGGCAGUGUGAACAUCUGCAGUAACUGUGCAGUGAGAGGCAGGGAUAUCUCUGCUAUAGGUGUGUGUCUUGUUUGUACUGCCCUGCAGCUGAAUCAUCUCUGACUGGCAAAGGGGCUGACACAGCCCUACAGUGUUUAACCCACUGGCCAGAAUGUAGCGGAGAAAGUGGCCACAGCAGGGUUGGGUCACUGGGUUAAUCCAGAUGUGGGUAGGCAGCUGACCACCCCCACCCCCCUGCACCCCCUCCCAGUCCUCUCUGGUAGCUGAUGUGGGAGGGAGGCGCCUCUGUGCUUUGUGACAGCUCACCAUCUUCUGUUCCUUUGGAAUCCAGUGCAGCCAGCGGCUGUCUUCUCCCGCAGCCCCCCUUCCCCCCACCCCACCGGUGUUUGUUUCAUUUUGCAUUUGCUUUCUGCAGGCCAGCCAGCUGGGAGUGUACCGGGCCUUCGUGGAUAACUAUGAGGUUGCCAUGGAGACGGCAGAGAAGUGUUGUCAGGCCAACGCUCAGUUCGCAGAAAUCUCCGAGGUAACGUUAUGAUGUUCAGACACGUGCAGCGACUCGUUCUGACUAAUGCGCUCAGAUGGAGCCCUUGGGAUGUCCCUGCAGCACUUGCCCUUCAAAGGUGGUGCGCUCUCUUCCUCUCUCUCUCAGCUUCUGAUCAUUUCAGUGGGCGGCUUGCACAGGAGAAGCUUCCAGUCUUGUCAGUUCUGCCCAUCUCACGUGCUGCGGCCCUUAAUGCGACCCAAGACCUCUCAAGGUUCUUGUCUUGAGGCCACCCCAAUUGACCUUUGCAGUGAUACAAAGUCUAAUUAGGUGAUCCACCUUGCACACUCUGCUGGAGUGGCUUUGAGCUGCUCAGGCACCACCUCCGUGCCCUGCAAGGGGCAGGAUGGGAGGGUCUGAACUCCUGCAAUGAAAUUAUCAUUAGCAAAAGAGAGGUGAACAAGCCCACUUGAGUGGCGAGCAUCACCCUCUGUCUGGGAAAUGGCAGGCCUUCGUUAGCCUCAAGUGGAGUGACGUGGAGUGGCACUAGAAAGGUUGAGGGUUUCUCAAGUGGAAUUGCAAUGCUGCUGGGUGUCCUUUGGGAGAGAAGCCGUCUUGAGUAGGGUGCAAUAGCUUCUUGAGGCUUCUUGCACGUUGGGUCACUCCUGCCUGGCAGUUGUGCCUAGCCUGGUACUGAUGAAAGGAAAUCACAGCUUAAGUGGGUGAUAUCCUUGUUUUCAAGAUCAUGUCCAAACUGUGCCAGGACACCCCAAACCAGGUACUGCAAAUCAAGUGUGGCAGAAGGGCAGAAGAGGGGCGGGGCUUGCCAUGUCUUCAGGGGAGCCAUAAACACAGCUGCCGAAGGUAGCAAAAAGCACUGUGCAAGGAUGGAGUUGACCACUGGACUAGAGUUGUCUUUGCAUGGCAAAUGCUUGGGUGCUUGCUUUGUGUCAACAGAGGGCUUGAUUAAGCUAACUAGGGGACAGCUGGCAGUUCCCUGCUGCACUCUGAAGCAAACUUAACCCAGUGGAUGUUUUCUUUCUCCCCUUUCAUAGAAUCUCAAGGCUAGAAGCACCAAGGAUUCAAAAGAGCAGACGACGAAAAACUCCUUAGAAAGUGAGUAGUGCACUCACGGAUUAGGUUGGCAGAAUACUUUCCUUUCUCUUGAGCUGGGCUUUUAUCCCUGCAGUUGUGUGGGUUAUAUGGGUCUACCAAGCAGUGCAGCUCAUGUGGGACCUGUCGUCUUCCUUUCUCCACAGCUCUCCUUUACAAGCCAGUGGACCGAGUCACACGCAGCACCCUUGUGCUCCACGUAAGUUGCUUUGAACGGCGAUGCUGCCGUUGCUAUUGCAGUGAGCAAGCUGGGAAUGAGCAGACGGGGAAGGCUUGAGGUUUAUAUAUAAUAGGACUCAUAAUAGUUGCAAAAAUAUGUAGCCAAACAGCCAUACCACAGGCAAAGAUGGUGUUGUGCUUUUUACCCCCUUUCCCAAUGUGUUGAGUGACAUUGUGGUUUUAAAAAAAAGAUAAAGGUAAAUCUUCCCUUUCGAAUCCUCUUUGGGGGGUGUCUGUUUUCAGAGUGGUCUUUGUGUAGGGCUACUGCCUUUGCUCAGACCCUCCAUGUAGUGCAGGAGGGCCAUGAUCCAGUCUCCCAGCAUUUCCACAGGCAGUCAUGGAGGAAGUGGUUUUUCUUUAACCCUUGUCUCCAUUUCACAACACUGUUGCUGCUUGCGCAAAACUACAUUUGAUUGAAAGAAACAACAUUGUGAGGUUUGAUGCUGGGUCUCCUGUACCAUGUUGCGAUUUGUUCCCAAGACAAACUUCAGGAGAAGAUGGUGCUUUGCUGGCCGUUAAAUAUUGGGAAACUUUUUAAAGAUAAAGUCCCUUGGAAAAGAGUUGCUUGAAGUACCUUGGAAAAUGCCUUUGCUGUGCCCCAGCUUCAGAACUGGGGUGGGGAACUUUCAGCUGCUCCUUCAUAUGUGGGUUUAGCAUGUUAUCAGCUUAGGUUUCCAGCUGUGCUCUUGCUUACAGCUUAGACCCCCUCCCCCCCAACCCCCUUUGUUUGCCGUUAAAAAUACAAAGGGGGUAUGGGUGUGUAUUUAGGGUAGAAAUUGGCUGUCCUAAGGACUUGGCUUGGUUUCUUGAUUCAAACAAAGGUUCAGAGCAAAUGUAACACAGUGCACUACUGGAUUAUAAUACUCAAGCAGCUUAAAAUUACCCCAUGCCUACAUAAACCUGGAAGCCAGAAAAAACUGGGACGUCUUUGUCGCUUUUUCUGAAAAGUCCCUGGAUUUUGUCAGGUUCUGCUGGGAAGGCAGGCACUCAGCUCCCAUGAAAGUCUCUCCUCUUCCACUUCUUCCACAAGCCACUUGCUCCUCACAGCCCUCUGUGACCUUCCUACCCACCUGCUGCCUCAAUCUCUCCACUGCCCCAUACACUCCCAUGAGUUGUGUUCCUUCAGUUCCACCAUCCCCAGCCUCCUGUCAAAGGUCUCUUGCUCCCCCAGAUGCCCCUAACCUUUGCUGCUGCUUAGUCCUGAAACAGCCUACCCUUUUUCUUCCUUCCUUCCUGAUAAAUGUUGAGUUGUUGCCUCCUUGGAACGGGGCCCUGUCUUCUUUUGCUUAUGUUGCUUGGUAAAGAUCCAUCUGCAGUAACAGGACUGUAACUAGUGGUGGUGAUGAAAGAUAAAGUGGUGGCUGGAAGAUAAAACUGCUGCCGCUAAGGUGAGCCUGUGUGGCUCUCCUGCUGGGGCCUAGGAAGGCCUGUUGAUAUGAAGCUCCUUGUAUUUCCAGCUGCCAUUCUCUGAACUUUUUCUCUUCCUCUUGGCGGUGCAGGAUCUACUGAAGCAUACUCCAUCAAGCCACCCUGACUACCCUCUUCUUCAGGAUGCCCUCCGCAUCUCCCAGAACUUCCUGUCUAGUAUCAAUGAGGAGAUCACACCCAGGAGACAAUCCAUGACAGUCCAAAAGGGAGAGGUGAGUGCUCCAGUCCUGCUGGCACCUUUUGGGGUGCGGUGUUCUUAUGUGGGGGGAUGGCAUCCAUGCACAUCCACACACAACUGUUUUCUUUCUUUAUGUCCACUGUACUGGCUGCAAGAGAAGAUGUGUCUGUGAGGGUGUGGGAUUGGGGCUCAACCACCAUUUGGGAAGAGAAUUGCACUAAUCCUGGUGAUGGGAAUGGAACCUUGAGGGCAGCCUUCCCUAACCUGGUGCCCUCCAGAUGUUUUGGACUACAUUUCCCACUGGCUGGGGCUGAUGGGAGUCUCUCUAAGCCCUACCUGGAGAUCCCAGGGAUUGAACCUGAAACCUUCUGCAUGCAAAGGAUGUGCUCUGCCACUGAGCUAUCGCUCUUCCCCAUUGUCAUCACAUUGUCCCCUCUAAGAAGUAGUAUGCUGAACUAAAAUAAUUCUCUUUUGUCUCACCUAGCAGGGUUCUUCUUAGGUUCUAAUCUUAGGUGGCCUUUUUUGCUGCCUUCAUCAUCACCAGGACUAAAAUAAUGUCCAGUGAAAAUUCUCCCAGGUGCUUUCAGAGAAACUCCCAUUUUCAGAGUCAUUUCUACACCCAUCUUUUGGGUGAUUUAGUUCUUGAGGGACCUCCGGGUGGGAGCGGAGGGAUGUCUAAAGUGUUUCCGUAUUGAAUGGGCUCUUGCUCAUGCAAAAUAACUAUUGGAACUUCAUGUUUUGGAUUGGAUCUAGACUGGAGGGUACUUGGGUAGACAGAGGUUCAGCCUUCAGAGCCUCUGGGUAGUGUUUGUGCAGUUAAACCCCAGAGAUCCGGGUUCCAGUCUUGGCUCAGUUAGAGAGGCUCUAGGCAAGUCGCUGUGUCUCCACUAUCUGUGAAAUCUUGUGUAUUAAUGACCCGACAUCGUGCAAGCUGUAUCCGUGUAAAUAGUGAUUAAUAAUGGAAAGCUAGAGGCCAUUGAAGGUUGCAUUAAAUGGGAUGCUAAUUGAACUGCAGCUGAAAAUGCUGGCUGGAAGGGCUCUCAUGUGGGAGGAGAGGGAGCCUGUUUAUCUGCUAGUGUCUCAGGGUAGCAUACCAGCUUUGAAGGGAGCCCUGUAGCAUCCUAAUGAGGUGAGGGCCAAGGCUGACUGGGAGAGAUGGGGAGGUGUUUGUAUUCUCUGUGGUGAGCUGCUUCUUUGUCAUUAUUUACAACACUAGUAACGUCAGUGUGCCUUGAAGGGUGUGCUCUCGCUCUCUUGCUCUCUCACAUAUGGAGGGUGGGCACUGGUCCUCAAAAUGAGAUAAUUUAUUUCCAUGUUGCUGCAAAGCCUUUCCCCCCAAUUUUGCUUCCCCAUCUGGCCCCCGGUGCUCCUCUCCCUUUUAAUCUCUGCAACUGGAGCACAUUGCUCUGCUCAGCCUUUCUGCGCUGCUGCGGAGCUACAAUGGGGAGCAAGGCCCGCUUCCUUUCUCGCCAGCGCUGCUUUUGCUUUCCUCUCCUUGGUGCUUUUUGAGCUGAGGGAAGCAGCCCUUCUGGUGCUUAAUCUCUCCAGUGAUGGCCUGCUAAUUGCGGCAAGGAUGCGGGUGGGUGGCAGUGCAGGCCUACAGAGCUUGCUUAAGAGCCUCAGCCUGGCUUCUCUGCAACCAUUGUGUCCACUCAGUGCCAUCCAGUGGCGAGAGGCCUUUGUAUGCAGAGGCCUUGUGGCUGAAACAGAAAUAGAGAAGAAGCUCAUUUACAGGUAUAGAAAAAUCUUCAGAAAAACCAAAGCAGCUGCCCAAGCAGAGGUGGCACCCAUUGCAUUAGGACAGAAUUCUUCAUCAUGGAAAAUGCUUAAGGCUUCUUAGUAAAACCUGCUGGGGAAGGCUUUCCUUUGUGGAUCAUAGAAUUGUAGAGUUGGAAGGGACCCUGCGGAUCAUUUGGUCCAACCACCUGCAAUGCAGGAAUCUCAACAAAAGCAUCCAUGACAGGUGGCCAUCCAACCUCUGCUUCAAAACCUCCAACGAAGGAGAGUCCACCAUGUUCCCGUUCCACUGUCGAACAGCUCUUACCACCAGGAAGUUCUUCCUGAUGUAUUGUGGGAAUCUCCUUUCUCAUAACUUGAAUCUGUUGGUUCAGGUCCCAACCUCUGGAGCAGGAGAAAACAAGCUUGACCCCCUCCAUGCGACGGCCCUUUAGAUCUUUGAAGAUGGCUACCAUAUCUCCUCUCCGUUCCUCUUUUCCAAGCUAAACAUACCUAACUCCCUCAUUAGGUUUUCACCCCGAUAAGGUUUACUUGGAAGGCAUUAGAAACCAAUACUUAUUGGUUUGUUUUUCCGAAAUAUCCUAGCCAUGUUGGUAACAAUUCAUUUUGUAUAUCGUGAGAAGUUGAUAGUCCAAGCAAUUAGGCACAUUAGUAAACCAGCAAAACUGAUCUGCGCACCACACACAGUGCAAUUAACUGCACACAGAACACUUCUGUCAAACCUAAUUUCAGCAGAAGGAGGGAGCCCUUUGGAGACCAGAGAAAGCCCUCUGUGCGCACAUGUGCACCCAAAUUGGCAACUGCUAGCUUACAUCAGGAUUCUACAGCUGCAGGUAGUUGUGAAAGCACCCAGGCUGACUUGCAUGGACACCUUUCCACUGGGAGAAUGUGCUUUGCAGAUGGGUCACUUCCGUUGCUCCUAGCCAUGAUAGCUAUGCUGUGUCUCCACAGUUGGAGGCAGCAAUGCUUCUGAAUCCCAGUUGCUGAAAACCACAGGAGAGGAGUGUGCUCUGGUACCCAGGUCCUGCUUGCAGGAUUCCUCCUGGGGAAUCUGGUUGGCCACUGUGAGAACAGGAUGCUGAACAAAAAUGUGUCCCAGAUGUGUCCUCUUUGGCUCAAUCCAGCAGGCUUAUGUUCCCUUGCAUGUUCCGGAACUUGUGCAGUUGUCUUUUUCAGUGAGGUGAUGGAGUCCCACAGUGAUCUGCCUGCUUUGCAGGUAGAGGCAAGGGGGCGGGUCUGAUUGGGAUGCUACAGCUGGGUUGGAUAUUGAACUGGCUUGUUCUUAGUGCUUCCUUUGGUCAGAUUUACUUCGAUACUUUUUUAGUUUGUACAACCUGAUUGCAAUAUAUAAAUUUAAAAAUUGAGGCAACUUACAAAAGAAUAUUGAAUAUCUACAUGUAGAAUAAAGCAGGGCUUUUCUGAACCUGCUGAGUUUUCUGUGCAAAAGCAAGUUGGGGGGGAGGCAGGGAGUGGCUGCACAGUCCAUUUAAAAAAUGCUAAGGAGCCCAAAUAUUUCCUUUUGAACUUUGAACUUCUCAUUCUCUGCACUGCAAGCAGAAUCAGGAAGGCAUCUGCCCCCUCUCUCAGUGUGUUAUCUGGAACAGUCAGACCUCUCCUUUCCCAGUGCUACAGCAGCUUCAUUUCUGGAUCCUUCACGUCAAAAUCCAUUGUGUUCUCUCUGUCUCUAACAGCUUUUUGGCCCUGUUUUGGGAGCCCAGUAUGAAAGCUGCACUCUGCAUAAGCUCAUAAGUCUUCUUCAUGAUUUAUGUUCAAAGUCUUGGCCUUGAAAAGAGGCUUCCAGGCCCUGAAGGUUGCUGCAAAUCCCUGGAGGGGAGACUGCUCUUGUGCUUGAAUCCUGCUUGCUGGUUUCGUGUAGGCAUCUGGUUGGCUGCUGUGAGAACAAGAAGCUGGACUAGAUGGGCCAUUGGCCUGAUCCAGCAAGCUUUUCUUACGUUCUUAUGAAGCUGUCUUCUUUCAGUGAAUGGCUGCUCUUUGAGAGGCAGGAAGGAUGGGCUUAUUCGUCUACGUUUUGGAGGAUGUUUUCAUGUCAGACAGGGGACUUCAAGACACCCCCACCCUCGCUGCAGGUUUAUUUCCUUUCCCCAACCUUACUUUUUCUGGCUUCAAAGUCUCUCUUGGAAAUGGGGCUUACCAUUGUCCUUGUGCGAGUGGAAGGGCUAAGUGCAGAGCUGCUGAGAACUGUGUAAAGGAGCACCAGACUGACGAUGACAGCCAUGCCUAUCAGUUUAAAAUGGAGCACUUGAAAAAGGGCUGGUGUCUUGCCAGUACUUUCUAGAUGGGGUGUGGCUUACAGUCAGCCUCCUGCAAUCCUCGCUGCUGAGCAAGUGGAGGCUGCAUCUUUGUGGGAGCUUGAAUGGAACCUUCUUGUUUGCUGGCUGGCAUUGUGGGCGCCCAGUAGGUCUCCUACGGAUGUUCUGGGACUUACCAGGGAGUUUGCCUCUCCUCCCCCAGGGUCCCAGGAGCGAGUCAGCAAGGCCUUUCCCUUCCUCUCUGUGUGACGUGUUGAAACCCUCCCCUCCCUCCCUCCUGGCAAGAUGAGUCAUGGCAGUCAAGAAGGCAUGACCCCAACACUGCCUCGCAGGCUGACCGUUUGCCAGGAGUGGGAAGUCUUGAUUGUUCUGAUACUGCUAUCUCCUCCUCCUCCUCCCCCCCCCCCCCCAGUCACCAGAGCAUGCUAAUUUCCUCACCCCACUGCUCCAGGCCCUGCAAAGAAGCACAAAUGGGAGGCUGGCCUGAGGACAGCCCUGAACCACAGAGGGGAUAUUCCCCUGGCUCAUUCCCUUGCCAUCAAAUUGGCCACAAUCCAACGCAAGAAUUGCUGUUACCAGGCUGUCUUCUGCUUCCACCUUGGCCUGAAAGUGAUAGUUUCUGAUUUGUGAUUCAAGGACCCGCCACCUGCUUGGGGAUAAGAAAGACACAUGGACACAGUAUAUUAGGUUAAUGGGCUAAUAAAGGCCACAACUUUAUUGAUUACAGCAUGUGAGAGGUAUUGGCUUAGGCAUUGGAUAAAACAACAGAACGUGACUCCACCCCCUCAGGGAGGGGUGAGUCUUAACAAGGGUUAACCACCAGUGGGAGGAGCCUGUUGAUGCAAAUACAACUGAAAGCUCCCCCGAUUUCACCGGGGGUCGUGCCAUGGCCCUAGCUAGCCACCAGCAAGGGCAUCGGACAGGAUCCACGACCGCCGGAUUCCUUUACCGGAAUACCCAUAAAGUGGAGGGGUAGGCAAUGGCCACACCCUGCCCUCCAAUACACAAACAUAUUCCAUUGCCUAACCACCAAUACCUAAAAUUUGUGACGAUUUGCUACGAGGUAGGUGAAAAACCAAGUGGCCGGUGCCAAUUUGCCAGUUGGAUAAAAAUUCCAACAGGCCCCUUGGACAACCAAGGCAACCAACCACAGGUCCAUAGCAAUGUCAAGAACCAAGCAGUGAACUAAAGGAAGGGUGGGUGGGUGAUCCAAGUAAAACCAGCAGUGGAAUGAAAGGGAAGUGCUGCCACGGCCACAUGUGAUUGGCAAAACCCCGCCCCCAAGCCUCCACCUGAUUGGUUGGCUACCUGGGGGCGUGGUGCGCCAUCCAGGCCAGCUGGGCAGGGACUGGAACUCCCCCUGCCAAUGCAGGAAACAGCUUCUGCUCACAACUCCUCCCCUCUGUAAGGUGGAGAGGCUUUGCCUAAUGAGGAAGCCAUCCUGGGUUGUUCCCCCUCACCUCUUUCAUGCUUACUCACAAACUUACUCAGCUUCCUGCAUGUAGGAGCCAACCUGAGUCCAGGUGGCCAGUUGUGCCAGGUGGCUGCAUAGGUCCAAAUCAUGGCUUGCCACAUUCUGGAAAAUAUCAGCAAGGAGUGCUAUGGAGAACAAGUGCCUGGAUACCUAUGGAAGCAUCCAUGCAUCCAGUCCUGCAUGCUGAAGUUUUCACCUUGCCCUAGAUGUGUGAGUUGGCCCAGAGAAUGACUGCGAAUGCACAGCAGACCAUUACUCUAUUUGUCUUGUGUUGGUGAUGGGCAGAAAGCACAGCUGACCUUGCUCUGUAGGCACCUGGCAACACACCAAACCAUCCUCUCCAAGGACAACUCUCUUAUUUCGAAGCAGCCACAAUGGAAAGGGGCGGGAGCAGCUGGGGAUUGUCAGCAUUGCUGCAGCGAGUGCCGUCAAAGCACAAGAACGCAUUUGCACCUCAAGAUGAAAAUCUGGUUGGCAGCGUGGGCUCAUUUGCCAUGCCCCAAAGGAGCGGAGCUUAUUUGCUGUCUCCUCCAUAUUCGUCUGCUCCUUAAAAAUAUUAAAUGAGGGCUUUGGACUGCCAAAGAGGGGCCUUGCUUUAUGGCCCUCUGUGACUGAAUCCUCCCCUUCCUCAGAAGUUGACUGCAAAGCUCACCCGUGUGUAUUCGUCUGGCAUCUUUAGUUCUACAGUCCUUGGGGGGAAAUGAGCGCACAUGGAUGGCAAAGACAUUAAUGCAGGCUGGCAUCUCUGAAGCAUCUGAGUAGCAAGGGAAGCAAGGAGGCCCCUCCAAAAUGGAUUCUGCUUGUCCUUGACAGGGAUGGAGACUGGAAUGGUUUGCUAGCAAGCAGCUCCUAACCCUGACUGGACUCGGCCUUUUGCAAAAAUACUUUAAGAUGAGUCAGCCACAGGAGAGCCUAAGAAAGUUGUGGUAGCUUCAGUGCAAGCUGUUUUGUUGGAAUAGACCCAGAUCCAAAACAUUUACUGUGGAAAGUCUAGAGAAGAAGCUCCUGCAUUAUAUAUUCUGACUUUAAUACAGUGGUGCCUCGCAAGACGAAAUUAAUUCGUUCCGCGAGUUUUGUCGUCUUGCGAUUUUUUUCGUCUUGCGAAGCACGGUGUCGGGAAAGUUUUGGGAAAGCUUCAAAAAUCUCCAAAGUCUUUAAAAACCUCAAAUCAGGCUACCACACCGCGUUCUAUGAGUUGCUCCUCGAAGGCAAGUCGCAACUGUAUUAUCGGUGUUAAGAAAAGAAACAAACUUGCAAGACGUUUCCAUCUUGCGAAGCAAGCCCAGAGGGAAAAUCGUCUUGCAAAGCAGCUCAAAAAACAAAAAACCCUUUCGUCUAGCGAGUUUUUUGUCUUGCGAGGCAUUCGUCUUGCAAGGUACCACUGUACCUUAAGUAUCUUUGUUCUGUGAGAAUAAUUCCCACUGAACCAAAAAUAGUGGGGAAUCUGCAACUUUUCACAAAUAGGAGAGAAUCUUAGAGGAAAUCUGAAUUACUGGCUCGAGAAAAUAUGUACAGAUGGUGCUGUUUAUAUAUUUGCUAAUAAGGAGUGCGCUGUGAGUUGAGUUUGCAAACGACAUCUGUUCUAAAUGGAUCUGUACCCCUUAGCAGGGCUGUGUGCAAUAAGAAAGCCAUGGAGAACCUUUUAGUUAGCAUAUCCUUCCCUCCAAUGACUAGUCAGCAUUCUGUACCAGAUACCAGUAUUUACAUUUGCUAAUAAAUUGCCAUGUUUCUCUUUACCCAGCCUCUUCUGCUUUGCGCUGGUGGUAGAUCUGGAUACCUGCAAUAUUUAUAUUUGCCAAUAAAUGAGGGAUCCCCUUCCUUAUCUCUUCUUUGUCCUAAUAGCACUUCAUAGCAUCCUAAAACCUGUAUGUCCCUUAGAGAGGCUAACCCAGUGACACUUGCAGAGCUCCCCCUGAGGACAGACUUUUGGAGGGCAGGCUUUUGGAGGAAAAAAUUUCAUGCUUUUUUUUGGCCUCUCUUGACAUCCAGCCUGGAGAAGAACUUUCUAGAGUAGUCUAAUGCUUGCUUAUAGCCUUGUAAUGUUCUUGUGCAUCUUAAUAAAAUGUAUUGCCCUACACUGGCUUUGAGCUGCUAGUAUAGGCAAAGCCAUUUGGUUAAAAAGGGUAAGAGUUUUUGCCAGUUUGUGAAGUUGGAGAAUAGUUUUAUGCUGCCCUCUGCUGGCUCUUAUAGUAAACUCAUUGUAAAACAGCUGCAGAUAAUAUUUGCUUUUAUGACGAAACUAGGAGUAGGUGCCCAGUUGUACCUCCUUUCUGGAAGAAAACAGAAAUAACUUGGUUUUGGACAAAUCCUUGGAGAUCGUAGAUGCUAACAUUAUAAUUAGCCACAUACCUAUCCAGUAAGUUUUUUCAGAAGGGCAGAAAAUGUGGGCUUCACCAAACCACACUGGCAGCAAAAUGAAUAAUCUCUGGACACUGGAAUUCCCAAGCCACACUGGGUAUUGCAGGCUGCGUAUAGGAGGCCCUGCAGCUGGCAACACAUGAGAAAGUAAGUCCUGUUCCAACAAGAUACAAAAAGAAAUAGGCUUUCAGGGAGUUUGGAGAUCUUCCAGAAGGCCUGUCCACAUAUGUAGACACAAAAUUUGCACAGAGACUAUGACGGCUGCUGUUCAUUGAGCAUUCAUUCUUAAAAUGUUUGUACUGAGGUUAUAUGACAUUAUGUCAAGUGAUUGUUGUACUGCUUGUUCCAGUGCAUUUUCCAGUUACUCUCCUUCCUGCAAAAAGUCUGAUUUAAAAAACAAAAAACAAAAACCCAACAGCAACAGUUUUGUUGCAUAAGGGUGCUGAACACAGUUUAAUUGUGCAGCCUAAAUUUGCUUAUAUAUAUAUAUAUAUAUAUAGAUUUGUCAAAUAGUGACUGUCUCAGUUCUUGGGACCCUUUCCCAAAUGACACCUUCAAUGGAGUCUGGAAACACAUUCUUAGAACCUUAGAACCAUUCAAACCUGCCUUUUGCUUUCACUGUUAAUGGCCCACCAUAUUCUCAUGUCCCUUUGUGGAACUGUUGGGUUGGUAUUGAAGGCCAGCCAUUGUAAACUCUUUAAACUAGCUGAGAGCUUUGGUCUAUUAUGCUGGUGCUGUGGUGCCCCAAGGUUAAUUUCUUUGCUGUUUUCUUUGUGGUUGUGUUUUAUAUUCUCUUCAUCUUGUGCAACUUGAAAAUCUCAACAAAACACUUGCACUUUUAUUCAUUUGCUCUUUUACCGUUACUUACCUACUUAAAUCCUUAUUGGACUAAUUAAUUACUAUAUAUUUUAUCAUUCACAUCUUGAUAAAUGGUCGAAAGGCAGAUAGAUAUAAGGCUAUCACUGUAAAUGAGUUUAGUAGAUCUGGGGAGGAACCAUAGGGGGCAGUUAGGGAAUUGUUUAAAGCUUGUGAAAGCCAUUAUUAUUAUUAUUAUUAUUAUUAUUAUUAUCUAAAGAGAAGAAGAAGAAGAAGAGUUUGGAUUUGAUAUCCCGCCUUUCACUCCCUUUAAGGAGUCUCAAAGCGGCUAACAAUCUCCUUUUCCCUUCCUCCCCCACAACAAACACUCUGUGAGGUAAGUGGGGCUGAGAGACUUCAGAGAAGUGUGACUAGCCCAAGGUCACCCAGCAGCUGUAUGUGGAGGAGCGGAGACGCGAACCCGGUUCCCCAGAUUACGAGACUACCGCUCUUAACCACUACACCACACUGGCUAGCAAAGGACAAAGCUAGCAAUGCAAGGAAGUUGCAAGCUACAAGGCAGAUUCCCUCCUGAAGUUGCCUGUCCUUGAAUGAAUUCUGAUACAAACGUUGUGGUUGCCACAUGGAAAUGCUUCAAAAUAACAGUAACUGUACAUGGGAACAGUAUUCCUUGCCAGCUGCUUAUCGUCAUGUGGAGGGUCUGUGCAAGCCAGUAUCUGCCAGCGAGGUGCCACCCUGGCAUCAGAGGUUCUCACCAUGUGACAGGGCUGGAAAACAUAAGCCGCCUUGCGCUUUGUCAGACCCACUCAACUGCAUGGACCAGUUCCUCAAUUACAUCCAGUUGCCCCCAACUUCUACCCUGUGCUGAAUCCUUCCUUGGUCUGAUCCUGUAGCUCCCUAUCACAUCUUUUCUCUUCCAGUUCCCCUGCACCUUUCUUUCAUAGGAACACAGGAAGCUGCCUUAUACAUAGGCCAUUGCUCCAUUUAGCUUAGUGGCAGUGCCUCUCCUGGGUUUCAGACGGGGCAAUUCCCAGCCCUAUGGGGAAAUGUUGGGGUUGAACCUGGGACCUUCUGCAUGCAAGGCAGAUGCUCUACCACUGAGCUAUGGUCAUCCCCAUGCCCCAUCACCCACACCAACUUUUGUCCAUGGGCCUUCCUUAUUACAGCAAGUCUAGGGAGCUUGUCAGUGGGCCCCUGCUGGGGUAUUGUGGGGAGGGCCCUCAACUGAUGCCCAGACAGGCCAGCUCUUGAUGCCUUGACAGUGGCCAACAUUUAUCACUUAUCCCAGUCUCCAUUUCUGACCCUUGCCUCUCCCUUCCUUUUUUUUGGCAGCACCGUCAGCUCAUGAAGGACAGUUUCAUGGUGGAGCUGGUUGAAGGAGCCCGUAAGCUGCGCCAUGUUUUCCUCUUCACUGAUCUGUUCCUGUGUGCCAAGCUCAAGAAGCAGAUUGGAGGGUGAGGCUCUCCUGGGUGGGCUCCGUGUGAAGGACCAUGUGUAUACAUUGCAUAAGGGGGUGGGGAGGAAAAUAUUUAAGAAGAGCUGGGCAACUGCCAGGUGCAGCAAAGACAAAGCACCAAACUGGAGCAGAAGUGAUCCUCCCAAUGGAGAGGCCAGCCCUUGUUCUUCUCCAGCUCAGAUGCCUCUGAACAUGUGCAGGGUGCCUUUCCAUUACCUCUGAGAAACUGCAGACAACCAGAUUAGGAGGGAGGACUUCCACUUAAGAGGGUGCAACUGCCAAGCAUGUUUGAGCUCCUCUUUGGUUUGGAACCUCCCAGAUUGAUUGCUGUCUGUGCUGCUGCAUAGGGGCCUGCCCUUGGAAGCCGGAGCUGGCACAGAAUCCAGCUUCUAAGUAUGGCAGUGCUGGUGGUAGUACACCAUCUAGCAGAAAGAGCAUACGGUCGUACCUUGAUUUUCGAACAGCUUAGUUCUCGAACGUUUUGGCUCCCGAAUGUCGCAAACCUGGAAGUGACUGUUCCUGUUUGCAAACUAUUUUUGAAAGCCAAAUGUCCGACUGGCCUUCCAUGGCUUCUGAUUGGCUGCAGGAGCUUCCUCCAGCCAAUCUGAAGCCGUGCUUUGGUUUUCAAAUGUUUUGGAAGUCAAACGGACUUCCGGAACGGAUUCUGUUCGACUUCCAAGGUACGACUGUAUAUGUCAGUCAGAGAGCCAUGCACCUCCUCACACUGGCCGCUUCCAUGGAAACCCAAGUUUAUUUCCUUGCAUUUCAACACAUUUUUCCUGACUCGGGUGUUAGCAUUCAUCUCAGGAAAAUGAACAUGUGAAAGGCUUCCAAAGGCCAGAUGCAUUUUACAGCAUUCUGGAAGGUGUUUAGGCAAGUUGUCAAAAGGAAAGAUUCCUUUUGUAGUAUGGGCCUGUAACGUUGGAAUGCCUAAGGAAGGGAGCGGUUUAUUUAUUUAUUUAUUUUAAAUAAUAUUUAUUAUUUUUCCAAAAACACUGAAAGAAAAAAGAAAAAAAAGAGAGAGGAAAAAAAAACAAUACAAUACAACACAUCAAAUUAACAAAACAAGACUAAGACAAUAAAAUACAGUGGUGCCUCGCAAGACGAAAUUAAUCCGUUCCGCGAGAGUCUUCGUCUAGCGGUUUUUUCGUCUUGCGAAGCAAGCCCAUUGACGGAUUAGCGCUAUUAGCGCUAUUAGCGGUUUAGCGGCUAUUAAAGGCUUAAAGGCUUAGGGGAUUAGCUGCUAAAAGGCUAUCAAAGGCUUAGCAGAUUAGAUAAAGGGGGGGAAAGUGAAAAAAAAAUCUCUAGACUCGCAAGGUAUUUUCGUCUUGCGAAGCAAGCCCAUAGGGGAAUUCGUCCUGCGAAGCAACUUCAAAACGGAAAACCCUUUCGUCUAGCGGUUUUUCCGUCUUGCGAGGCAUUCGUCUUGCGGGGCACCACUGUACCAAUUUCAUUAUCCCAUCUUUCAUUCACUUAUUUCCACGACCUCCUCACACCUCCCUUUUUGUAUUCCACUUCUGUUAAUUAUUUCAGCAAUUUCUUUCCAUCCUCCUCUGUUUUCUAUCCUAUAAUUAUCUUAACUCAUUCUAACCUUAUUUUUUUCCUUUGAUACUCUAUUAACCUAUCUGUACUUAAUUCCUUAUAAUAUUUCUACUAAAGCCAUAUAACUUCAUUUCAACAUUUUUCUAACAUUCAUUAAUUUUACAAUAUUUCUGUAGAUAAUCUUUAAACCUUUUCCAGUCUUCUUCCACUAACUCCUCUCCCUGGUCUCGGAUUCUGCCAGUCAUUUCUGCCAGUUCCAUGUAGUCCAUCAACUUCAUCUGCCAGGCAGGGAGCGGUUUACCCUGGCUAAACUUUGGGGCUGCUUCAGGGAGGAGGACAUCGUCCUGCAAGUCUGUGGGGGCUAAGCUGCUUAAGGGGAGCAGAGGGGCAAGCUGGCUAACACUCUGCUUUCCUACUUGCAGGAAAAGCCAGCAGUAUGACUGCAAAUGGUACAUUCCACUCUCAGACCUCAGCUUUCAAAUGGUGGACGAUUCAGAGGCAGUGCCGAACAUCUCCCUUGUGCCAGAUGAGGAGCUGGAUGCUAUGAAGAUCAAGAUUUCUCAACUGAAGAGUGACAUCCAACGGGAAAAAGUAAAAGCAGAGGGGAGGAGGAGAAUAAGAAAUACGAAUAGUGUUUGGCAGUUAUAUCUGUGCUACUGGCUCACAUUUACGCCUCCCCCACCCCUUUUCAGGGAGCAGCUGCCAGUACUGCUACCCCACCACUAAUUGCUCAGCUAAGCAUUCCUGCAACGAAACAGCCUUCCCAGUCAUGCUUGGGUUGUGCUCAGCCCAGUCAUAUGGUAUGAAGAGCCCCAUGCACAUUCCUGAACUGUACCAAAGGCAAUAUAGUGUGAGAGGCUUUCUGCUGUAGGAAAGAUUGGCUACACUUUGAGCCAAACUCAGAAUUAGGGAUGGUCCACUUCGAGCAUCCAGAAGAGUGAACACUGUUUAGCUGCUGCCUCGAGCUCACAUCCUUCUCACCGAAUGGCUGAGUGGUGGUGGUGCUAGUAGCAGUGGCAAGAGCAGGCAAUGAUGAGCGUGGAGCUCUCACUGGGGGUAUCCUCCACUCCUUCCCUAGCACCCAUGUGAGUGAGGGCUGCUACAGCUGCCAGGGGAGUCCCUUUCACAUGUUUGUCAUUCCAGAAGCCCUGAGAUGGGCAGUUUCCAGGCUGGGUUGUAGGAGCAGAGUUCUGGGUUAAGGAUGUAGGUGAGGGUCACAUGGGCAGGAAGCAUAAUGCCAGAUAGAGCAUAGGCACCAUUAUUAUUAUUAUUAUUAUUAUUAUUAUUAUUAUUAUGCUUGUUAAUUGCUUUAUACAAUUAACUCAGAGCAACUUGCAAAUAGCAAAAGGCGCAAUAAAACAUAUGAAAAACAAAAUAAUUAAAAGGUAAUCGAGCCAUGAAAACAAUCUCUCCAUCCCCUAAGAGAAGUCACACCACCCUAAAGAGCCCCCAAAGGAAUACCGCCAAGAGCUGCAAAGGAAAACGCACACUCAAAUAGAAGAGAAACACCUUUGCAUGGUGCCGAAAAUAUGUCUGUGCCAGUGCUAGGCAAGCCUCCCUGGGAAGAGAAUCUGAUAGUUAGGGGGCUACUACUGAAAAGGCUCAUUGCUUUGUUGGCAUGGGCAACUUUGCAUGGGGAAAGAUAUUCCUUGGGGUCCUGAACCAUGUAAGGCUUCAUAGGUUAAAACCAGUACCCCCACUUCUGGUUUAAGGAACCUAAAUAUUGAGAUUCUUGUGAACCUCAUGUUCCUGCAUCUGUUGAGUUGUAAAAGAACAUGAUCUCAUUACCUCUUGGGUUUUUUCCUUCCUCAGAGGGCUAAUAAGGGCAGCAAGAAUAUGGAGAGGUUGAAAAAGAAGCUUUCGGAGCAGGAAUCCUUGCUUCUACUGAUGUCUCCUAACAUGGCAUUCCGAGUGCAUAACCGCAAUGGCAAGGUGAGAGGCCUUGUGGGCAUCUCAGCUCACUGGCAAAGAAUGGGGUCUGAAUGGGGCUGAAAAGAGGAACCAUGAGAGGUGGAGUUUUGUUCAUGGCGUCUUGCACAUGCCGCAUAAAAACUGAGUGAACAGAGUAUGCCUGUUGCACACUUAGUGCUCACUACAGAAGCAGCAAAAUGAAUCAAUGGCUGCUUUCAUUUUUUAUUGUUAUUAUUAUUUAUUAAAUCUGUAUACUGCCCUGCAUCCGAAGAUCACAGGGUGGUUCACAACAGAAAAUUUACUCCCAUAGUAUAAUGAAUGCAAAAAAGACCAUUAUCUCUGAAGCUGAAGGCUGGCAAAUUAGAACAUUAAGCCCAGCUGCUGGUUAAUGGCACAGGAUCUUGUGAUCUUUUGGGAGCUCUUUGUAAUUGAAUAGAAUAUGGGCAGAGCUGAUGGCAGGCUGUGUAAACCCUUGCAAGGGAAACAGACUCUGGAUUAAAUGCUCUGUGCACUUUGUACCCUCAAAGACAGAUGGCUUUGUUGACGUCAUGCAAGUCUUAGCUGUUAAUGUUGACACUGUUGAGACCUUCACCAAGAUUUUCCAAACACAGGGAACUAUUUUCUUCACAUGUCAUGAAAUAUAUGCAUUUAUAUAAAAAAAAAUUUCAACACUACCUGAAAUGAACAACCUGGCAAGAAGGCAAGCGUUCAAAUGGCUGGUUUCUUUUGUUUGGGGAAAAAAGUUCAUCAGCCUAAAAAAGGAAGAACAGAAAAUUAUAACCAGAUUAUUUCUUUUUUAAGAAAAGACAAAAGACUGUGUAGCACUGUGCAUUUAACAGACCAACAGGUGAAAGGUUAUUUUCACUGUACAGUGGUACCUCGGAUUAAGAAGUAAAUUCGUUCUGGAGGUCCGUUCUUAACCUGAAACUGUUCUUAACCUGAGGUACCACUUUAGCUAACGGGGCCUCCUGCUACUGCUGCGCUGCUGCUGCACGAUUUCUGUUCUAAUCCUGAGGCAAAGUUCUUAACCCAAGGUACUAUUUCUGGGUUAGUGGAGUCUGUAACCUGAAGCGUCUGUAACCCGAGGUACCACUGUACUGUGAAUGGUCACAUAUACCCCUAAGACACCAAACCUCAGGACAUCAUUCCUAGAUGGUACAACUCAAUGGCUGCUUGAGCCAAAACUUGUAGAGGAUGACACAUGAAGUUGAUUUUUACUGUCCAGGAAAAUGCCGUUAGUCUUGCAGAAAAUUAAAUAAAAAUUGGGUGGCAGGGAUAUAUGUUGGCUGUAUUAUGAACUUUGUAUAAUCUUAUUUUAACACUUUAGAUUGUUCUUUUUGUACAUAAUUUAACUGUUGGAUAAGGCAAUAUAAAAUAAAUAAUCCUUGGGCCUCUUUUUGUCUGUCACUCAGAGUUACACAUUCCUCAUCUCAUCUGACUACGAACGGGCAGAGUGGCGAGAGAUCAUCCGGGAGCAGCAGAAGAAAUGUACGUGCCUAUGCUCUGACUUCCCUAGGUGUGACUAACAGGCAUCCUGGGCUUGGAGAAAUCAGAGGGGGGAUCUUGGGGCUGACCCUUCUGCAUGUCUAAGGCUGAACAUGCCACUCUUCUGUGAGAGGGUAGCCGAAUGUCCCAUGUGUAGAUGUGCGGACCUUUCUUGACUGUGGUCUGGGUCAGAUACAGAUGUGUUUCUGUGAAUCAGCACCUUCCAGGUGCUUCCCCUCCACUCCAGUGAGACCCCAAGGAUGGGGACUCCCAGCAUGCUGUCCACAUGUAGGAAGAAACUUCUACAGUUCUGUGCUCAGUAUUGUUGCAGUGAUGCUACCUAGUCCAGCCAUCAUUCCCAGUAAGGAGCAGGUAACUUGUUGAGGGAGAUCUCCAGGUUUAUUAGAAGAGGGCCUUUCCUCUGUGAGAAAAGGCUUCUGCAUGAUUCCCACAUGUGGCAAAUCGUUUGGUAGGAGUUGGCUAUCUGCUUGACUUUUUCUAGGAUAACCGGGAAUCGUAGUAUUCUAUUCCCAGGAUCAUUCCUGAGGAUCCCUUGUAGAUGUCUUUGUGGCAAUAAUACUCAAAGCAAAGAGGUCAGCAUUACCGGCCUACACCUUUCUUCCCAAGUUUGCAGGAAAUUAAAAACCCAUUCUCCUCUGAACUGUAGGUUUCAAAAGCUUCUCGCUGACUUCGGUGGAGCUCCAGAUGCUGACAAAUUCCUGUGUGAAACUUCAGACUGUGCAUCACAUCCCCCUCACGAUAAACAAAGAAGGUGAGAACCCUGGAACCAAUUGGCCUCAUCUGCCAUUGCUCUUGACUAUCUUGCCUCCAACAGUGGGCAGCACUCAAAGGGACGAUUUCCAAGUGGCUGCUAGUGUCUAAUGUGUGUGUUGGAUCUAUACCAUUGCAUACCAAUAAAAGUACACAGUCCCAGUUCACUUCCCAGGCAUAGGCAUGGAGCCAGCCACCAGCUUUAGUCGUCGUAAUGGUGAAAAACAGUGUCUUAAAAAGGCAGUGGCUCACUCUCAGUCCAGAAGCCUUUUUCAUGCUCCCUAGAUUUUGGGAUGUUGCGUAGUCUAAUUUCUUAUGCUCAGAGCUAUAAACAUUAUGAAACUAAAUUUCCAUAGAUUAUGGAGCAGAUCUUUUCCCCAAGCCACAAUAACAUACAUAGAAGGUUGUUAAAUCUGGGAUAAAUGCGCUUACAGUCUUUAAACAUACACAUUCACGCCACAGAAAUUGAAUUUAACAGAUAUAGGGGGAUUUAAUCUGUCUUUCCCACUGAACUCCCAGAGCCAGUUUAACUAUCACAUUUAUAUGUUUUUAACACAGAUGAUGAGUCCCCUGGUCUCUAUGGGUUCCUGAACGUCAUUGUCCACUCAGCCAGCGGCUUCAAGCAGAGCUCAAGUGAGUGGUAGUUGCAUGGUAGCUGUGUGUGAAUGCAAAGAGCUGGAUUACCGUCAUGCUCAGUAUGAUUUGGUGGUGCAGCUAGCAACCAAAUGAAAGCACCACUCUGGAUUCAAGCAGGCCUCUGGUUGCCCACAGGGAGACGCUGCUGCUGCUGCUGCUGCUGCUGCUGCUGCUAUAACAAUGGAACAUAAUGUUAUAGAAGUGGAUGGGAGACCCUGAAGAGUUGCAGCCAGUCAGUGUAAACAGUUCUGAGCUAGAUAGACCAAAUGCUCUGUCUUGGUUUAAGGCAGCUGCUUCCUAUACUCCUUUGUUGUCUGGCUUCUUGCACAGCCCAAUCAAUGCACUUUCUCUCUGCAGCUAUAUAGCUGGCACACAUAUGAAGGUGGUUGUCGCAACACACCUAGUUGGCAUUUUUGUGGCGGUCAGGAGAGUUGACCUUUGGAGGGCUCAAGGGAUGGGUGGCCAGCUGGUCUCCCAUCUGGCCAAUUCAGCCUAUGCCGCUGUCUGCUGUGGGUGUGUUUCUCUAUGGGGAGUCUAUCCUGGAAGCCUUUUAAAAUGCACAGUGGUGACAGCUUGGUGACUGACGCCUGGCAUGUUAGGAAGGUCUUCUACGACAGAAUGAAAUUUAAUAAAUUCUUCCAUCGUUUGAGGUUGGGUUUUACAAAUCAACCUUGUGGGAUAAUUGUCAGGCAUGAGAAUGAGCUUGCAAUAUAAUCUUUACCUUGGAGUGGUUCUGGAAACUGAGACACUUGAGGAGAGAAGAGCAGUCUGCUGGACUAUAUGGAACUGGCGGAAAUGACUGGCAGAAUCCGAGACCAGGGAGAAGAGUCGGUGGAAGAAGACUGGAAAAAAUUUAAAGACUAUUUACAGAAAUAUUGUAAAAUUAAUGAAUGUUAGAAAAAUGUUGGAAGGAAGUUAUUUAGUAGAAACGUUAUAAGGAAUUAAGUAUAAAUAGAUUAAUAGAGUAUUAAAGGAAAAAUAAGGUUAGAAUGAGUUAAGAUAAUUAUAGGAUAGAAAACAGAGGAAGAUGGAAAGGAAUUGCUGAAAUAAUUAAUAGAAGUGGAAUACAAAAAGGGAGGUGUGAGGAGGUCGUGGAAAUAAGUGAAUGAAAGAUGGGAUAAUGAAAUUGUUUGAUUUAUUUUAUUGUUUUUGUUUUGUAAUGUUAGUUUAAUGUAUUGCAUUGUAUUGUCUUUUUAGUGUUUAAAUUUUUGGAAAAGUAAUAAAUAUUAUUUUUUUAAAAAAAGAGAAGAGCAGUCCUCAUCCUCAAAAUAUCAGGUGUCAGCAGAGACCACCAUGGAACUGAAGGAAGCACCCUACGCUCCAAAGUGUAGAUCACUGUUGCAUGGACUAACCAGCAGUCAGAUUGAGUGUGAGCACAUGGUCUGACCCAGCUGACCAAGGAAACUGCAAGAGAUGCUGGUGACCCUAACCGAGCCAUUGCUUCUUUGUCUUCCUCCUCCUAGACCUCUACUGCACUUUAGAAGUGGAUUCCUUUGGGUACUUCGUGAACAAGGCAAAAACGAGAGUUUACAGAGACACAGCAGAGCCCAACUGGAAUGAGGUAGGCUGCAGUGGUGCUCUGGGCUUCCUCUGAUCACCACCUCUCAUAGAGUCUUUGACAAGAGGAGGCCAGUGGCUCUGUUUGUACAGAUUUAAAAUGCUUUCUCCUUAUGUGGUGCUUCAGGGAGGUUCCUGUAUGUUCCUGUAGGAGAUUUUUUGUCAUGGCCUGCUCCUAAUAGGAUGGGACCUUCAUCUUACUGCCACUGUCUGCGUACAAAUGGUUCCAAGACCCAUUUGAAAAGUGGUCAUAACGAAAUUCAGCUGUCUAAUUUGGUGGCCAAGUGUGGCAGUGCCCUUGUGGUCCCCUCCCAUUUGUUUCAGUAAAGGGGGGGAGAGAGAAUUAUCCUUUUGGAUUUCCCCCUCUAUAGGCAUCAAACUGUUUUGAUCUAAAUCCACCUCUUUAAAAAUUCAGCAGGAGAGCAUAGUGAGUCUUAGAUGUGAAUGCCACAGUUGCAUCUUGUAUGUGGACAGAGUCCCAUCAGAGGAAAAAGCAGGGUAUAAAUAAAUAAUAUAAAAACAACAACAACUGACCACCAUCACAACUGACUUGCAGCAUUAACUGAGUGGGGAAAGUUCAAGGCCAAUGCUGGGGCUUGCUUAGAGUGGUUGAUCUUGGGCUGUAUCCCUGAGGGCUGCUUUUGAGUAACAGUGAAUCAGGCAGCUCCGUUGAAUUUGUUUUGAAUGACUUAUGAAAGUGAAGGGGAAAGUAGCCAGAAGCAGAACAGUCUCUCUUUUGAGAACUGGGCAGUGGCACAGCUUGCAAGAGCAGCUGCCUCUAUUGCUGUUUUUUAUUCUAGUACAGCCUUCCUCAUCCUGGUUCCCUAUAGAUAUUACGGACUACAAUUCUCAUCAGCCCCAGCCACUAUGGAUGUUCUGUCUGGGGAUGUUGGGAAUUGCACUCCAAAACAUUUGAAGGAUGCCAAGAUGGAAAGGGCUGCACUAGAGGGUUUCAGUGUUCUUAUUUAGAGACCUGUUACAAUAGUUUAGCUCAUCAAGAUUUUUAUUUUGUUUAACAAAGUGUACAUGCCACUUAUUCUGUGGAAAACCUCUAAGUAGUUUACAAAAUAUCUUUCCUCAGGAAAUAUGGAAGUUGCAGUAUCUUUCCUGGCAAAGCCAAGAAUUUGUCUCCCUCUGGAACAGACCCAAGGAUGUGACAGUCAUCCUUCACAUAUGUCUUAUGGUCUAGUCCUCUCAAAGGUCUUUUAUGUCCAUGCUUUAAUUGUAUUUUACAAUUAAAUUUAAUUGUAUUUUACAAUUGUAAUUUACUUGUAAUUAAUUGUAUUUUACAAUUAAUUGUAUUUUUAAGUUUUUAAUACCUUUCUUUGUUUCAUAUUGCAUUUUUUAUUGCUGCCUUUCUUAUGUUAGGGGGAGGCUCCAUAAGUUUAGUUAAUAAAAAGCCCACCUCCCAUUGCCAGCAAAGUGCACAACCCCCUCCUUGGGCAACUAUCUUAUAGAUUAUGCAGACAGAAAGCUGUUUUGAUUGCGCAGAAGUUGUUAGUUCUAACUCCCAAGGUGGAAAACAGAAUGACAAAAUCUUCAGGGUGCCCUUUCAUGAUUUCCCAAGAAAUCUCUGUGAUGUUAGGACUUUGAGAGCCACAGCAUGGGCAGUCAGUGUGGUGCCUGCCAGAUGUUGUUGGACUACAGAAUCAUCUAUCAUCUUUGGCCAUUGGCCAUGCUGACUGGGGCUUAUAGGAGUUGUCCAAAGCAUCUAACUAUCCUUGCUAUGAAGAGUGAAUCUCGACUAACUCAACUGCUGUUCUCCUGCUGCAGGAAUUUGAGAUAGAACUGGAGGGUUCACAGACACUGCGAAUCUUGUGCUACGAGAAGUGUUACAACAAAACCAAGCUUACCAAAGAAGAUGGAGAGACCACAGACCGAAUCAUGGGCAAAGGCCAAAUCCAGGUGGGCUGUUGGAAUAUAUACCUUUGUAAAGGCAAGAUGGCCAUGUUUCUUUAAAGCAUAGGGUCAGGAACAGGAGGCCUUCCAGAUGUUGGACUCCAACCCCCAUUGACCCAACCCAGAAUGGCCAAUGGCCAGUGGUGAUGGGAACAACAUCUGGAGGGUUGCAACUUCCCCAUCCCUAAUUUAGAGCAUCAUAUCUGUACAGGAUAUCUGGGCUCCAUGUGCAUUGAUCCACAACCCGUAAAAGGCAAAAUGGGAGCAGCCAUGGCCACACAGAAAGGUGGUGAGAAGCCCAAUGUAGUAAUGCUGGCUGGGGCUGAUGGGAGUUAGAGUCCAAAACUUGUGGAGGGCACCAGCUUGGGGAAGACUGCAGUAAGAAGUAAACGGAGAGGAGUGACUGAAAGCAGGCUACCACCCCUGUUUGGAGGACAUGCUCAUCUGAAUAAACUACUUACCAUAUUUUUUGCUCCAUAGGGCGCACCUAGUUUUUAGGGGGGGAAAUAAAGGGGAAAAAAUUAUUCCCCCCCCCCAGCCCCAAAGAGCAAAGAAGCCAAGACAGCCAGCGGGACUCGCUGUCUUGGCUUUGUUUUUAGCCGCGGGGCUGGGGCGGGGGAAGCCCGAGCUGCCGCUCCCGGAACUUGCGGGGCUGGGGGGGCGCUACGAAGGUUUGCAGAUAGCUGCCUGAAGCCCAGGGAGUGCAGCGGGAGUUGGCACUGCGCUCCCCGGGCUUCAGGCUGCUAUCCGCAAGCCUUUGGAGCCCGGCGGGAACUCCCGCUGCGCUCCGAAGGCUUGUGGAUAGCUUCCUGAAGCCUGGAGAGCGAGAGGGGUCGGUGCACACCGACCCCUCUCGCUCUCCGGGCUUCAGCGAAAGCCUGCAUUCGCUCCAUAGGACGCACACACAUUUCCCCUUCAUUUUUGGAGGGGGAAAAGUGCGUCCUAUAGAGCGAAAAAUAUGGUAGGUGCUUGAUUAGCCUUUGUCUUUUCAAAGCCUGCCCUUGAGAAAAUCUAGUCUUCUUUCUUUGGAACUUGUAAGACCUCUAGAUGAUGUCAGACAUGAAGUUUUCCAUCCCUCUCUCUGCUAGAGCUGGGUAUAAAUUAUUCUUGCUUAACUAUCCAAUUGUGUGUUGCUAAUCCGCUAUUAUCUUGACUGGAAAUCUCACCCUCUCACUUCUGGGAUUUGUGAAUCAUGCAGCUCUUUGUAUCGUGGUGAAUGCAGUGACCCUUGGUGACUAGAGCUAGGACUGUUUAUUAGCUUUACCUCUCUCUCUCUGUGUGUGUGUGUGUGUGUGAGAGAGAGAGAGAGAGAGAGAGAGAGAGAGAGAGAGAGAGAGGCUGAUUGAAUAGGAAGGAAAGCCAUCAACUGACUCUGUGUUUGUUAAAGCACGGCUGUUUUUCACAGAAGCAACAGGCAGCAAAUUAAUGUUUCCUGUUCCAUCAUUUGGUCUCUCCGUCUCUGGAAAAUGAGCAGCUCUUUUCUUUUGUUGGGGUUUACGGUUUCUUUCCUGGAGGUUUCCGUAGAAUGUUUACAUUGGAAUUUGGAAAAGGUUUUGCUUGGAAUGUAAUUCUCUUAAAGACCUCCAGCUUUUCAUUCAUGCUACAAAUUGAAGCUACUUGCUGUCACUCUGCAUUUAUUUUAGGUAUGUCACUUCCUGUAGCAUUUGAUGUCACUGUUAAAGUGAAAUCCAAGGUGUGUUCUAUGUGUUCCUUCAGUUUUUAAUCUCAUUUUGCAGAAUACAGUGGUACCUCUGGUUGUGAACGGGAUCUGUUCUGGAGGCCCGUUUGCAACAUGAAAAGCCCGCAACCUGAAGCACUGUAUCUGCGCGGGUGUGCGGCGCGAUUUGGCGCUUGUGCGCAUGCGGCAAAACCCAGAAGUAACCCUUUCUGGUACUUCCGGGUCGCCGCGGGACACAACCUGAAAAAAACGUAACAUGAAGCAAACGUAACAUGAGGUAUGACAGUACAUAGCCCACCUACUGGACCUCUUAACUUCUUACCUGGCACAUUUGCACAUAUACUCUCUGAUGGAGUAGAACCCUGUGAAAGCUUCUGUCAUAUCUGUUAUGGUAAUAAGAACAGAAGACGAUCCCUGAUGCUGGGCAAAGUAGGCCCUGUCUAGUACAGAAUCCCAUUCUCACAGUGGUGAACCAUAUGCCCAUGGGAAGCACCCACGCAGGACUUGGGUACAAUAGCAAUCUCCCAACUGUUUAUUCCCAGCCACCAUAUAUGGAGGCAUACUGCUUCUGAUACUAGAAACAGAACAUAGCCAUUGAUAGCCUUUAUGAGUCUUCCAGGUGCUACAAGAUUCUCUGAUAUUUUUGCAGCAAAAUUGAGGCCUUGCAUAUUUCUUGGUUUUCUGUCAUUGUGUCACAGCAACAAAUGCUGAUUGCUUUACAAGAAAUGAAAGCCAGUCCCUUCCCACUGAUAGUGAAGUGCUUUGCUGUCAUGUCGUUAGGGCACUUUGAAUGGAUAAGUCCCUUUACCUUCUGGAAGGGGACCAGCACUGAUCAAAACAGCUCCCUUUUGUUUACUGCUCUAUCAUGGCAUGGUUACCUUGGGGGUGCUCUUAGGAAUGGGUUUGAUGUGCAAACUGUUGCUCUGUUCCCUGCCUCUGUUUCCCUCUGGCCAUGGCUUCUUUCUUUAUCUAAGCACCCCAGACAAAAUUUCCAGGGAAGGGGAAGCCAGGCAGGAACUCUAACAUGGUACAGUUGUACCUUGGAUCUUGAACACCUUUGCUUCCGAACAAAUCAGCUCCCGAACGAUUGAAACCCAGUUUUUGAAUGUUCUUUUGGAAGCCGAACAUCCAAUGGGGUUUUUGUAGCUUCCGAUUGGCUGCAGGAGCUUCCUGCAGCUAAUCGGAAGCUGCGCUUUGCUUUCCUAACGUUUUGGAAGUUGAAUGGACUUCCAUAAUGGAUUCCGUUCGACUUCCAAGGUAUGACUGUAUUGUGAUUAUAGCAGAACACUGAUGGGAGGAAGGGUAGUCAUCCUGAGCAUUUGCAUGCUACCUGCAUCCCUAACCUCUCUUUGUGGGAGGCCUACUCAGCUUAUCAGUCAAGAGCUGCUUCUGCAGGAGAGGAGACAAGCCUGGGGAUGCAUACCUGACAGCAGCAAGAUACCUGACACACAAAGGCAGCAUGUAAAUCUUGGAGAAGCCUCUCCAAAGACACUGCAGACAUCAUUGGGGACUUAAUGGGUUGUGUAGACCACCAACGCGGUGUCUUUCCUUGGUUGGUUAUAGUGCCUUGCAGAUUUCCUGGUCAAAUUAAGAACUCUUUCCCACUAAAUCAAACUUUGCCGGCCUUCAGCUGCUUUGGCCUCCAACUCCCACGCAGCACGACUGUAUGCUAGGGCUCAUAGGAGCAUUACUGUACUGCCUGAGGCUGAUGGGAGUUCUAGUUCAAAACUGCUGGAGGGUACCAGAUUGAAGAAGGCUGCAUUAAAUCAACAAGGGAGUAGCUUUGCAGAAAGUGUACAUACUCCUCUUGCUGUUCAGCAGAACCCAGAUGGUGCAACGUUGGUGAUCUAGAUGUGACACUAGCUCCUAGCUUCAAAUUCAUAUUUUCAGCAGUCAUAUUUAUUUGUACCUUGAUAAAGUCUCUAACUGUAGGAUUAGCAAGAGCUCUAUUCAGUAGUUCUACUUCAGCAAAUUUUCUACUUGUCUUUCCAGUUCACACUGUGGUCUUCAGCCCCUAAAAUAUCUGCAUUUCGUUGCCAAGAUUUCUUCUAGCAGUAUCUUUCAAAUCUCAUUUUGCAGUUUAACAUAAGCAAGUGAGCAGAUUUUCUGGCAUGUAUAGAUCUUUCUAGUAUCUCUUUGGCGAUUGUUGGUUUUUCAGAGUACAUGCUGCAAUAGAGUCUGAGAAUGUCUGUGUGGGUAGAAACAUAGCUAUCUCAGCAUUCCAUAACUGGACUAAUAGUAUCUUUGACUUGUUACUACCGAGAUUAAAUGGACACAUGCAUUUUAAUCCCAAUUCUUCAUGAUUUUGGUAGCAUACAGGGUCCUCCUUUUUGAGAAAGAGCCAAAGGUGCUUGGGGUUCCUUGGCUACAAGUUAACAAUCUAGAUACUUUUUAUCUUCAAUCCUGACAACGGCAUUGUGGUCUGUGAGAUGAAGAAGCCCUCUCACAAAGCCAGCUGGCAUGCGGAUUUCAAUUUGGGGCAAUUGCAAGACUUGCCAUGUAGUAGCAGAAAAGUGAACAUGUGAAUUCACCCAAAUGCAUGCAUGGUGUCAGUGGUGCACCAUUGUGAUUUUGCCACUGCUUUGUUGCAGGGAAAUCAUGGUGUCCAUGCAGAACAGUUGUCCUCCACACGGGUGAUUCAGUCACACUAUAAACAGGAUUAAAAGAGUGACAUUUAUGUCUGUUAAAACUGUUUGCUACCCACUUUUUUGUUUUUAUUUCCAGACUGGCUGGCUAGUCUGCCUUUCCCCACUGCACCACCCUUGUUGAUCAUGUAAGCAGCUUGUCUGGCCAGCUUGGAAUGGCAAAGCUGCUAUUACGGAAUGUAAUUCAUUUAAACAUAUCCUUCCUGUUGUAUCUUCGUCAUUCCUCCCAGUGGCCUUAUCAGGGCUGAUAUUUCCUCCUCCAAUGGGCCAGUUAAAUAUUUUUUUCCCCAAAUAUUUUUUUAGCUGCUUCUUGUUUAGGUUCUUUAAUAGAAGCACAAUACUAGACUGCUGGUAAAUUACUCUACAUUGGGUGAUUAUUUUUUAAAGGGGGAGGACCCGUCACUCAAUGGCGUUAGAGCAUAUACAGUGGUAACUGGGAUGUGAACAGGAUCCAUUCCGGAGCCCCAUUCGCAUCCUGAACAGAACGUAAGAUGUGACUGCGCAUGAGUGGGUCACGUUUUGCCACUUCUACGCAUGUGUGUGACGUCAUUUUGAGUGUGUGCGCAUGUGCGAGCGACGAAACCCGGAAGUAACAGAGCAUGUUACUUCCGGGUUGCCGCAGAGUGCAACCCGAAAGCGCUCAACCUGAAGCACAUUCAACCCGAGCUAUGACUGUACUUUUAUUUAAUUAUUACAUUUAUAUUCCACCUUUCCUCCAUGGAUCUGGCAUGGAUGCUUUAGUUGAAAUUCCUGCAUUGCAGGGGAUUGGACUACAUAACCCUUGGGAACAUUCUAACUCUACAAUUCUAUGAUUCCAAGGAGCCCAGGGUGGUGCGCAUGCUUUUUCCUCUCCUUUCUGCAGCCUGGUGCCCUCCAGAUGGCAUUGGGGGGGGUUGAUCCUUGGGUCCCUUUCAACUCUAUGAUUCUAAAGCACAUUUAGAUGGCAUCUACGCAUAUACACGAGCAUUUUGAACUGGGAAAGACUUCUUGAAAAAGAGAUGGACUUUUUCUGAGUGCUUGCUGGGAGAGCUCAUAAAUACAAAACUGAUUUCAGAAUGAAUUGAAUGAAACUCUUCCGUCAGUAGUUUAAAAAACAUUGAGUCUUGCAUUCUUGCAUUGAGUCUUGUAUUCGUGCUCUGCUGCUGGAUGCAAGAAGGUGGCACUUGUUGUGUAGAAGUACCAUUUCCUUCCAUAGGUGGCACUUCAUGCCUAACUUUGGAAUCUCUGCCCUCAUCCCAGACAGCUUUUACCUGUUGAAUCCCCAAAGAAUACAUCAGGCAGCAUUUUCACUUAUUUAUGUAGAAGAUUCACCACCACCCCAGGUUUUCGUUUUUCAUAAAAACUCAAAGUGACUUACAGUAAAACAUGCCUGUUUUAGACAAGAGUUGCAUUUUAGGUUCUGCAACUUUAUAUGGCACAGAAGUACAGGACAUGAGCAGCAGGUGAAUUGCAUCUUGAGUCUGGGUUGGCUGUUCCCACUGUGAGAAUGGUGUUGUGAAGGGCUAUCCAUGUCAGCUCCAGAAAGCAGUCGCAUGGGGGUGGAGGUGAGCUCAGUAGUUCCACAAAGGAAACCAGAUACUUCAGAAGCCAUUUCCUCUCAAUUCUGGGAAAAUACAAAGCUUGUUAAGGGAAAAUUCUGCCUCCCUUCCCAUAAACUCUUUUGGGAAGGAAAAACAAACACCUCAUUGGAACCUUGGCUGCCCAAACUGAAGUGGGCAGGUCCUCCAGGAAGAAUAUUCUCAUUAUAAAGCCCCUGGCAGAGCAAGAGUAGACUUAGAGGGACAACACUGGGCUUCAGAGCACAAUAAGAGCACACGGCACAGUAAGAGAUGUGGGAACUGCUGAUGACCCACUCCACCACUCAGGGAGUCUUCAAGCAUUUCUGCUACUGCUGUAGCUGCAGGACUCUGCUGGAUUUACCGAAGAAAUGUACACAUAACAGAAGCCACACUCUGUGGCCCCGAGUCUGUGGCAGAGUGCUACAAGGAAAGGUUGGCUUUACUCUUACAUUCAUUCAUUCAGUCAUUCAUUCUCUCUCUCUUUCUCCCCACCCUCCGCCUUCCCAUUGCUUUGUGCUGUAUGUGUGGAUAGAGAAACUGCUUCCACUUAUUAGCAAUAAUAGUGGGGUCUCAACAGACAGGGGCAAAGGGCUAAUUUUCACAAACAGCAAAUGAAGUGGUGAACCUGUGCCUGGACUGUGCCACUUCAGGAUUUAAGUGGGGCCUCAGAUUGUUGAAUGCUCCUCCCUUUACAAAAAAAAAUAAAUAAAUUCCUUGCAUGUUGAAAACUUUCUAGCUGUUUUCCUGACAUGCUAGUUUUAUGGGCCUAUGGAAUUUUUAUGUGUGGAAGAGCAUUAUCAUACAAACACACCCAACGAAGCUGCAGUCAUCUGAGUGGCAUAAUUCAGAGACAGGUUUACAACUUCACCUAGGCCCGAGAGAGGAGUUGACCCUGAAUCCCUAAAACUGAUUUGGGGGCAGGCCAGAGGCAGGCUGAUGAACAAGCCCAGCAAACCAGAAUUGGUACCAUGGACUCUGCUAGAAAACCUCCACCGGCUGGUCAGACAGACGUGUGUAUUGUGUGCAUUGAAAUUUUUCUGAUAAGGAUAAAGGUAUGUGUUGAAUGUAUUUGCUUAGCUUUGCAAAACUAUGCUGCUUUCAUGACUUUCGUUGUCAAACUUUCUGGAAUCUUUUUUUCUCAUGCAGAAGAGGGUGACGGAUGACAAAUGGUCUGAAAGGGCACUGAGGAAUUUCUAAAUCAGCCUUCCCCAACCUGGUGCCCUCCAGCAGUUUUGGACUACGGGGGCAGUUUGGAGCUAUAGCACAAAACAGCUAGAGGGCAUCAGACUGGGGAAGACUGUUCUAGGGUAUUCAUGUUGAGAACUGUUGCGGUCUAUAAUUUUGCUAUUUGUUUUAAAGGACAAGCUAGCAGGAUUCUCCUGAUAUCUCUGAUCCUGCAAAUAUGUGACCUGCAUACCGGUCUAAUUAAAUUUGGCUCCCAGUACGUUUCCGAGCACAAUUCAAAGUGUUGGUGCUGACCUUCAAAGCCCUAAAUGACAUUGGCCCAGUAUACCCAAAGGAGUGUCUUCACCCCCAUUGUUCAGCCUGGACACUGAGGUCCAGCUCUGAGGAUCUUCUGGUGGUUCCCUCACUGCGAGAAGUGAGGUUUACAGGGAACCAGGCGGAAGGCCUUCUUGGUAGUGGCACCCGACCUGUGGAACACCCUACCAUCAGAUGUCAAGGAAAUAAAAUAACUUAUCUGACUUUUUGAAGACAUCUGAAGGCAGCCCUCUUUAGGGAAGUUUUUAAUGUUUUAAGUUUUAUUCUGUUUUUAGUCCUCUGUUGGGAGCUGCCCAGAGUGGCUGGGGAAACCCAGCCAGAUGGGCAGGGUAUAAAUAAUAAAAUUAUUUGACUAAUUUAUUUAAGACAAUACAGUCACUUUGGCCUCUGCACCUGAUUGCUAACUCACUAAUAACUCUCCAUUUUUCAGCUGGAUCCACAGACAUUGCAAGAUAAAGACUGGCAACGCACUGUCAUAUUAAUGAAUGGAGUAAGUACAGACAAUUCUAAAAUGCAAGCUGGCUGCUCCUGACUGUUCCGUUCUGGAUUGGAUUUUCAGGUCGUGUGCUCCUGGUGACUGAAGACCCAUACUCAAAUGUUGUUGUAACAUCUGCACACACAUGCAGAUGAUGAUAUAAAACACUGACAGCAAGCUGCUUGCCAGGCCUGUGCAGCUGUUUACAUGCCUGCUGAGGAGCCAGCUUUAUAGAUUGUUCCUUGCGUGGGUGCAGUCUCCAUUAGCACACAGAUACAGAGCAGCUUUGAGGAUUCAAUUGUUGCAUAGGAACAGCAUGUAUAAAUUUUCUAUGUUGGAAAUUCUGCCUUUGUAUCGCCCAUACUGCCAAAACACAUAAGCUCUCUGUUAACAAUCUGCACUUCUCCUGGAUGCGGAAGAUAGGAGAGUUUUAUUUCUAAUGCAAUAAUGUUACAGAGGAUCUGGACGUAUGCAGAAUAUGCACAUCCUGUUCCUGGUGCAGCAACAGACCACCCUAGCUGUCUUUGUAGUCAUGCAGGCUGCUUCUUGCACAACAAGGCCUUUCUCUGAAGCCUCAAAGCACUCAGCCUUAUUAAAUUGGCACCUUGACUAUUUGGUCCUAUUGACGCCUGGUGUGGAAAAUCAAAACAACACUCACAACUGUGUGCCCUUGCAGGCACUAAUUUUUAACAAAGGGGACGACAAUGCACUCUGGAAUUCUCCUCUGCAAUUUUCACUGAAAUGAAUGGGAAUGGCAGUGGCUUGUAUUGGAGGACUUCUCAGCAGAUCAAAUGCCCGCCAGCGCUCAGAGCUGCCUGUCUGUAAUCACUGAAGUCCUGUUCUCCCUUUUAAAAUAUAUGCAAUGUUUGCAUAGUUUUUUGACAAAGAAUGGCACAUAGUGGAAUCUAUUUAGAACGGGCAUCUGUGUACACUGUCUCUUCAAUGAGCUGUAUUAAUAAGCUCCAGUUAACCAGAUAAAAGUGGUUUAGUUGGGGAAACUACUUCAGAUGAAAUAGUAAUUAUUUCAGACAUAAGUAGUUUUGAAGAACAUUAAAAUCUUAUGCAUCAUGUAAAAUCUUCUUUGACCCUCAGUUACAAGUUGUUGCUCACUGUGGUGUUAAUGCUACUGAAUACAGAAGUCUCUCUGCUCAUUGAAUAUCAAAUGAGACUUGCUGUCUGAAUAUUGUCUCUUCCUAGUGAGCAUGGAUAAGCUGCACAUUAUGCAUAGCUGCUAUUAUUUAUAUACUUUAUAUUCUGCUUUUCACGUUGCCAUGUACUUGGAGAAGCUAACACGUUUUCUUUUAACAAACAGUAAACCACAUGUAAAAUAAAACAAAAACAAACUGAGAAAUGAAAAUUUAAAGUAGUAAUAAAAGCAGCUGUAAGACCCCUUACCUUAAGAGAUUUUACCGAAACAAUUCUAACUGUAAACUCCAGAAACAAAAUUUUGCAAGUGUAAGGCUAAAAACAGGGAUGGCUAACCUGUGGAUCUCAAGAUAUUGAGCCUCAGUGAUUGUGGGAGUUGUAGUCCAGCAACAUCUGAAGACCCACUUUUUAGGCUCUCCUGGCCUAAAAUCUUAGAAAAGUCUGGUUGACUUUCAGUUUGUAUUAGACUCCACAUUUCUUUCCACAUUAGCUUUGUUAUUUCUACCCCCUUUGACAUUUUAGUUUAUUGUUUUGAAGUGUUAGAAGACUCUGUUUGUAAUCACAAGAGACUAAUGUGGUAUGUAGUUGAGAAGGGGGUGCACUGUUCUGUGUAGUUUUCCCAAGGGAAAGCAGUUUACAUGGAGUAUGAAAGUAACUCAGUCUGACUGCGGAGCUCAGAACAGAGCAGGUCACCCAGCUGAUGAUCCAAACCCCUGUGCUAUUCAUUGUUACUCCUUGUGACUGUUUUUGAAUGAGAGAAAUCCAACAAGAAUUUCUGUUGUUGGAAAGAGUAGCUAUGAAUCUCCUUUUUCUUCAAGGUUGAAGUGAAGCUGUCUGUGAAGUUCACCAGUAGAGAGUUCAGCUUAAAGAGGAUGCCCUCCCGCAAACAAACAGGCGUAUUUGGAGUAAAGAUCGCAGUGGUCACCAAGUGAGUUAUUUCAUUAUUUUUUCUUUUUAAUCCAGGGUUUUUCCUUAAGGCCUUUCGCCUGACCUGACAGUGAACAAAAGUUAACACGUAUAAUUUGCCUGUUUUCUAACAUAGUUUUGAGGGGAGGGGGAAGUAUCUGUAUUGCAAGCUGCAUCAUCUUCAUUGAGAGCUGCAUAAAUCUGCUUGGAACCCAAGUUUGUUUACUUUGAACAUCAUGUGCUAUGCCGUGCUCCGGAACCAACCCUUGGUCUCUUCCUAUCCUGUGAGAUGACUCACCCUGGGAUUUUCCAAGCUACCGAGCAGCCAUUAUGCACCACACUCAAAAAAACAUUCACACCAUCUGGAUGGUGCUAUAUUCGUUUUAACCCGUGAACUUUAGUCAUGAUUCAUUUGCCAGCAGAAUGUUUACUGGCACUGGAGAACUUGGGAGGGAAUCAUUAUUUUGUAGGCAGAAACAGGACUACUAAAGCACACAUAUUAAAGUGACAUCUUUAAAAAAUAGAGAAGUGGAAUGAGGAUUUUUAGCUUCCUCUCAGGUAUCAACCUUACUUUGAAAAGAAAAGAAAAACACAUGAUUCUCUGGAGUCAGGUGAAUGGUUUGGCACCCAUGGUAUGAACUGAUGACUAGAAUUUUAUGGUGUUGGAGUGGGAGAAUGUAGCUGCCAGUGCUUUGACCUCUUACUUUUCUGCACAUCAAUAAACUUUGUACUUUUGAGCAGCAUGGCAUAUCAGGGACUGGCAAGUGCUUCAAUAUGAUACUCACAAACAAAUAGCACAUAACUUUGAAAACGAUAAAUAGCUGUACAUCUUGAACAACAGUUUUAUUGUUUUUAUUUCUUGACAUAUUAAUGCUGUAAAUUUGUAUUAGUAUUACUUUUGAAAAUAAAUACAAAAUGAUACCGGGGGGGGGGGGCGGGGAAUGUCUGCCUUCAAAUGCAGGCACCCUCCUGUUUUUCCACAGAAUCAAAGGCAGUUUUAAAUUGCUUUCUUGCUUGUGGUGUGUGUACAUUCACACAUAAUUGUUUCCUUUGCCUUUACUGAACUGGACCUCUUCUUGCAGGAGAGAGAGAUCAAAGGUGCCUUACAUUGUGCGCCAGUGUGUCGAGGAGAUUGAGCGUCGUGGCAUGGAGGAGGUGGGCAUCUACCGAGUCUCUGGCGUUGCCACCGAUAUCCAAGCUCUGAAAGCUGCUUUUGACGUCAGUGAGUAUCAGCUUCUAAGGUUUUCAUUUCCACUAAAAAUGAACAGAGUCAGUGCUCCACUCACUCUACAAACAGUUACUAGGGCCAGUCUCAAUGGAAGUAGUUCAGAAAAGGAAGUGAUCUGCAAUGCAGUUGUUUCUAACGUACAUGCUUUAGCUUAACUGCGAAAUGAAUGUUGUUUACAUUUUCAAAUCGAAAAGAAGCUGGUUCAAUGCAUCAAGCAGCAGUAUUUCUCAAGAAACUGUGAGAUAGGUAUGCAUUGUGGCUAACUGUCAUGUGUGCACUGUUUCAAACACCAGUGGUGGCAGCACACUGGAGACAGGGUAAAUGUUAAUGAGUACACAGCCAGAGUGUGCAAGCCCAUGGCAUAUUACUGAUCCUCCAAAAGCUGUACCAUCAUUUUUGAAUUGAGCAAACAAUUUAAAAAUGGAAGUUCAAAAGCAACGCCCAAGUAGCUAAAAAUUCUGCUCCCCUCACAUCUCCCCUCCCUCUAUUUCAGAUAACAAAGAUGUCUCCGUCAUGAUGAGUGAGAUGGAUGUGAAUGCCAUUGCAGGGACCUUAAAGCUCUACUUCAGAGAACUGCCUGAGCCCCUCUUCACAGAUGAACUCUAUCCCAACUUUGCUGAAGGCAUUGGUGAGAAUUUGAUGACUAACAAACAUACUACUUCAGGAUUGCUGAAUCAAUUGGGAGGAAAUGUGACUGAAGAUAUUUGGCAGAAACUCCUUCAGGGUAUCCUCUUACCCAAAAUAAUGCAAGAAUACUUAAAGCAUUAGAAAUGUAACUGCUUUAGAAUCGUUAACAUUCCUAAUGUUUUAAGUAUUUUAAAUUGCAACAUUUUCUCGUAGGGGAGUGUUUCCAGGCUGCUGAUAAUAUUGUUGCAUCUUCCAGACUUUCAGAUCUGCAAUCCCCUUUUUUGAAAAGUGCCAGCCAGAACUGUACACUGUUUUCCAUUUGUGCAGUAGACAACAAUCCCUUUCCUGAUAAUACCUAGCAUGCAAUUGGGCCUCUUUUUUCAUAGCUGAGGCUAAUAACUGGGCCAGGUUUGGCUCUGCAGUCUGUGAGGCACAAGUUUGUAAUGUAUUACGUUUCAGCCCUUCUUUAGGAGGCAGCUUCUAAACCAAAAUUAGGUCAGUUCCUGGACCUCUGUGUAGCUUGAUACUGCAGAGGGAGGGAAGGAUUCAGCUGCCCAAGAGAAGUUAGGGCAGCAGAGUUCGGGAUGGAUUGGGGGAGCAGUGAGGAUGUGCCUGUAUUGAGCUUGGUCUCUGGAUUUUAAUUUUUGUAACUUGAGUGAAACAUAUUAUGUACUUUGGGCACUUUGAGACUUGCUAUUUUUGUUUGGGGGAUUCAGUCACAUACUAGUAGAUUCAGGUUACACAGUUAUAGAUUAUUGAGAGGACUUGCACAACAAGCCUGUUUCCUCAAAACAUUGAGGACUCAAAACAUUGAGUGACAUGAAUACGCACUGGAAAGUGUGGGAUAACACUCGCUUUGACACAAAGUUAUCUAACUUCCCAGCAAACAAAUCAGAAUGAUCAAUAACAGACAUAAUCUAAUCUCCCCACAGACAAAUAAGAAUAAAUGCACAAUAAACAAAUUGUCUGGAUGCAACCUUUAUUAUUGUUAACUGUUAUUUAUAUAAGAUUGCUCAAUAGCAUAAGGUUUUGCUCAGAGCAGACCCAUGGAAAUUAAUGAACUUGAUUUAAUUUCUGUGAUGCUACUCUGAGCAAAUAACAUAGGGAAAGACUGUUGACAGCAAUAAUCUUUUUUUUUUUGUUAGUUUAACACCACUCUUUGUUAUUUCAUUCAGAAAUAUGAAACGAUAAAAUACGAUUAAAAUCCAAUAGAGUGGUACCUCGGGUUACAUACACUUCAGGUUACAUACGCUUCAGGUUACAGACUCCACUAACCCCGAAAUAGUACCUUGGGUUAAGAACUUUGCUUCAGGAUGAGAACAGAAAUUGUGGUCCGGCGGCGCGGCGGCAGCAGGAGGCCCCAUUAGCUAAAGUGGUGCUUCAGGUUAAGAACGGACCUCCGGAACGAAUUAAGUACUUAACCCGAGGUACCACUGUAUUAUUUUUAAAAAAAUCAUAAAAUGGCCUGUGGCCUAAAGGCCUUUCAGAAUUUUAAAAAAUCUUCACUAUAACGAUCAUAAAAGAGUGGGAGGAGCCAGGCUAGCCUCCCUUCCAUGCCUUGUGAAGCUGCAUUGUGUGCUCCCAUUCUGACGCUUUCCCCCCUCUCCUCCUCUAGCACUUUCAGAUCCAGUUGCUAAGGAAAGCUGUAUGCUGAACCUACUGCUGUCUCUUCCAGAACCCAACCUUGUCACAUUCCUUUUUCUCCUGGACCAUUUGAAAAGGUAAUGCUAGAUGUCCUUUUACAGCAUUGACCAUCUCUCAGUACUUACUGUGGAACUCCUGGAAUGCAUUCCUAGGCAUUGUUGGGAGUAAUAACUGAAUGCAUAUGGUUAAUAGACCUGGUCAAGACACCUUUUCAGCUUGGCUCUAAGAGAGACUACUGCUCUGAGAUGGCUCGUCUGCAGUGGUAGCUCCUACGUAGAAGUGUUGGGGUGUCAUUCCUUGUCCUCAUUCCUCUUGAACAAACCCCAUGGAUUGCUUGCCACUCUAGUGUUCUUAUAAAAUAACAACGUUCAUACAAGUAUUGGAGAACUGACCUAAGGCCCAUCUCUGCCCUAGUUUCAAAAUUCAUAUCAACUAAUAUUUGAGGAACAAUAACCUUUUUUUUUACUUCAAAGCUAACAUUCAUUGCAAUGCAGAUAACAGAAUAUAGUGAAAAUCUGGCUUGCAUAGAACUUUAGAUGGACAGUCCUGUUCUUAUCACCUUUGUAUCUGCUGCUGCCACAACCUGCUAUCACAAAUAGCUUCUUACAGCGGAAAGACCUUGAAUGGAGCACCUCUUGUCUUUGUUAUAAAAACUAAACCAUAAUUUGCUAGGAUUUGAAGUCUUUGCAAGGGUGGUAUAAAUGAGAACCAUCUUCUGAGCUGCAGAAAUGAAACUGUGUCUUUCUUUCUUUCUUUCCCUCCCUCCCUCCCUCCCUCUGCUGCCUCUACCCAAUUGCUUCAGGGUUGCUGAGAAGGAGAACAUCAACAAGAUGUCACUUCACAAUCUGGCAACUGUUUUUGGACCAACGCUGCUCAGGCCAUCGGAAAAAGAUAGUAAAAUCCCUGCUAAUCCAACUCAGCCAAUAGCCAUGACUGAUAGCUGGUCACUAGAAGUCAUGUCCCAGGUAAGGAAGUGGGAUAGUCCAGGAAAAUUUUUGCAACUUAAUGAGUACACAGUGUCCCUAAGGCAAGGCAAAGCCCAGUGGCUCACCUUGUGGGAUUAAGCUUGCUCUAGCUAUCAGCCAGUCACUAAUGUUGCUGAAAGUUUUGUCUGUGUUUUGUUACACAACAUAAUAAAAACAGUAAACUGUCGUAGGAAAGUUAUUGAAGAGUGGAAAUGCAUUCUUUAAAUAAGUAAAUGAACAGAUAGCCUAAUUUUCCAAUGGAUUGUGCUCCAACCUGGAUCUCCCACUGAGUAUAUAGCACCCAAAAUAUGCUACAUAAAGCAGUUGCCCUCAUAGUUAGGUCACUUCACUACACUGGCUUUCAUUGACCUGUUUUCUCCUUUGCUUUCCAGGUCCAAGUUCUUCUCUACUUCUUGCAGCUAGAGACUAUCCCUACCCCUGAUAGCAAGAGACAGAGUAUCCUGUUCUCCACAGAAGUGUAGGAGCCUUGAUCAGUCCGUGUGGAAUUUGCCAUGGGUGUGAACUGCCCCACUCUGGGAAUGAGAGAAACACAUUACUCCUUCAGACAUUCCUGGUCUGUCCUUGCCUACCAGGAGGAAAUAAGGCCUUCAGUCCCUCUGCUAUUUGUCAGGCAAUGAUAGGCUGAAGACUUUUUUUAAAAGAGAAAGAAAGAUUCCUUCUUCUUUUGACCACUAGAACAAGAAAGAACUGGGCCAGGCUGUGCUGUGAGUUUUCAACCAGCAGAGGGUAGCCCUGAGCAGCAAAAACUGUUUCUUGUGGGGUAUGUGAAAGAACAGAUUCCUCUGUGGGGGUUUUUUUUUUUAAUGGAAUUAAUUUUAUUUUUGGGAAGCUUCAAGAUUUCUACUUGGACCUCUUGUGAAGAGCAAAAGGAUAUAUCAAAACUGUAGCUUUAAUAGCUGCUGUUUUGGUUUUUAACGGAAUACUGCAAAGUAUAUGCAUUUAUGAUGCCCUCUACAUGGAAAUUUAAAUCUUGAUUUCAACUAGUCUCUUUUUAAUAAAUUAAUUAAUGAAUUAGAGGCUUCAUAUACAAUCAGACCUCUUGGUUGGUUGUUGUUUUUGUCACAGACUUGCCUCUUUUCUUGGAAAUGGAGAGAAGAAACCACAUUUUCUUGCCUUUUGUCCCUUUUUGGGUAGGGGUUGAUAAAGGAGGCACUUCCUGUUGCAUCAUAUUAAGGCCAGUGUGGUAAAGGAGACUGGGGGAGGGUGUGAUGAUGGCAAGUAUUUAGAUGACCUUACUUUCUGUAUGAACCAAAAAAAUAAUGGGCAAUGCUAAUGUGAAAGAUUUGCUAAAUUCUUCAGGCAUUCUAAACAGAAUAGAAGAUCACUUGCAUAAUGGGGAGCUUCAUCCCAUUUCCCCAUAUAAAAAAGAAAAAAAAACUUUUAUCCAGUUCUCCACCCAGAUGAUGAAGGCUGUGCCUACACAUAAACACCAUAACAUUUCUUCAGAGAUCUGGGGACAAAUGUCAAUGGCUGUCUCCCAGCUGCUUGACCUAAACUUUCAUCAGAAUCGCUUUUUCGAUACUUGAAUUUUUAUGUUCUUUCUUGAGACUUUGUAUGUUGCUUAUGGAAAUUGUCUUUUCCACCUCAACCCCUUUUUUGCUGGUAAAUAUAAAUGUUUUGAUAAGAUGUUUGAUAACCUACACAAUGAUGGUUGAUUGAGCAGGGAGCAUUUUGUAUUUUUCAGAAAUCCUAGACAUUCAUGGACUUCAGAGCAGCCGUAUCUAGGCACCAGUGAAUUAUAGCACUGGGAAAGGAUCAGUGCUGGGAACUGGAAACAUGAACUAAUUGUAGAGUCCUCUAAUGGACAGGGAGGUUUUUGCUUUUGCUCUGAUUUUACAUUAUAUUUGGGGAGAUAUUUUGCCUAUCACUUCCCACUUGGUCAUCCAGCAUAAUUUUUAGUUAUACCCAUACAUGCCACCAAUUUUACCAAGAAAAUCAGAAACUGCUUGCAGGCAAGGGAGAAGAAGACGGAGCCCCUCCUUCCUUAUUAAAAGUGUGAUAAAGGGCUAAGAUGUUAAACUAAAUUGUUGGCUUGGUUCAGGAGAAGGACUGAAGUAGGGAAUGAGACUCCCACAAAGGUUUGUCAUGUUCCUAAGUUCUGAUAAAUAAAUGUGAUUCUCCUUGUUAAACAAAACUAAAAGGUAGUGGAGAAAUGUAUGCUUUGACAGCCUUACUGAUGGGUUUUUUUUUUGGUACUGUUCCAUAAUGUCAGCUGCUUUGGGUAUUAUGAAAUCACACAUUCCGAAAGAGAGGAGAGGUUUUGUCAUUUUCUAUGUGUGUUCCUGCAUCUUUCAUGUUCCUUAAAAUUAUUCAUAUGGGAAUCUGAUAUUGCUUAGCUCCUCUUCCUACCAAGGCUACGAUACUGUCCCUGUUUAGACGUAACCUAUUUCAGCUUAUUAUAUUAUUUUAUUGUUCUCACUUUAUUUUAUACUGUUAUUGUUUUUCUAAUUGUCAUUAUUGUAUUUUAACAAUUUUUGUGUAAGCCACUCACAGAACUUUGGUUACAGAGUGGCAUAGAAAUACCGUUAAUUAAUAAAUUAAAUUAUUAAGCCAAGAUAUGCACGAGCCUUGCAUUCGUGUGCUUCAUUCUGUCCUUCCUCCCUUCUCUUCUCUUAAACAACAGAAAUUGCUGCCAAAAAAUGGUGUGAUAGCCAGUAACAUAAAUGGCUUUCAAAAAGCAGAUUAGGCAAAUCUUAGAGGAUAAGCCCUUCAGUGGCUAUUAGUUGUGUUGCCUACAUGGUACCUGCAGUGUCAGAGGCACCAGGAAGACGGUUAUGUGGUGCUUUGUGAGCUUCCCAGAGGAAGCAUGCUGGACUAUGUCUUUGACCUGAUCCAGCUGCAGGACUCCUGGUAAAUAGUGUGCAGCAAGUGAAGUUGAUCAUUUACAGCUUUCACAGUUUCAGGCCCUGAUUAGAACAUGGUAGCCAUAGUCUCUUGGUUUGGAUGUAACAGGAAACUAUGGUAAAGUAACCCAGUACUGUAUGUCUUCAGUCAUGGGACACAGAGAAGAGAGAAAGGGACAGCAUUUGCAUGCACAAAGUUCAUUCGUAUUUUGGCUUAGUAAGCCAAGAUAUGUUCUAUCCAAAUGGGGCUGCAGCAUGUUACAAAUGUUCUUCUCUAGACUAAUUUCACUAUAAUCUAAAUUCUACUUCUCCCAUUUCCCUUGCUGUUCAAUCAAGCCUUUAAAAAGAAGUGAGGAUUGCAAAGUAUUUGUGGAGGUGCUAAAAAAAAAGUGAAGGUAUCUAACAUGCUAUUAAAUUUAGUAUUAUUAUUAUUAUUAGAGGUAAAAAAUAAUGGGGUAAGAUGUUAACAGGAAGAUAUACUGUCUGAAUUGCAGUUUUCUACUCUGCUUUGUCUCAUCCCAUACAACCAUUUCUCUUUCUGUCCUUCUAAGCCAGCUUUCCUCAAUUGCUGUGCUAGCUGGGGUUGAUGAGUGUUACAGUCCAAAACAUCUGGAGAGCACUAGGAUGAGGGAGGAUGUUCUAGGCAAUGGUUUUCCCCUAUGGCUUUAUAGGGGAUGGACACAUGAGAUAUGGGGCUGGGAAAUGAUUGACCAAGCUACUGUAUUUACGCAAAUCUAAUGUGCCAUCGAAUCAAAUACGCACCUCAAUUGUCAAAACCUUGAAACCAAAAAAGUAUUUGCUACGUCAGCAGUGUUUUUCAAGCUUGCAAUCAAAUCUAAUGCACCAUCAAAUCUAAUGCUCACCCUAAUUUUCGUGAUGUAAUUUGGCCAAAAAAGGUGCACAUUACAUUUGAGUAAAUAUGGUAUCUCAGAUUCCUUCCCACUGAGUAGAAUGGCAGAAUUGAUUAAUCCCCUCCAUAUUGAUGAUCAAUGUACUGGACAAAACUCUAUUGUUGAGGGAUUUGGGGGUGGCCAUGCAAGGCCAGGGGUGAAGGGAGACUUCAGAUGUUGGGAUCAUUCCAUGGAUUCAGGAUACAAAUAGAUUCUAGGCUGAACUGAGCUUGCCUCCUUUGUCUCUCUUCAAAGAUGGAAAAGCGGGAGGAGCAUGGGUCAUCCUGUCCAAAUAUCCCAAAGUAUCUUGUUAGCAAAGGAUCCCCCCAUGAUGCAGUAUCAUAGCAUCCCUGUUUGGUCAAUUUUUGGUACGGCACUAAAAGUUUAUAUGCACACUUUCUUUGGAUUUACACAAGCCUGUUCCUGGGAAGUUUGGGGCCACCCCAAGUAUAAGAGAUAGUCCUUCCUUAACAUUCCAGUCAUACUUGUAUUGCAAGUUCAACUGGUCUCACAAUCACAGUCUUUCAUGUAGUUGUACUGGACUUGUAUUACCUGAAGAACCAGCACAAGGGAGCUGCAGAGAUUGGUGGUGCUUAAAGAGCUAAUCAGAUCCUCUACAAUGACAUGGAAGCCUUAGAGAGGCCUUAAAUGUUUUUCUUGAGAUGCGGGGGGGCUGGGGGAAGGGUUGCUUUGACCCUGUUCUGAGAACUGUAAUUUCUUAAGGGCUUCGCCUUUUUUUGUCUUAUUAUUUUGAAUUUGCACCACUUCUCAUUCAAAAGGGGCUGCUAUUUUCCUUUGUGCAUCAUUGGUUGUUACUUAUCUAUAGCUGCGGCUUACAACUGGAAAAGCAAUACUACAAAGACUACAAAUGUGCCAAUUCACCUUGCCUGACUUACUGAUUUUUAAAAAUUUACAUAAAACUGUAAUUUUAAUAUUGAAUUGAUGCUUUAUACUGCAUAGUUGUAAGGAGGAUGCCUUUGCUUUGGAAACCUUGAGAUCUGCUUUUAUGAGCAGGUGAAUUCUUACAUGGAGGCACGUAGAUGUGGGAGAGAUUGGACAAUUAAUUUAGGCAAUUAAUUGAUUUUAUUAUUAGUAUUAAUAAUUAUGAAUUAGUAUUAUAAACCUAUGCUUUCCUGAAUAAUUGCAAUUCUGAGCUGGGAAACUAGGGCACUCAAUUUAAAUUGAUCUGAAAAUUGAGAAAGGGUUGGUUUUUUGUUUUAGUUUUAAAUGAUCUGUUAAGCAGGCAACACACUGUAAAAAUGAUCCAGAUUUUCAAGUGAAGGGGUUCUUAUUUGCCCUGCUUGGAGUUUUCUUAAAACCACCAGGACUGCCUUUCAGUAUACUGGUCUCCACAUCAGCAUGGCCUUGCACCUGAGGAUGAAACAUAACUGGGGUGAUGUGGGCAGGUGAUAAGCAAGUCACUACUUCAUAGGAAAGCCCCUCAAGACAAGGAUUCCCUCCUUCUAGAGGGUGCCUCUGUCCCACUGCCUGCCUAAGCUGCUACUAUAAGCAAGGGCUUCUACUCAGAGCUUAGGGUUACCCUGCUCCCAAGCUCACAAUUUCCAAACUGAAGUCCCUAUCUGGGUAUCAAGACUAGUGCUUCCUCCACCUCACUUGGGCAGAGGGGACUUAGCCUUCCCCUGGCACUAAUGCAGCACUCUGGCAUCACAUACUAGGUUGGGGAAGUGGCUUGCUCCUCUGUCAACACUGGCAAAUGCAUGUGUGAUCUUAACGUCCCCUCCAUGCGCCUCUCACAGACAAGCUACAGAUUACCAGAUUGGUUAGUCUUGGAGGUGGUUAUUCCUUCAAUCUUUUCAGAGAUUUAAAGAAUGGGAGUGGCAAGAGGGGAACAGUACCACUUGAGUGACUAAACCAAACCAAAGAAGUAUGCAGCAUCCUUCUAAAGCUCCCCACCCCAAAAGGGGGAAAGUCCUCUCUUUUGCUGUAGCCUAAUAACUUUGCAUCAGAUUUGACCAAGAAUUGGUUGAGUGAAUAAAGGGUUGUAUCCAACAUUAGUUAUAUUCAAAGAAAAACCAUCAAAAUUAAUAAACAUUACUAAUUUAUGUCCAUUAAUUUCAGUGGGUCUGCUCGGAGCAGCACUCAAUUAGAUACAACCCAAGGUGUUUUGACCAUACUAGGUUGUUUGUGAAUGCAAAAAACUGAUAACCUAUAGUUUCAGGUUAGGCUUUCCCUCUACCUGCCUUUAAAAUACAUAUUCUGAAAGGAUUUUCUCUUACUCUGCUCCACUGUGAAUUCUGGAAGCUUGGGCAACUGAUUUUUUUCACAUUCAGGUGCCAACUAUAGCAGGAAGCCCGGCCCUCCAAUGGUGAUCCCAUUCUUCCGGGAUGCUUUUGGUGUAUAGCUCGGAAAUUUCAAAUUAGUUAUAAGUGGGUGGGCAUAAUUACAGGUUUUGCAUAUCACUGAUAAGCCAAGAUGAUAAUCUUGGCAGAUAAUCUUAUGGAAUCUUUUGAAGAUUAAUUUCUAUGCCUUAAUGUUAUAAAAUGCAACUUUAGAAGGCCUCUUCCUAAUCGCUUCCAAGAAACCCAGGGGUUUUUUAUUCCUCUUCUGUGAUUCCAAGUUCCUUAUGUAGCUUUCUCAAUGCUCUGGUUUUAAAACCUCAAGUUACCUACAGAAUAUUCCAUUUUACAGAAAGUUAUCCAUAGCAUAGAUCCUUAAUAUUAUUGGGUGUGAAUGACUGAGUGAAUGAAUACGAUAUUGUGCCCUUCCAAUAUAACUUCCCUGUGUUUUGCUGUUAUUGUUUAAGAACAACCAAGAGAGCCCUGUUGCCUAUCAAUUCACAGCAAGGGUUGAACCACAAUGAUAGAAUUCCCAUCCUGUGGUCACUCAAGGAAGAUAGUUCUAACAGCUUUAGGUUUGCUUUUGGAGCUUUGAGUUAGGGUGGUAACACUGGGAUCAGCUGUUUUAUUUGUGCUGUAACUGAAUUAUCAUGGGAUAGAUUUGCUUUUUAAUCUACCUUCAGCCCUUGUGGAGGUCAGGCUGUGGAAAUGGUGAGUGAGGGGACUGGCUGCCUAUUCUGCACAUGUGCCCUGCUGAAUGUGCUACAAAGUUUAAUAUCUCACACAUCAUAAUAAGGGCCACACAGAGCUUGUGUCUGUUUUUUCAGCUCCUAUCCCAAGAGCUUGUCAAGGGGCACAAAGACUAAUGGAAGAUUACUUGUCUAAUCAGACCACUUUCACUUUCUUAGAUAUACAGUAGUGAACAUUCCAAAGCCUGUUAUAGGCAGGGGGCGGGUUCCUGUUUUCUUCUAAUAAACCUUCACAGACCAAACAAUUCUGCAUUUGUAAGUAGAGAAGAGGGAAACUCCUGGCCUCAGCAAAGCUCUGCAUGUGCACUGUCAUGGCUGGAUUAACAUUUAAGUAUACUGCAGUCUAGUGACAUGGCUUCUCAGUACGCUUCUUAGCAUGUGCCUGUUAACUCUACAAGAGUAAGCAAAUGUAGAGGUUCUUCAUUUCCUUGGCUCUGACCACAAGAGUCUCCACAGGAAGGAUGCCUUUAGUGUGCUUCGGGUUAUAAAACAAUUGCUAGUGUCAUUUCAGUAGGAAUGUUAUUGCUCUUGUUUUUCCAUACUUCAUCACUCCUUUUGUAUUAUAAGCAUCACUCUCCAGGUUAGUGUCAAGGAAGGUAUUCCUCCAGAAAGUUUCUUAAAACUGAUUCAUAAGAGAGAAAAAGAAUCAUCAGAAUAAAGUGUACAUAUCCUCUGUCAUCUCUUCGUCACCAUUAUGUUCUGGUCCUCUUUUCACUGACAACCCUUCUGGCUGUCUGUGCAAAUAUUUACCAAUACUUAAACGUUAGCUUCUGGGUUUCACUGCUUUGUGGCCUUUAGCAUGAUCAGGAAAGAAUGCAGGGCUUAUGAAGGGGCAGAACCAUAAUUCAGGUAGAAGCUUGCUUAGUUAUCAGUGGUUCCUGCUGUGUUCCGAAAAGCUAAGUAAAUCAGCCAGAUUACUUGCAGGAAGCAAAACCUGCCACAUCCAGAAAAACUCAGGUCACCAGGUGCAGGCUUACUUUCACUGGUGUCCCUUCAGUUAACACCAAUUUGCGUUCUUGAUAUAACAGUGUGAUUGCCAUUCAGUCCUACAUGUAAAAAGACAAGGUACUUGGGAAUGGCAAAAACAUGCCUUCAGCAUCACAUCCCUUCUCACCAGUCUUAGGACUAAGGCUGAUGCAGCACUAGCAAUGUAAUGUAAUCCCGACUGUAACAGAGGGUCUUAGACAAACUUUUGACUGGAUUUGUUUAUGUGAAUUCAAUUCCUGAGGCAGGAUGACUUACAGGAGAAUUUCUUCAAGUAAUUUCCAGUCAAUAUCCAAGGUUAGCCAUCACGUAGUGUUCAGCCAAUUCUUUGAGAAAGAUCACUUGAGUAGGAUUCCUGAUUCUGAAUGAGAGUUGAAUCUGGAAAUGGCCCUCUGGGUGAAGAUUAUUCACCCAGAUUAAUCUGGAUCUCCAUGGAGCAGGAAUGGUCACAUAAUCUUUCCUGCAGGGAGUGCUAAUGCAGAUGGUCAGCCUUACAUUGAUAAACAAUGAAAAAAUAUUUUAAGAGGGUAAACUUGCUGACAGUUACUCCCCUUUGAUCAUGUCCUAUACAAGUCAGCAUUUUUUAUCAUUGGUCAGGAAGAAACUACUCACAGUUUAUAAAUGUGUACAAAAGUGAAUGCAUAUGUUCUGGUAAUGUGAUGGCAUGUUUUGACCAAGAAGAGAGGUGACAGGCCUCCUGUGAGUAAUUGCUUUCUAUGAUAAAAGGUAAGGAUUCAUGAAGGGAUAUCAUGCAGUAACUGCAUUUAUCACAUGAAUACCGUAGGAAGUCUUGCCCUCACUGUGUUACAGUCAAAAUAAGCUAUAAUGAAUUUAGAUGAAAUUAUUAGUGAUGGUUGUAAGUUACUGUGUGGAAAGGACAGCAAAUAGGCUAUUUUAUUAUAAACGGGUUUCUGUCUUAAUCUUUCCUUCUGUUAAACUAACAUUUUCACAACUUGAAAAGAUAUUUUGGCAUUAGCUUAUUUGAGCAAGUUGGAAAAAAUGAAGUUGAUUUUGCACUGACAUCCUGCUUUACAGGCCUUGUAUCAUUUUAACCCACAUGUAUGAAAUGCUGGCAGUAGAUAUGACUCAGUCCACGUUUGCUAUUCUAGAUCUCAUUAAUUUCAAUGGAAGAGUUAAGCAUGUACUGUAUUGAAUUUUCUACUGAAAUGAGGGGAACCAAGAAGUUGCUAAUUUUGGCUGGUGGUUUUCCCAUGACACAUGCCCUGCAAUUAAAAAACAACAACAAUCAGAUAAUACCCAAGGAUUGCCCAAGGGUAAAUUAGUAUGUAAAUAUUAGGUUUGUUUCAAUUUUGGAGUAUUCUUGGAUGAAUGAUCACAAAACCGAAGCCCACAAAAAUGUAUUAACAGCUGGAAAUGCAUCAUUCAGCAUCUUCAAUGUAGAAGUGAUUCUGUUUACUGCUUCUAUGUCCAAAUUAAAUUUAUACAAAGCAGUAGAAAUACAGAAUAAAAAUACUGAGUUAUACAGCUAAAGUAAUCAAGCUGAAAUAAGGUAAAAAUUUAUGAGUUCGACAAUAUGAAAUAUGCAUCCUUUUUCUGUGGUUUUACUUGGACUUGCCUAUGUAACUUCUGUAACUUCCUUCUGUUAAUGAUCCAUGUUGAAUUCAGAGGAAAGCAGAUGAAUAAACUAUUUAUUUAAGUAUAAAUGCUAUUAAAUUAUGUAAAUGCUUGCAUUUUCAGCUCAUAGAGAAGGGGUUUUUUUUGUUCACUGCUAGGUCACAAUUCAGCCAUGAAGCUAAUAUUUGUUGUCAUUGUUUUUAAGACCGCCUUCGUGUUUUAAAAGCAUUUUUGCAUUGGCAUUUUAUACUGCUUCAAUAUUCCUUGCUUCAAUAUUCCAAAGAGUCCAAUUCAGAAAAGUAAAACAGUAAAGAGAUGCUGAGCACUUGGAACUGCUGUGGAAUAUAAUUGUUUUUCUAGCGCUUUUGUCUGUCUGGAACAGGUCCAAAAAAAACAGCAAAAAGUUAGUAAAUUUAAAAGGUGUCAUAAAAAAGAAGGAAAUGAAAAGGGACUGAAAAACCUGUAUUUGGGAAACAAGGAGAUCCAAGGCAUUUGUAGUCUUUGUUUGUACACAAUGUUAAAUAAAUUUAUUCUGUAUCUGUUUAAUGGACUCAGCUGGUCUUAUUUCUCAGCAGGCUGUAUCUGGAACAGAAUGAAUAUGUGAAGCAUUCCUUGAAGACAGGACUAACUGAAUAUCCUAGCACCAUGGGGACAGAACUUAAUUUGAACCAGGGCUCAGCUCCAGAGCCGCUGUCUAAAUGCCCGGAAACAGCUAUAGUAUAGGAAAUGUUUCAGAGCAUCUACAGAAUGUAUUUGCCUUACCUCAGGAGACUGUUCCCCAUGGGGUUGUAACUGAUAAUCAACAGUUACAUACAAAAGCACAAUAAACUCCACAAAACAGUAUUGUUGUUUACUACAAAAAAACAACAACUGAAAUAGAAGCCACCCCACAGCUUCUUUCCAAACUUUUCAAGUUGGUGACACACUUUUUGGACAUGCAUCAUUUCACAAAACAGUAAUUCAGUUUUGCAUCAUUUCAUGACACAGUAAUUCAAUUUUACAGUACCAGCAAACCAGAGGUUAAACUAAACCUUUCAAGCCCCAGGAGGAGCGUGGGGUUCGUUCAUGUGACACACCUACACAAUGCAGCUGACACACUAACGUGCCGUGACACACAGUUGGGAAAGCUCUGCUAUAAUUAACUUAUAUGCCAAAAUGACUCCCCCAACUCCCAGACAGUAACCUCUUCCAAUUACAUCCUUAGCAGUCCUCCACAUUCAAGCCUCAUUCAUAAAUUCCCACCAACCAUCCAGAUAUCUAAUCCCCAGCCAACCAGUUAUUAAAGGGCAAGUGCAGGUGCUGGUAUGUUGUCAGUAUGUCAUGCUUUUGCUGCAGGUUUACUAAUAUACCUGCAAUGAUCAUGCCUGCUACAUAAAAGUAUGGGGCUGUCAGACGUGAGUGUCCACCCUUUAAAAUGGUAGACUAAUUCAUAUUUAAAUUUGAACAGAUAUUAAAUAAACUAAGAUUAUAUCAUACUGAAAAUGUGUAUGUCAGAAAUGAUGCAACUGGAUUCCAGAAAGCUCUUGUAGUACUAUUUUCUGUGCCUUUUUUGUUCUUAAACAGAGCCACUGGGCAUUUACCUGGCCAGACACUGCAGGUAUAUUAUUAUUAUUAAGAGUAUUGAUCAUGCAUAUUGCAGCUAUUUGUACAAAAGAAGACUGCAGUUCAGCAAAAUAAGAUGUAUGUGAGCUCCUGUGAAAAGCCCCUGAGGCAGCAAUAAAAGAAUGGGAUAGAGGACCUGGUUGAUGUUUCAUCAAUUAAGGGACUGCUCCACUGAAAUGCAAUCUUUGAAAGCCAUGUAUAUAAGCUGUAAUAUAAAAUGAAUCACAGGCCUAAGCAAUUGGAAAAUCUCAUUGAAAAGCCAGCAGCUCAAGCACACAAGUUCAGUGGGUUGGUCUACUAACCCUUUUCCAUUUCAAGCUAUGGAAUAUAUGGAUAGUGAAAACAUCUUGGAAACAUGACUGUACAUUAAAAAUAGCAUAUGGUCCAUAUAAUAAUAUCUAAUAAGUACAGCUGAAGGACAUUAUUUUAAAAAUUAUUUCUACCCCACCUUUUGAGAUGCCCCCCACCAGAUUUCUUACGCAUCUUCAAUUAAAAACAGCCAGAACAAUAAGAUG